CGGACAGUUGAGCGGCCAAAGGGUAAGCCAAGGCAGAAGGCUUUCUCUUUCCCAAAGAGAAGACAGUGGGCAACAGCUAUGGCAUUAAGCUCUGGGUGGUCUCCUUCCACAUCAGACAAGGUGAGGUGACCAUCUAUAGCAGCAAGAUGCUAUGGAACAAUGAGAAGGUAAGUUCAUUUGCUUUGUGGGAUUGUGGCUUGAAGGUAGCUGAUCUACGCAGUCUGAAGCUAGCUGGUGCCUGAUGGUGGAAAGUGGCAGAUACUGGUGGGUGGAAGCCAGUGGAGUUCGCAUUUGGAUUCUGCUGGAUGCCGCAAGGCUGAUAUCUGUGGGUGGAAGCUGGAUUAAAUUCACCUUUGGAAUCCUGUUGAUAGAAGCUGUGUGGAUAUUUGUGCGUUGAAGCUGGGGCUUGUAUGUAAGUGAACGAGAGUGGCUGAUGAGUGGAAUGUGUCUGCGUGCGCAUGAAUGGGGAGUUUCAAAUGUGCUUGAGGUGACUCAUGUGUCUGGGUGCAUUCAGGGGGUGGCACAGAUCAUCCCUCCAUAUGUGGUGUGCCUGGGAAUGACAUAUUCAGGGUGUGAGGGAGAUCACCCUCCAGGGUGAAUGGAUGACCCACUGGGUAUUCAUGGGUGGAAACCUGUGAAGUCAGGGGUGAAGUUGCCAGGCAGUAGCAAGUGGAGGUACCUGUGUGAUUCUGUCAGAUGGUAGAUACCCCAAGCACUGAGCCUGUGGUUGGCCUUCAGUGAUCUCUGAAGUCUGCAAGGUUUCUCUUGAGAACACCCAUGGAAAUACGGAAGAGAAUGGCACCUGCAAUAUUCACCUUUCAUUGAUUGCUGAAGAGGCACCUCAUUACUCUGGCUAUUGAGACGCAAGUUGUGUUUUCAUAGAAUCAUAGAGUUGGAAGGGACUCAAUGGUCAUCUAGUCCAACCCCCUGCAAUGCAAAAAACCUAAACUAAAGCAUCUAUGACAGAUGGCCAUCCAACCUCAAUAGGCCCACCAUAUUCCUGUGACUGGGGACGUGGGUGGAGCUGUGGGUUAAACCACAGAGCCUAGGACUUGCUGAUCAGAAGGUCGGCAGUUUGAAUCCCCACGAUGGGGUGAGCUCCCGUUGCUCAGUCCCUGCUCCUGCCAACCUAGCAGUUCAAAAGUACGUCAAAGUGCAAGUAGAUAAAUAGGUACCACUCGGGCGGGAAGGUAAACAGUGUUUCCGUGCGCUGCUCUGGUUCACCAGAAGCAGCUUAGUCAUGCUGGCCACAUGCUGUACUCCGGCUUCCUCAGCCAAUAAAGCGAGAUGAGUGCUGCAACCCCAGAGUUGGCCACGACUGGACCUAAUGUUCAGGGGUCCCUUUACCUUUUAUUCCUGUGACUGUAAUCUAACUGCUUUUAAUACUUGGUUUUAAAUUGUUGCGAACAACUUUGGGAUCUGAUAGUUAAUAAAUUUAAUCACCAUCAUCAAAUGGAAGGUCAAAGACACUAAUGAAAUACAACUAAAUCAUACUCAGUUACUGGAUUCCAGACGUCACAGGUCAGACAACACCGUCUUCUUCCCUUGUUGCAAUUUUUUACAGCUUCACUGCUUCCUGACACAUGGCACACUUUACGAACUAGUUCAGUGGAUUCUCUUCCUCUUCCUCUCCCUCUCUGCUCAUUUACCAAAGAGAUUUCAAAAAAUUAGACUCUACCGCUUUUGCAUCCCCUUUCUUCCAGGACUGAGCAGCUGGAGGUCAUCUUUCAGCUAGAUUUUCAUAUUCCUCAAGUACAGUUAUGUGUGGGGAGCAAGGAAGCGUCAUUAUCAUUUCCACUCAUUUUCUGCAAUUGCUCCACUUCUCCAGUUGUCUUGGUAAGGCACCGCUUGUCCCUUGGAAAACAGGCAUUUGCGAAAUGUAAAUGAAGCUAUCCAGUCUCUUCACAUGCAGGGCACUCUCACCUCAACUUGGAAAGCAUCCAGUCCACAAAGGUUUGCAUAGGAAGACCUUUGCAAAGUUUCCAGAAGCAAGCACGUAAAGGGUGUGCUAUGCUGAAGGCAAGGUCAUCCAGCAUUAGGCAUCUCAUUCAAAUGUGGAGUAUGGCAGCUGCCCUUAGUUGUGAAGCACAUUACAGUGGUACCUUGGUUCUCAAACGCCUUGGUACUCAAACACCGAAAACCCAGAAGUAAGUGUUCCGGUUUUCGAACAUUUUUUGGAAGCUGAACAUCUGAUGCAGCUGUCGGCUGUUGUUUCCAGGGUGCCUGCACCAGUCAGAAGCUGUGCCUUGGUUUUCAAACAUUUUGGAAGACAAACAGAUUUCCAGAACGGAUUAAGUUUGGUGCUUUCGUUUUUGCUAUUUAUUUUGCGUUUUUUGUUUUUGAGGCUCUUUUGAUUAAUUUGUUUUUGUGAAUGUGUGGAAACUAGUUCAGCUACUGAUUGAUUGAUUGAUUGUGUGACUGCAGAAAUGGAUAAAAGCCCCUCAUCCAAACAAUGACUAUCAUCGGUGCAGGUAAGAAUUUAUUUGUUUUUUAAAUUUGUAUCAUCUACAGAACUGUCUUGUUUAUUUUAUAGUACAGUACAUUAAUUAUUGCUUUCAUUUUAUGGAUCAAUGGUCUCGUUAUAUAGUAAAAAUCAUGUUAAAUUGCUGUUUUAUGGGUUGUUUUUAAAAGUCUGGAACGGAUUAAUCCAUUUUGCAUUACUUUCUAUGGGAAAGCACGGCUUGGUUUUGGAACGGACUUCUGGAACGGACUAAGUUUGGAGGAGAACUCAACUACCUGUAGUUUCUUUCGCUAUGUAAGCUAUGGGGGAUGUUGCUUCUCAACGUCCUGAUUUCAGACUAGCAGUAUUCCUUGUUUCCUUAUGUUGCAUUUAGUAAAAGAAUUUCUCUUGCCGACACCCAACUUGCCUCUUGCUGUAUACAUACCAUGCAUCUAAAGCACAGCACUCGCCCUGCAAAGAAUCCUGGGAACUGUUGUUCACUGCUCCCGGAGGUACAAUUCCCAGCACCCUUAACAAACUACAACCCGCAAAAAGUCUUUGGAAGAAGUCGUGCAUGAUACCAGUCCUAAAGGAUCUGCGCUGGCUCCUGAUACGUUCCUGAGCACAAUUCAAAGUGUUGGCGUUGACUUUUACAGCCCUAAAUGGCCUUGGAGCAUCUCCACCCCCAUCAUUCAGCCCAGACACUGAGGUCUUCCUCCAAGGGUCUUCUGGCAGCCCCCCACUUCUCGAAGUGAAGUUACAGGGAACCAGGCACAGGGCCUUCUCAGCAAUGGUGCCCUCCCUGUGGAAUGCCCUCCCAUCAGAUGUCAAGGAGAUAAAGAACUACAGUGGUACCUCAGGUUACAUAUGCUUCAGGUUACAUACACUUCAGGUUACAGACUCUGCUAACCCAGAAAUAUUACCUCGGGUUAAGAACUUUGCUUCAGGAUGAGAACAGAAAUUGUGCAGCAGCGGCAGCGGGACACCCCAUUAGCUAAAGUGGUGCUUCAGGUUAAGAACAGUUUCAGGUUAAGAACAGACCUCCAGAACAAUUUAAGUUCUUAACCCGAGGUACCACUGUAUAUAACUUUUAGAAGACAUCUGAGGGCAGCAUAGGAAAGCCUUUUAAUGUGUCAUGUUUUAUCAUGUCUUUAUAUGUGUUGGAAGCUGCUCAGAGUGGCAGGGGCAACCCAGCAAGAUAGGCAGGGUAUAAAUAUUAUUAUUAUUAUUAUUAUUAUUAUUAGUGUAUACACAGUGGGUGUUAUAUGUAUACAGUGCACUGUUUUGAAAAUGAAAACAGUGUACCAAAUUGGCCACUAAGUGCCAACAGCCAAGCACACCUGCUUCCUCUCAAACUUUUAGCGCAAUUGUCUUUCAGUUGGAAAUGAGCAGCGCCCAGGCACGGUCUAGGAGCGCGUCAAGUCCCGCGCCUGAAGGAGAGUACCCUUUCCAAAUUUCGGAGUCACAACGGCGCAGUCCUGAAACAGUUUCCUCGAACUCGCCGAAACUAGGCUGCCACCUGUUUCCUGAAAAACUCCCUCCCUUUCGCAGGGGGGAAAAAAUCCUUCCUCUUACUUGCCCUCUCCCUUUAUGUCUCCUCCGCCUAGAAAGAUUUCCUUCCGUCGACUCACCCUUAGAGGCGAGCGCCUCGAGGGCUGCUCUUUGGAGAGGUGUUGACGCGCGCGUAGCCAAACUCGCGCUCGCUUCUCACCCCUCCAGUCGCGCGUGGGGGGCUUUUUGCCCAGCGCCUGUGGGGCGGGGGGGAGGCGGAGCCUGAGCCGGGGAGGGGACGCCUCCCGAGAGCCCUCGGAGACGCCCCACCUCCUCCUUGGCGGAGUUAAGGCGGCGGGAAGAGGCGAUUUGUGGCGGGUGCCGCCGUGCGCGCAGCACGCUGGAGAGAGCGCCCGCGGCCAGGCGAGGGAGCGCCCCGACCCCGCGCCGCCCGAGGGGGCUUGGCGGAGCAGCCGCUGUUCCUCGCGCCCCCGGAGGCGGAGACCUUUUGGAGGAGCACUUUCUUUCUUUUCUUUUUUUCUUCUUUCCUCUUUUUCCUUUCGGGCCCCUGGGCGCGCCUUUCGCCUGUCUCCUCGCCCCCUCCCCUCCGCCCAUGUCUUGGCUUCCUAGCUGCGAUCUGCGUCGAUGGAAGGAGGGAGGCGAGGGGGAGCCGGAGGAGGGGGAAGAAGGAGGGGAAGCCGCCGCUCGGGCGCGGUGGGGGGAAGGCAGUGCUCGGCUGCGUCUGUCUCUUGCCGCUGCCCCCUGAGCCCGUCGGGGGGAGUAUGAAGCACCAUGGUGUGGUGCGACCGUGGGGUCCAGUUGCUGCUGACCACGGUGGGUGCCUUCGCCGCCUUCAGCCUCAUGACCAUCGCCAUCGGCACCGACUACUGGCUGUACUCGAGCGCCAACAUCUGCAACGGGACCAACAUCACCACGGACGAGACGUCGCCAAGCCAACCCAAGAAACUCAAGGGGGACCUCACCCACUCCGGGCUCUGGAGGAUCUGCUGUAUUGAAGGUAGCAAGCCGGGGUUGGGAAGGCUUGAGCUGUGUGGGGCGUGGUGGACGGAGGGUGGAGAGGGCUCUCGGCUGCUGGUGUGCGUGCGCGAGCGCGCGAGCGCGCGUCGCUGGGAAAGAGCAGGCGUCGCGAAACAAAGAAAAGAUUCGGGGAAAGUGUCCAACUUCCGCGGCUUGGAGUGGCGGGCGACAAACAAUGGAACGCUUUCACUCGAAACAGGAGGCUGUGCGGACGGUUCCUGGGAGCGUUCGCCGUUUGCCAGGCGAGGGUUUGGUGCCGGCAGUUCCCCAGCCACAUCCUUCUCCUCUUUCUAUCUCUCCCCCCCCCCCGACGCCGCGCGCCCUAGUACACACCCUCCUCUCCUCCACACACCCUCCCCUCCAGAUGCAGCCGGCCGCAGCCGAGUUGGUACCUCUGAUCUGAUACUGUCUGGGAGGGAGGACGUUGUUGCCUUGGCAACCGGUGUCUCUCUGAUUGCUAUGGGAACCGGACAUAGGGAGGUGAUGCUUAGCCCUGGGUGUCUGCUUCUCUCCAACCCAGCGCUGCCGAGUCGUUACCCUUUCCUGGGGCACUUCAGCUCACACGGGGAGGGAAAGAAAGGCAGGAGGAGGAGAUCGGGGUUUUUCGAGGGGAAAGUGCCUGUGUGUGUGUGGCGGGGGCGGGGAGGAGGAAAGUAUUCCGGUAGCACUAUUUUCUGGGGUUGUGAAAGCAGAACUGUCACUUUAUUUGUACAUGCGUGCCUGUGAACUAGACGGAGGGAGAGCGGUUCCUCCCGCCCUUCUAGAGUACAUAUCUGGGACUUACAACGGGGCUUUCUUAAGAUGCCCGCUUUCUUUAACAGGUCGAUGUUUUAAAGAUGAGAGUAAAUAAAUACAAAACAAUCGUUUUAACUUAAUGCCGGGCUAGUUCCAGGUUAUGGGGGUCUCUUUAUCAAUAUGCCUUUUGGGGGUCCCCUGUCUUCCCUGCUACCUUCCAAUCAGUACUAAUUCCCCCACCUUCCUGCCAAGUGCAGGUGGCAGAGAGGUGCCCAUUCUCUCUCUCUCUGGGUUGCAUGAUGGACAGGAGAGGAUUGGGCCCAUGGCACUGCCCAGAGAGAGAGAGAGAAAGUGGAACUUGCUGUUUCAAACCCACCCACCCCACUGCCACACACACACUCUCACACACACACGGUGCAACAACACCCACCAUUAUAAAGCCCAGAAAGAGAGAUCAGAUAAUAAGCCAAUGGGCAGAUGGAGACGAUCACUCACAGAGCUGCCACCUUCAGCUUCUCCCUCUGAGUGGCAUGUUGGUUGGGAUGGGCCAGCCUCUGAGUCAGUCCGCCAGACUGUGCUGCCCAGAAAGGGGGGGGGUGAGUGAAGAAGAGGAGGCUGCCGCCACAGCUGCUCCUCUCACUUGCCUGAGGAGCACCCCUUCUGGGCAGGGCAGCAGCAAGGAUUGGGCUAACUCUGCCUCUCCCAGGUACACGGUGAAGGCAAAGUGAGAGGACGAGGAAGCAAGAUGUCCUUUGCUGGCUCUCAUCCUCACCCCCCCCCUCUCUCUCUCUCUUCGGGUGGCACAGAGGGGAGGAAUGGGCCCUGUGGCACCACCCAUAGUGUGUGAGGGGAGCAGAAGCUGCGGCUGGUUUGGUUCUGCUUUUUCACCCUAUUCCCUCUCUCUCUCCCGGCAACAUGGGGAGGGGGGGGUGCAGCUUGGUGUUGGUGGACCCAGUCCCUACUUCCUCUUGCCCAGAGGGAGGGUGCCAGUGAGUGAGCAAGAUGGCUGCCCACAGCCAAUGAACGAGUGAGUGGAAGCCAUGGCUACACCAUCGCAUACUCCCCUGCCUUUACUCCCUGGGUGCCACAGUUGGGAGAGUUGGGUUCGCUGGAUCAGCCCUCACCAACCUGAGAGAGCAGGAAAGUGGAGGUCAGCUGGCAAGAGGGUGGGGCACGAACCGCUCCUCUCCCUUUUAUGCCCACACAAUCUGCCUCUAGGCAAAGCGUGGUGUGGUGGGGGGCUGUGGCCAGGAGGUCCAGUUGUCUGUGUUUCAACAUGGAGAUAGAGGGCAGGGUGAGCAAGGAAGAAGAAGAAGAAGAGUUUGGAUUUGAUAUCCCGCCUUUCACUCCCUUUAAGGAGUCUCAAAGCGGCUAACAUUCUCCUUUCCCUCCCUCCCCCACAACAAACACUCUGUGAGGUGAGUGGGGCUGAGAGACUUCAAAGAAGUGUGACUGGCCCAAGGUCACCCAGCAGCUGCACGUGGAGGAACGGAGAUGCGAGCCCAGUUCACCAGAUUACGACUCUAUUGCUCUUAGCCACUACACCACACUGGCUCUCUGUGGUGGAAGAGGCACUGACAGAGCAGCCACAUUUUUCUUUGGCUUUUGUGUGCUUUCUGGACAGCCCUAUGGGCUCCCAGGCUCCCUGCUAGGCUGCCCAGAAGUGGGCAAGCAGCAGAAAAAGCCCAUACCCCUCUUGAUCAUAUGUUCAACACCAGUGCUCUCUUAGCUCCCUCUGCGCACUGAGGCAAAUCCAGUCCAUACCAUUGUACUUCCCAGAGGAAGAAGCUAACCGUAGCUCUUCCUUCCAUCCUUCCCUCUUUUAUGGACACUGGGUUCCCAACCUGAAUAAAAUAAUGGACGGCCCAGGUAAGCCCCACCCUGCAUAAUCAAUCACGUAACGUAGCGCAUGCACAACAUUUAUCAAAUAUUACAUUGGUACUUUGGGUUACAGACGCUUCAGGUUACAAACUCCGCUAACCCAGAAAUAGUACCUCGGGUUAAGAACUUUACCUCAGGAUGAGAACAGAAAUCAUGAAGCGGCAGCAGGAGGCCCCAUUAGCUAAAGUGGUACCUCAGGUUAAGAACAGUUUCAGGUUAAGAAUGGACCUCCAGAACAAAUUAAGUUCUUCACCCGAGCUACCACUGUAUAUCAGAGGGACUGAUGGGACCUUGACCCCUAGGAGUUGGCUCCUAUGAUGAGCACGUGAACAGCAGAAACCUGCCACCUGAAUCUGAGCAGGAGGAGAAGGAAAUGGGGAGGAGGGUGUGCGUUGCUGCUGCAGUUGGCACAGAGACUCUUCCCUACCACCACCAUCACCACCACCCUUUGGGUCCCAUAUUUCCCAGGGACAGCUGGUCCAGCGGCCAACACAAGUUGGGUUCUCUUGAGAACCUGGAGCCUUCAGCAGCCACCCAGCAGUGCCUACUACUCCUAGAUGCCACCACCAUUGACUUAUAACACAGAGUGGAGAAGCCUGGAAUCUCAAACACUCAAAUCCAGGAGAAGCCUGGAAUCUCAAAAACCUUGCAAUGAGGCUCUCCAGGUUUGCUUGCACAGAGAUAACCCCCGGAUGGUCAGGAGAUGCUUCUUACAAGGAAACACAUGGCAUGUUGAGGAAAUACAGCAUUGACAACCCGUGCAAGCCUCACAGAAGCAGCAUCUGCUAGCCAGAUGCACAAGCCAAGCACCUGACUCUCUGGAAAUACGACACAUAUCCAUCCAUACUGCGUGAAAGGGUUCCUUCUUGAGGAGACGCCACACCCCAGCAGCCCUUAAUAUUUCUCCCCUGUUAAGAGAGGGAUGACAGAUAAGAGAGAAGCUUAGAAGGGAAAGCUGUUGACUUUUCACUUGACUUUAGCUCAUGGAGUGGAGUGCGCUGGGGGGGGCAGCUUUCCUUUCCACGCGAACGCACUUGCCAUAUCAGCUUCGGUGCACCUAAUUCAGUCGUUGCAACUUAGCGCACACAAACUUUGCAAGCCAGGUUCCCCAGCUUAUUCUAAAUGACAGACGGGUAACACAGUAGCACAAACAAAGCUAGGAAUAGUUCAGAGACCUUCGUUCAUUUCGGGAGGAGGCUAAGCUGGGCUUCUAAAGCGCUAUUCAUGCUGUGUGUUUUUCUGCAGUGAUUUAGAGGCAUCAUUGAUUCCUGAGCUUAUUUAUUCAGAAGCGACAUUUACUUCAGCUGAACUUUAUACCUAAGGAAGCAUGCAAUAGGGUAGUAGCCUUAGUCUACAGGAUAAAUGAUUAUUCAGGCUGCAUAAAACCGAAAGCUUGUGAUUUAUUAAAGAAUGCUGCAUUCUAUAUAUAUACAAGUUUUGAUUUAAAGUAGAGAUGGGUGUAUUUCUGCAUGCUUACCUUCUUAAGUAGCCUGGUUUUCCCUUGCACUUUUUGUGAAAAUUCAGGGAGACCUACCCCAAAGGAAAUUCCCCCCAACUCUCCCUGCUAGUACCCUCCUCUCCCCAGUCAUACCCCGUCAACAAUGAGGGAGGGUGGUGUGGGGUGAUUAAGCAGUGGAGAGAUAAUUUAUAAGACCUGAGCACAGGAGCAGAGGAAGGGGGUGCGGUGGGGGUGGACUGCCCCGGGUGUCUUCGCUGAGGGGGGGUGACAUUUGGCGCGACACCCGCCCGCAACUCCCAAGUCUACCCUGAGCCGUCGGGGGAAGGGGGGAGUGGCGCCGCUUUGCCAAUGGCCUUCCCCCUUCAUUUUGACAGCUGGGAGAGACUUCAGAUUCACAGGCGGGUGGCAUGCCAAAUGUCUGCCUUUGGCAGCUUGCGCCGCCCCUGGCUGCAGGGCGCGCAGGCCGCUCCAUGCACUCAAGCAUCUAACCUGCACCUGGGAGGGCACCCUCUGCCCCCCGCCCCCCUCAGAGCGCGCCCACCUUGGGCAGUGCGGGCAUAUGCUCUGCCACUGCCUGAGCACACUUGCACUGCAUCAGUUGUGACUCCGGAGUCUGGGAGUUUCUUGUGUCCAGUAUACCUGAAGGAGUGUCUCUACCCCCAUUGUUCUGCCCGGACAUUGAGGUCCAGCGCCAAGGGCCUUCUGGCAGUUCCCUCACUGUGAGAAGCGAAGUUACAGGGAACCAGGCAGAGGGCCUUCUCGCUAGUGGCACCCGCCCUAUGGAACACCCUCCCAUCAGAUGUCAAAGGAAAAAACAACUACCAGACUCUAUUUCCCAGCUCCUAGUUGCAACUGAUGCUCCUAAGGAGCACCCAAGUCUUGAAGAGACCCUCUGCUUCUACAGAAACUCUCCACACUUGCCCUUUCUGAGGCCACAUCAGCUUUGCUGGGAUAAGUUCUGGGAGAGGGCAGGCAAUGGAAGUGGAGGGCACCUGGCGAUGUGGAAUGCUGGUGCUAGGGCCAGUCGUUAUCUGCGAUAUCCAGAUUCAAGGGAAUUUGAGUUUGGCUCAUUGUUUUCACAGUUGGCAGGUGCCAUUUCUUAACAACCCCCCCCCCCCCCGCCAGUCCCAAAUUUCAGUGAAAUCACACAGCUGGAAGAUAACUUGAAAUUCCAGUCUGGAGAGGGAGGAAGAGAGAUUUUGACCGGAUAUGAUCGAAUCUCAAGGAACCAGACUUUUGACUGUUGAGUGAAAUGGAAAAUGUGGCGUCGUUUCUGUGAAUUCUUGCCUUUAUGGUAAAAUGAGAAGUUAUCCAAUGGGAGUCAGCUUUGUCCUGGGUCUUGCCAGGUUGGAAACAGCCAGGACACGAAACCAGUUCUAAACUUCAGCUGCAGUCACUCAAUAGCAGCCAACAGAUUGUACAGAGUCAGGGUACAGGUUCUAGUGAAACAGACAGGCUCUGUGUUAGAAACUCAUAUAUAUACAGUAAUCUAAUCACCAAAUGGCGCCUGACUCUUUUAAGGUCAUAUGGUGUGUGGUGUUUUGUUUUUUGGUCACAAUAUUUUCCCCCAGUAAUGGGUAAAUAUGACAUCAACAGUAGAAAUUCAGUCUCCACAAACAUCUUAACAAGUUAGACUUCAUUCAAUUUCAGAAAUGUCUUAUUUGCAAUUCAGAUUUGGCAAACACUAGAUUAUUAUUUUUAACGCUGCAAUUCUGUGUGUGCCUUCUCAGAAGUAAGUCCCAUUGAGUUAACUGGGGCAUACUCAUGGGUAUGUCAGUAAAGGAUUGCAACCUGAUUUAUGGAUUUGGUAAUGACUUACUGCAAAUCCAUUAUAUUUCUGUGUAUGGGGUUGUUAGUUUUGCAGCCUGGUCCUAGCCAUGUUUCUCAGAACCAAGACUCAUUGAUUUCGAUGGGACUUUGCUUCUAAGUAUGUAUACUUAGGAUUCUGCCAUGCACUUAUUUUCACCUGCAGAUCCAUCUAAAAGAUAAAAAUACUGCUUAACGGCUGAACAUUUCUCAGACUACAUGAUAAACUGAUAUUGACCUGGAUAACAGCAGGAAAUGCAAGUUCAUUUCAGGCCAACUGACAUUUUCUGUUUAAGUGCUUCUUAUCCUCAUUUAUAAAAUAUUGGUUCGAAAACUGUUGCAUAAAAAAAAAAUUAACCAAAGGAUUCCCAAAUGUUUUAGUAAAAAAGAUGAUAUAACAGCAUUAUAGAAUGGUCUCUGUUUUCAAAUGCCCAACUGGUUGGUUUUCCUUAGAUGUUAAAAUUUAAAUAAUCAGAUUUCCUUUCUGUUGGGGUUGAUUUGCUCUAGUUAGUGCUACAAAGCCUCAGCUAUAGCUACACCUGGAUAUUAGUAGCCUGUUCCCUAGCCUGUCUAGUACUGAGUUCCCAAAGAUGGAAAUAAGAAACUUAGAGGGCUGCUGAUAAAUGAUUUUUACUUAUAAUUUGGCAGUGGUGUUUCUCUUAAUAACUAAGAAAAAUGCACUUGUCACUGCCGUCUAUUCCACUAAACAUAUCUACUUUAUGAGUAAACUUGAGCAGUAAGAAAUUUGCUCUAAGGGCCAAGGAUCCAACCUGCCAGAUGAGAUACUUCCGUCAGUCCAACAGGCUACCAAAAAUCUGACCAGCAAACCAAAGAAAACAUGCCUUCAGAUGUUUCAUUCAAAUUAGUAUUACUAUGAAUGUAGUGAAAUACAGGUCCAUCCUUUCUCCUCAGCCAAAGAUGCAUUCUGCUGUCUCAAAGGCGCAGUGUCCUCUUGAAGGAUAUUUCCGGACAAGUGUUUCCCAAAUUUGGGUCUCCAGCUGUUUUUGAACUACAACUCGCAUCAUCCCUGACCACUGGUCCUGCUAGCUAUGGUUGAUGGGUGUUGUAGUCCAAAAACAGCUGGAGACUCAAGUUUGGGAAACACUGUUUUAGGAGAAGGUAGAAGUAGCUGCUGUCCAUGGUCUCUCCAAACAUAUUGAGAUCUAACAUGCUUUCUUCAUUGUCUCCUCCCCAGCCAAUCUGAACCCUGACUGAGUAGACUUAAUGCUAACUUACAGCAUUAAUUACCAGCUAGUUUGGGACUAAAUACGGGUGUUUGGGGCCUGUGCAGUCCUUGGGGCAGAUUGUUCUGGGCUUCAGUCUGCUUCCCAGGUUUUCUAGCAAACUUGACACAGCUAAAUCAGCAUGGCUCCUCUAACAGAAGUGUAUUUAAGAAUGUGAUGUUUACAUUUAAGAACCACAUUUUAGCCAUGAUGGUUGUGUACUGCCUAAUGCUUCUGAAUACCAAUUGCUGGAAAAAACAGGAGCAGGGAGUGCUCUUGCGCAAAGGUCCUGAUAGUGGGUUUUCCCACAUGCAUCUGCUUGGCCACUGUGACAGCGGGAUGCAGGAUUAGACCUGAUCCAGCAUUGGCCUGAUCCAGCAGGCUCUUCUUGUGUUCUUAAAUUCUCGCACCUAGUCACACUGCAAAAUCUUCACAAAACAAACCCGCAGUUGUGAUUCCUCCCUAAUAUUAGCUAGGCCUAUCAAGAGUGGACAGGAGAGGGGAAAUUAAAUUUUCCUAUUGAGAUUUUGUUCCUACUCCCCCCCCCCCCCUUUUACAUUUUAUGUCAAACCACCUAAGAAGCAUCUACAGUUGAAAAGCAGCUCAUGUAUAAACUGUGCUCCUAGCCCGGAAAAAAAUUAUUUUUAAGCCAGAGCUAAAAUAACCCUAAAAUAAGUAGGUGUUGACAGUAUACAUUCAUGUAACCUUAACAAGGGGUGAUGAACUUUUGGUCCUCUGGAUCAGGCAUCCCGAAAAUCGGCCCUCCAGCUGUUUUGGGACUGCAAUUCCCAUCAUCCCUGACCACUGGUCCUGUUAGCUAGGGAUGAUGGGAGUUGUAGUCCCAAAACAGCUGGAGGGCCGAGUUUGGGGGUGCCUGCUCUGGAUGAUGUUGGAUUUGGCCUUCUGUGGCCUGGUAGCUACUGAGCACUGGCUACCAUCCUCUUCAGAGAUGUUUUCAAGGCGUUCCAUCUUGGAGUUUAGGUCAAGCAGAUUUAGGGAUCCUGACAUCUCUUGACCAAACAAUCUACCUCAUAGGCAAGGUCUAAAAAAGUGCUAAGAAAAAGCUUGGAGUUCUGAAUUUCCUUCUCAAACCUCAUCCGCCCACUGGGUGACAGUAGGCUACCAAGCUAUCUUUAAAGUCCAGCCCCUCUCCACCUUUAGGAUGCCCCAUUUAAGGGACUCCCCCUGGCCUCUGCUGGGUACCCUACCACCAGCCAGCGCUUCCACUCCUUUGGUGAGCUGAGUGAAGCUGAGGCCAGCUUAGAUGGCAGAUAUGGGCAAGAGGUCUCCCUUGCUCAGUCCACCACCACCAACCCUCAGCUUGACACUAAGGAUAUUUGGACUGCUCUGUAAAGUCCUAAACAGUCUGGGGCCUUUGUACUUAAAAUGUCGCUUCAUUUCUUAUACCUCUGCCUGAUCUUUGCGACUGAGAUAGGUCUGCCUGUGCCUGCCAGCGCCACUUUCCUCAAGAAGAAAUUGUGCUUUUAGUUUGCGUGGCACCAGAGUUAUGAAACUCCCUGCCUAGUGAAAUCAAGCUGCAAUGAGUUUUAGGUGCCAACUUCAGACUAUUGGCUAUUUCGGCAGGCUUUCUUAUGAAAAUGAUUUACUGCUUUUAUAAUCUUCUUGUCAGGUCACCCCUUCUAUACUUUGUUUUCUUUCUUGUAUUUUUGCUUUCAUUUAAUUGUUUGUUUGUUUGUUUGUGUUGGGAUUUUGUACACUGCAGAUAUAUGUUUUUUACAUGAGUUUGCAGUCUUGAAAUGAAUAAAAUUAUGAUGAUGGGACUUGUAUUCCAGCAACAUCAAGUUCCCCACUGCAGCACUGCUGUCGAGACUGUCACCAUCAGGAAAUGGGUUCCUAAACAACAUGCAAACCUGUUGUUUAUUUGUUUCUUAUAUAUCCCGCCUUUCCUCUAAGGAGCUCAAAGCAGUACCUAUGUUUUGACCCCUGUGUUUUGAAUAACAUCCUCACAGCUACCCUGUAUGGUACUUUAAGCUGAGAUAGGAUGGCUGGCUGAAAGUCACACAAUGAAUUUCAUGGUUGAGUAGUGAUUUGAACUUGGGUAUCCCCAGUCUACAAAGGCCUAACUAGGGUCCCUUGCACCCUUGGCCACUUGUGACCAAGUGAAGAUGCCCAGGUACCAGGUUGACAUAUGGCAUCUCAACCAUCUGGAGGUGAACGCCUAGGGAUCCUUGGAUCUGGCCUGCUUUCACACACCAGCAACACAUCUUGCAGAAUUCUGUUAGUUAUCUUUUAUCUGCACAGUCACAACAAAUUUCAGGAACCAAAAUUCCGCAUCAAAAAAUACGACUUUUGAACCGCAUGUUCCCCAAUUGGCAACUAGACAUUCCAUUUUGGCGACUAACCCUGGUUUAAGGAGCCAUUUGGUGCUUAGCUUAUAUACCUGAGUUUCUAACACUGCUGAUAGGAGAUUUUUGCACAUAUCCCUGGGCCUGGGCCCCCCGACAGAGGCUGGUUUCACCAACCCUUAGGUUUGCCUCUGCCAGUCUGACCCUUCUGACCAUUACACCACACUUGCACUCAUGAAUCCAUGCUGACAUCAUUUAUUUAUUCCAUUACUCACUUUCCAUGAGGCAUCCCAGAGCUGACAUGCAACUUCGAUGAGACAGAACACCCUUAAUUACGCCACAUAUUAAACUGUAUUGGUUGUGCUAGCAAAUACAGUGGUGCCUCGCAAGACGAAAAGAAUCCGUUCUGUGAGUCUCUUCAUCUAGCGGUUUUUUCGUCUUGCGAAGCAAGCCCAUUGACGGAUUAGCGGAUUAGCGCUAUUAGCGCUAUUAGCGGCUUUUAGCGGCUUUUAGCGGCUUAGCGGAUAAGCGGCUUAGCAGCUUAGAAAAAGGGGAGGGGAGGAAAAAAAACCCGCAGGAACUAGCAAGACAUUUUCGUCUUGCGAAGCAAGCCCAUAGGAGAUUCGUUUUGCAAAGCACCUCCAAAACGGAAAACUCUUUCGUCUAGCGAGUUUUCCGUCUUGCGAGGCAUUCGUCUUGCGGGGCACCACUGUAGUGCCUUUACAGUGACAUCCUAUGCAAAUAAGCCUCAGUGAGAUCAAGUGGCUUACUCCCAGGUAAGUAUGUAUAGGAUUGCAGCCAUAAUAUAUCAUUCAGUACAUCCCUUUAGAAUCAGGGUGCAAACUGCAGGUUUGGAAUGCUUAAUGGGAUGCUUAUGAAGCACAUUUAAAACUAGGAAUUGGCCAUUAACAAUUUUCUAUAUUAUUUUUGAUCAAUCACUGCAUAGACCUUUGCAUAUUGCGCUGGCAGAAAAAAAUAAUGUUCAAUAUGAAAUUGACCAGAGGAAAGGCAAAAACCUUUUACUUUUUUGCUACCUGGGAGCCCACUCAUGGAAUACAUUAAGCAGCAUAUACAAGGUCUUCAUCUUUCAUCUAACUUCCAUGAGAAUGUGGAAUGUUACCUGAAGUGGCUUGUGCCCUCUGCCAUUUGGACUCUUAAAUUCUCCUACUUUGGAUAUCCACAAAAGCUUUUCAAGUGCUUGUUUUUCUGUGCAUGGAUGGGAGGGACUUGCCUGUUUCUCUAUAGUUGCUUUCUCAUGAAAAUCAUUUGCUUUUAAUAAUUGCUGGGUUGCAAUUAGCCAUUUGAACUGUCACUUGUUUGGCUUCCUUACCGUGCCUUGAUCAGAACAUCUCUGACCAGACGAUGUGAAGCAUAAAUGGACAACAGGAAAGCUUAUGUAAAUUGUUUGCUGAUAACAGUUGCAAAAUAUGUCUGACACUUGCAAAAUUAAUGCCUUGCCGCUUGUUUAUGUUGCCAAGAAGUGGUGCAAAUUAGUUUACGUAAGCAGAAUUCUGGUGUAUGUAGAAUGUCUGUAAAAAUGCUGCCUUUGGUGCAAAUUUGCAUCUGUGCUGGACAAUUGUCAACACAAGUGCAAAGUAGUUAGUAGUCACAGUUCAAAGUACUAUAUUGGCACAAGGGUGUGUUUGGCUUGAUGUGGUUCUUAUGCACUUAUGAGGAAUUAUGCCUUGAGACAGUCAAAUAGGCCUUGGCACAACAUUCGGUUUCCACAGAUGUUCUAGUUAACUAAAAGUAAUUGCUUGAACAAAUGUUUGUGACAAGCUAAUGAAAUGGAAUUAGCAGUAAAGGUGAUCCCGUCAAGCCAUGCUUGUAGAUCUGCUCAGCCAAAUAAAUUCCAGGGAGCUUCUCAAGUAUUUACUCGGCAGCAGUUAUAAAGUCAUAGCUGCCCACAAUAUAAUUUCAAAAAAAAGAGCAGCUCCCAAUGAAAUUCUGUUUUGGCUAGAUUAGGGAUGUGACUUGACCAUUAACUAGUAUUUAUUUCUUACAUUUAUAUCCCACCUUUCCUGCCAAGGUGCCCAAGGUGGAGUUCAUCCCUCCCACCAUGGUAUUCAUACAACAGCCCUGCAAAGUAGGUUAGGCUGAGAGACAACGAUUGGCCCAAGGUCACCUAGUUGAACUUUAUAUUAGAGGGGAGGGGGGAAUUGCUUUGAUGCUUUGGAUAGCUGGUCGGUUCACCUUGGUCCACUUUGGGCAAGAUCCAGUUUAAUUCAGACCAAUGUGGGGCCUUGAUUUCUGCUCCCCCCCAAAAAAAGACCCAAAUAUCUCCCUCGUAUGUAAGUGCACAUUUGAAAUGUGCUGUGUCCCUUGGCUUCCAUAAGGCUAAACAGAGGCUGUACCUCAGCAGUGGGGUGGUGUGUGAGAAAGCCCAUCUUUCACCAAUGAUCCUGCUGCCCAAAAUAUAAUUCCCAUGUGUCGUUGUGGCAAGGGAUGCUCCUGAACAAGGGUAGGCAAUGUGGUGCCCUGCUUUGUGUUCAAAGGGACUUUUAUCCAGGUAAGUCUGUAUAGGUUUCCAGCCUAGAAGUCCAGACCAGCAUCAGCAAGUAAGGACCACCACUGAAAAGAGUCUGUCUCUUCUGCCCUCCAGAUUAAUUCACUCUGAUGGCAGGACUGUGAGCCGAGCCUCUGUGACUGAUCUUAAGGACCGGGCAGGUUAAUUACAGGUGCAGAUAACCUGGUCCAAACCAUUUGAGACUUUAAAUUGGGCCCAGAAAUGCAACCAGUGUGAUAGCAGAUGGGUUGCCAUCACAGUGGUACCUCGGUUUUUGAACAGCUUAGUUCAUGAACAACUUGCAACCCGAACGCUGCAAAACUGGAAGUAGGUGUUCCGGUUUUCGAACUUUUUUUCGGAAGCCGAACAUGCUCCGUUUUGAGUCCCCCCGUAUUUCCUGUUGCGCUGCUAAUUUGUGUCCCCCCCCAUUGUAAUUCAAGCCUUCCUUUUCCGUGUUUCCUGUUGCGCUGCUAAUUUGCAUACCCCUUGUUUCCUGUUGCGCUACUAAUUUGCAUCCCCCCCAUUGUAAUUCAAGCCUUCCAUUUCCGAUUGCAAUGUUCUGAGGUGAUAUUUGGAGCUUAUAUUUGGUGCUUUUGUUUUUGCUAUUUAUUUUGCGUUUUUUGUUUUGAGGGUUUUUCAGUUAAUUUGUUUUUGUUACUGUGUGGAUCCAAUCAGCUACUGAUUGAUUGAUUGAUUGAUUGAUUGUGUGACUGCGGAAAUGGAUAAAAGCUCCCCAUCCAAACAAUGACUAUCAUCAGUGCAGGUAAGAAAAGAAAUUAAUUUUAAUUUUUAUCAUCUACAAUACUCUUUUAUUUAUUUUAUAGUACAGUACAUUGAUUAUUGCUUUCAUUUUAUGGAUCAGUGGUCUCGUUAGAUAGCAAAAUUCAUGUUAAAUUGCUGUUUUGGGGGUUGUUUUUAAAAGUAUGGAACGGAUUAAUCCGUUUUGCAUUACUUUGUAUGGGAAAGCGUGCCUUGGUUUUGGAACGCUUUGGUUUUGAAACGGACUUCCGGAACGGAUUAAGUUUGAGGACCAAGGUACCACUGUAUCACUCUUCAAUGUGUAGGCUCCAGAGAGCAUAUUGCAUAGGAUAGGGAAGGAAACACACAACAGGAAGGGAGGCUGAAGAACAAAAGAAAAUAUAGAAGCAGCAAACGAUGCGGAGACAGGGCAGGGAAAUGCACAAUGUGCAGACAUCAUGACAAGAAGUAAGUGAUAAUGAAUUGGAGAAUAUGUUUUCGAGGGCAGCCUUUUGCCCAGCAUAAUAAUAAUAAUACGAGAUUCUGCCCUAAUUCCAUGAAAAUGGAAGUCACAAGCAGGAUCCGAGGAAUCCAGCCAAAUGCAAAGUACACUGGCAGUGGGCGUCCCACAGUUUCUGCUCUUUGUACACAUGCUGCUGAUCACGCCAGCUGUGCCAGUUUAAGCCGUAGAUCAUAAGAAAGAAAAUGCUAAUCUGACAAAAUAUUACAUCUAAAAGUCACCAAUAAGGCAUUUUGCAUACAUAUGUGUGAGCUACUGUUCUAAAACAAAAAUCACUUUUUAAAAAAAAUCCCCUACCCCUAGGCCUUACUUUACUAAGGGGUCCUGAGAACCCCAAGCUAUUUGAAAGUCUCAAGAAUAAAGCUGAAGAGGCAAGGAACUUCCCACCUUAGAAGUGAAGACAGGCCCCAAAAUCCAAUUAUUCUGGACAACAGCCAUAAGAGAAAUACAGUGGUACCUCGGGUUAAGAACUUUAUUCGUUCUGGAGGUCCGUUCUUAACCUGAAACUGUUCUUUACCUGAGGUACCACUUUAGCUAAUGGGGCCUCCCGCGCUGCCGCCACGCGAUUUCUGUUCUCACCCUGAAGCAAAGUUCUUAACCCAAGGUACUAUUUCUGGGUUAGCAGAGUCUGUAACCUGAAGCGUCUAUAACCCGAGGUACCACUGUAUGCAAAGUAACUAAGCAAGUAUUAGUAAUCACCCCAGAACUGGCCCUACUAAACAUCUUCCAAGACAAUAAUGCCCACUCACACCACAAAGAACUGAUAACCCACCGACUCUCAGCAGCCAGAAACAUCAUAACCAGACACUGCAGAGACCUGUCAGGAGUAAGCAUGGACGAAUGGUACCAAAUAGUGUGGGAAACAGCCCUACUAGAAAAAUUAACCAAUAAACUGAAACUGACACAGGGACAAAUGGAAGAAGACGCUUUCACCCAGGUAUGGCUCCCCUUUAUCACAUACACAGCCCAAAAAGACAACGACAAGAAUCCACCAACAGCAUACGAAUCAAUAUCAUAGAAUCAUAGAGUUGGAAGAGACCACAAGGGCCAUCGAGUCCAACCCCCUGCCAAGCAGGAAACACCAUCAGAGCACUCCUGACAUAUGGUUGUCAAGCCUCUGCUUAAAGACCUCCAAAGAAGGAGACUCCACACUCCUUGGCAGCAAAUUCCACUGUCGAACAGCUCUUACUGUCAUGUAUGGCUAACCUGAUCCAAAAACACGCACCCACCCCACUCACACAGCCAAUCACAACCAACCAACCACACCCUAGGCCAACCCCAACCUCUCUCACAACCAAAGGAACACAAGCGAAUAGCAAAAAGAACCUGCACAAGCGAUGCUGACACAAAACCCCAUUUUAUUAUGCUGACCCCAACCCCACUCACCAUUCCCCCCUCCACCUCUUCCCCCGUUUUCUUCCUAAUGUAACAUUAAUGUCUUAAUAGAUCAGCAGGAAAUGUAACUUGAAGAAAGAGACAUUGCACAUACUUUUGUAAACCAAUAAAUCUUUAAUAAAAAAUACAAAAAGAAGUGAAGACGGGCGUAACCCCUCACACACUCCCUCCUGCUUUAUGCUGCCUUUAUCAUAAUGCCCUCCAAGCUCUCUGCAGUCAGUGGUUGUUUCCCAAUACUCCUCAAAGCAUUUAAGCAGGAAAAGCUGCAGGCAUACCAAAAGGGGAUGGUGUAGACAUUUUUAAAAAGCAAAGGAAUUGUCUACAGCAUUGUCAGCAGCAGCACAGAGUUGGAACUCUGGGGGCGUCUGUUCCUUUGCAGAAACAAAGGAACGUUGGGUCGUUGGGUCAAUGACUGUUGUGCCCAUGUAACAUCGUCAUACAGCAUAACAGGGUGAGUGAUAAUGUGACAACAGGAGCAGCUAACACACACCUGAUGCAGGUGAGGCCUUGGCUGAGAUAACUUGUUAUUCCAUGGCAGUGGGUUGCAUCCAACUUAAGUUCUGUUCAGAGCAGACCCCCUGAAACGAAUGUAGCCAAGUUACUUUGUUGUUGUUGUUUAGUCGUGUCCGACUCUUUGUGACCCCAUGGACCAGAGCACGCCAGGCACUCCUGUCUUCCACUGCCUAGCCAAGUUACUUACGUCCAUUAAUUUAAAUGGGAUUAAUGUUAGAUUACAAUCUCAGUGUCUAGGUAAGGGAACCUCAUGCGUGUGGUUCACAACAUGGUUCCUUUCCAAGCAGAUUCUCCCUGCUGUGAAGAUGCCAUCCAGACUGACCAUGGGGAAAACUGCUGCUGUGGUGAUGUGUGGAUCGAAUAUGGGUGCAAUGGAUUUGAAGUGCAGGGGCUUUUUGGACCAGUGGACACAUUUCAAAUUCUGGGAGUGCUAGAGUACCAGUCAAUAAACAGGUGCUGUGUGAGGGCAUGGCAUAAUACAAAAUUAAGAGACAGCCACCCCUGGCAACCUUAUCUAUGUUCUGCUAUUCUGGAUUGUAGAGAUGAUGCAAUAUUGAUUUCAAACACACAAACAUUGGUACUGUUGCAGUCUAACAGUAGCACAGAGCAUUCCACGGUAUACAAGGUGGCCACACUCACUCUCAUUGAACAUAAAUCAUUUAGAAGGUAUCUUGCAUAUUUUGCCACAUAACUGUCUUUCUAGGAGGGCUAGAGAUUUACUUUAAAAGAAAAAAAGAAACCUCAGAGUUUAGGAUACCUGCCUGGGACACCAAUGAAAACCUUUGCAGAUGCUGGAUUGGCAACCCAAAUUGUAAUGCAAUGGUUAUAAAAUCUUGUCAUGUUGAUCUUUUUGCUGUAGACCCCUGGACAUCUGUUCUUCAAUACCUGCAGACUGCAGAGAAUUCUGGGGCAUGUUCUUGGGUGCAUUCUAAGUUGACAUGGGGUGGUAGGUAGGCUUGGGCUUUGGGCAUUGCUCUUGUUGUUGUUUAAUCAUUUAGUCGUGUCCGACUCUUCAUGACCCCAGGCACUCCUGUCUUCCACUGCCUCCCACAGUUUGAUCAAACUCAUGCUGGUAGCUUCAAGAACACUGUCCAACCAUCUCAUCCUCUGUCAUCCCCUUCUCCUUGUGCCCUCCAUCUUUCCCAACAUCAGGGUCUUUUCCAGGGAGCCUUCUCUUCUCAUGAGGUGGCCAAAGUAUUGGAGCCUCAGCUUCAGGAUCUGUCCUUCCACUGAGCACUCAGGGCUGAUUUCCUUCAGAAUGGAGCGGUUUGAUCUUCUUGCAGUCCAUGGAACUCUCAAGAGUCUCCUCCAGCACCAUAAUUCAAAAGCAUCAAUUCUUCAGCGAUCAGCCUUCUUUAUGGUCCAGCUCUCACUUCCAUACAUCACUACUGGGAAAACCAUAGCUUUAACUAUACGGACCUUUGUUGGCAAGGUGAUGUCUCUGCUUUUUAGGAUGCUGUCUAGGUUUGUCACUGCUUUUUUCCCAAGAAGCAGGCGUCUUUUAAUUUCGUGCUCUUAGGUCUUCAUAAUAAAGCACAAGCCUUGGAAGACACCGAGGGUGUAGUGAUCAGGUGGGCUUAGUUACAAUUGCAUAUAUUGCAAUGAUUAUUAUUAUUUAACAUACUGUUUGGAAACUCCCAACAAUACAAAUCUGCUCUGUCGCAGAACUAUACAAAAGGUAUUAGAUAACAGAAGAUGUAAAGCCCCAAACUGCCAAAUGGCAAUUGAAGGAUAUGAUUGUGUGCCACUAUACACAGCUGAUUAAGGAGGAAUAUAAUAUUGCAAAGAAAAAGACUAAGCCCCUGCUAAACCCAGUAAGGCAUAUGGGAAGGAAAGAAAGCAGCUUUUUGCUCUCUGCUGUUUUAUUUAUUUUAUUUUGUUUGUUAUUUAAAAAAAGUUUUUCAUCUUCCAUAAAAAAAAAAUUAUUGCCUUGCUUGGUUUUUUAAUUGUAUUGUUCAGUUGCACUCCACCAUCCAGCCUUGGAAACAGGUGCCAAGAAGGGAUACAAGGAAAUGAUAAGAGUAAACAAAAGAAGCAAAACAUUCCUGUUGUGUCUUAGAAUUAGCGCUUUGCAUCUGAACCAUAGCUCUUUAAGUCUAGGCAAGAUUCUAUUGGUAGGAAAAGAAAAAUGCUCCAAUUGUUCUGCUGCUCUCAAUAAACAAAGCUGAGCUGAAAACUAUUGGGAAAAUGCAGCUGCCUCAUACUGAAGCAGUGGGACAAACUAGUUGGGGUUUUAUGGGCACACAUGACUAAAAUCUCCUUCGAACAUGUAUCUACAUGGACAUUAGGGUUCCUAGAGCCCAGCUUAGAUGCAAGGUGUCUAAACACCUGGUGUAGUCCCAGACAAGCAAUGCUGGUGUUCCCUGCCUCCAUUGUACUUCUGCACCAUAAAAACAUAAUAGCUUUGCUGGAUCAGACCAAAGGCCCAUCUAGUCCAGCAUCUGGUUCUCACAGUGGCCAUGCCUAUGGGUAGUGCACAAGAAGGACCUGAGCACAAGAGCAUUCUCUAAACUUGCACACCCUAGUAAAUGGUUUUCAGAUGUUCACUACUUCCAGUACAGCUGCCAUGACUGUUGUAUGGCAAGUACUGUACAGUGGUACAUCUGGUGAUGAACUUAAUUCAUUCUGGAGGUCCGUUCUUAACCUGAGGUACCACUUUAGCUAAUGGGGCCGCCCACUGCCGCCGUGCCACCACCACGCAAUUUCUGUUCUCAUCCUGAAGCAAAGUUCUUAACCUGAGGUACUAUUCUUGGUUAGCAGAGUCUGUAACCUGAAGCGUCUGUAACCUGAAACGUCUGUAACCCAAGGUACCACUGUACAAAGUUUUCCAAGUGUGGCCACACUGCAGAUUUGUACAGCGGCAUUCUGUUAGUGGCUGUUUUAUUAUAAAUCCCUUUCCGAAUGACCCCUCACAUGGAAUUCACGUUUUUCCCACUUGGCUGGCAUUUUCAUUGAGCUACCCACCAUGGUCCUAAGUUCAUCCCUAUUAAAGUAUAGGUGAGGAUAAGGGGUUUUUUUUUAUUUUUUGUUGUUUUUUUUGCUCCAGUAUGCAUUCUUCACAGUUGUUUACAUUAAACUGCAUUUGCCAUUUCAAUGUCCAUUAAUGUAAUGCCCAGUGUGAGUAUAUCCUUGGGAGCCCCUCACAAAUCCCCUUUUUGUUCCCUGAACAACUUGGAGUCAUCAGCAAAGCUGGCCUUCUCCCUGCUCACUCCUAGCUCCGGAUAAUUUAGAAACGAGUUAAAAAGCAUCAGUCCCUUAGGGGACCCAACUCUUUGGGGAUCCUCCUUUAUUAGAACAGUCCGUUUAUUUCAGUGGUUCCCAAAGUGGGUGGUGCCGCCCUUUGGGGGGCAGUGGGACUCCCUCAGAGGGGUGCUAAGAGGCAAGCAGAUGGAAGGGGCCAUUGGAGGCGUAAAGGACUAUCAGACUUUGAAAAGCUGGUAUCGCCAGAUCAAGUUCAUCCAUUUUGUUAAAUUGAUUAAACUAAAUAGUUUUAAUUGGAUUUUGAAUAGAUGUGCCUUUAAUUGUUACUGUUUUGUGUUCUUAUCUUCCUAGUGAGUCAUUCAAACCCCUCUUAUGAAUAAUACUUUUUUUUAUAGAGCAAAGGGGCACUGGGGAUGAGUUUGUGGUACCAAGGGAGCAGUGACCCAAAAAAGUUUGGGAGCCACUGGUUUGUUCCAACACUCUGCUUCCUGUUUUUGAUUCCUAAAGGGAUCUGUCUUGCUAUCCCAAGGUAGCUAAGCUUACUGGGGAGUCUUUGAUGAGGGACUUUAUCAAGAGUUUCUUGAAAGUCCAGGUGCACAUCAACUCUGUCCAAACAACUUUCCCAACCUAUGUCAUGGUUAGAAAGAUGCUCGUUUUAUAUGUUACUUUAUAUUUAAGAACCAUGUUGCCAGGAUUGCUAAACUUUUGCUGUUAUUAGCUUUUAAUAUAAGAAUUUUCAAACAGAAAUCUAGUUAUGUAAAAAAGGUAAAGGACCCCUGACAGUUAAGUCCUGUCGCAAACGACUGGGGUUGCAGCGCUCAUCUCUCUUUACAGGCCGAGGGAGCCAAUGUUUGUCCACAGUCAGUUUUUCCAGGUCAUGUGGCCAGCAUGACUAAGCCGCUUCUGGCGAAACCAGAGCAGCGCACGGAAACACCGUUUACCUUCCCACCGGAGCAGUAUCUAUUGAUCUACUUGCACUUUUUGGCAUGCUUUUGAACUGCUAGGUUGGCAGGAGCAGAGACCAAGCAACGGGUGCUCACCCUGUCAUGGGGAUUUGAACCACCGACCUUCUGAUCGGCAAGCCCAAGAGGCUCAGUGGAUUAGACCACAGCGCCACCCACGUCUCAUGGUUAUGUAGCCCUUGGUAGAACAUGCAAUGGUGGUGCUAGGAGAGAGAAAUGCUCAUUCAGCGCAGUCACGGGCCCAUAGGAAGCGAACGAGCCCCCCAUCCCAACUACUGAGGGUGGGGACUUCGGUCUUUUGCCCAGUUUUUCAUAUGUAGUCGUGCUCCUGCCAAUCCACUUACUCAUGUGGACUAAUGCACAUUUGUCUUCAAUCAGAUCGCAGUCCUUCACGCUCUCUCUACAAGACUGCUCAUGCUUAAUGUAUAUUUUUGUUUGUCCUGGUGUUCUUUCUGUAGUCUGCUAUCCUGAUUUCCCAUGUCUCCUGAACUGCCAUGUACGUUGCCCAGCAUUUGGUCCUGUUUUCUCAAAAUACGCUUGUUUGCUUCUGCUUUACAAAAGCAUACAAAGCAAACAGAUGGUUGUAAUCUGUGUUUUCAUUCAGAAUGGCAUUCUGAAUUAUAUCAAAGUGACUAUUGCUGGUCUGCACUGGAUCUGAGGAGUCUAUGAAUAGAAAUGCUUUGUUCUUUCCCAAUAUGACCACCGCUUGAUUUCUUGCCAGCUGUAGCAGUCCCUGGAUGAAAUUAACGGAUGUUAAUGAAGUGGCACGUGAUUUCUGUAACUUAAUUUGGCCCUAAUUCUCUUACAGCAAGUUACUAGAAUGAGCAGGCCAGUUUUGUAUUUUCUCUUGUUGCUUCUUGUCGACAUUAUUCCCCAUCCCACCACCCGUGUCAGCAGUAAGAUUUGUGUAUCUUUAAGGUGUAGACUUAGGGUUGCAUCGACAUAGCUGUCUUCACUAUGGCCAAAAACCUGGAGGGUGGUUGGCAGAAAUCCUUGUUCAGACUUAGUGGAACCCACUGUAUCCAGCUCUAGUGUUGUUGUUGUUGUGGAGAUUUGUGCAUGUGGACUCUGUGUAGAGAGAUCACUCUGCAAUAAGCAUUUAUAUGGCAAAGUGAGGGGGUGCAUGUACCAGCAUCCCUGAAAGGAAUAUGUGUUACUUUUUGCUUGUCCUAUGUGCCAUUGCUAUUCACACAGACACCACAGGUACCGUGCUUGCAGUGUAUGUAAACCUGACAGAACAGACAAGAUGUGGCUAUAGGCUGAUACCAGCAGCAGCAGCAGCAGCAGUUCCUUCCAUUUUGAGUCUUCUUCUUUUUUGGCGAUCACUCAUAGCCGAGUAAGAUUGUCUUCCAUGAACAUGGUCUUAACAGUGAGCCCGUAAGUGACUGUGGAGGCCAAUUCUAGAUCCACACAUUCUUCCACAGUGGGGAUCAUGGUGAGGGUUUGCCAAACGUGCCUUCCUCUUAGCACAUUUCUCCCUUUCGUCCUGAGUUCAAGCGUCUUCAAAGUCCAUGAUGCCUUUGAUAAAGGCUGUUCUCCAGUUGGAUUACUCUCAGGCCAGUGUUUCCCAAUUGUCAGUGUUUAUACUACUUUUUUUUUAGUUUUGCCUUGAGAGAGUCUUUAAACCUCUUUUGUUGGCCACCAGAAUUACGCUUUCCAUUUUUAAGUUCAGAAUAGAGUAGUUGCUUUCGAAGACAACAGUCAAGCAUCUGAACAACAUGACCAGUCUAACGAAGUUGAUGUUGAGGAAUCAUCUCUCCGACACUGGUGAUAUUUGCUUCUUCCAGUACACUGGCAUUAGUUCGCCUGUCUUCCCAAGUGAUAUGUAGAAUUUUUUGGAGACACCAUUGAGGAGUUGGAGAUGGCGUUUAUAAGUUGUCCAUGUUUCACAAGCAUACAGUAAGGUUAGUAGUACAAUAGCUUUGUAAUGUCCCAGUCCUCAAACACUCUGCACUUCAAUCAGGAGAAAGCUGCACUCACAGAGCUCAGGUAAUGCUGGAUUUUGGCAUCGAUGUCAUCCCUUGUGGAAAGGUAACUGCCCAGGUAGGAGAAGUGAUCGACACUUUCCAACAUUACACCAGGAGACAGAGUUCAGAGGAAAUGUUGAAGGAAAGUAGCAAAUGAGAUAAAAGAGUAAUUAAUAAUAAAAAGAAAGCUCAUAUAGGAUGGAGAAUUGAUAAGGCACAAGUUGAGUGUGAAAGGAGAAUGAGGGAAGUAAUUACAGGAGAUGAGUAAUAAUACUUGGAGAGGCAUGUGGGGUUGCGAAGGGACAAGAUAUAAAAGAAAAAGGUUUUCUCCCUUAAAGCCUCUUGAUUAGUAAAUUCUGCCUGAAAUGGGGAGGCUGACUCGCAGUAUUUCCAGUGCAAAUGUCCGUAGUUAGCCUGGUGAAGGCAGAGCUGUGAAACUCCUCGUCCCAAAGAAAAUGUAGCAUGAAAGCGUUCGGCAUUCUCCAAAGAUGGAAUAGCUAUCAGGAGAAAGUGAUGUCAGUAAUUACCCAGCUGAUUAUACCAAACUCUGCCUCAGCCUGCUAUCUAUUCUGUGACUGGCUUUGUCCCUACACCACCAUUUUGUGGCUGGUGAGCCUCAGUAAUUUUCAGACGUCUCAAGUGAGCCCAGGGGGUAGGAAGUUUUGGAACCCCUGCAUUAUCUGACAUUUAGCCUGCAUUUGCUAAUGGCAUGGCAUUAUUGUCUUUAAUCUUAAUGACAGCUCUGUCCUUCCAGAUGUUUUUGUAAAAUGAACUUAUAUCUCCAGCCUCAAGCUGACACCUUCUAACCUAAGUAGGCCCCAUUCUUUUCAAAUUUUGCCCAUAAAAUGAACUUUCCAGUACAGUGGUACCUCGGGUUAAGAACUUAAUUCGUUCCAGAGGUCCGUUCUUAACCUGAAACUGCUCUUAACCUGAGGUACCACUUUAGCUAAUGGGGCCUCUCGCGCCGUCAUCACGCGAUUUCUGUUCUCAUCAUGAAGCAAAGUUCUUAACCUGAGGUACUAUUUCUGGGCUAGCUGAGUCUGUAACCUGAAGCAUCUGUAACCUGAGGUACCACUGUACUGCAUAAUCAUCACCACUGCCUUCUUUUUUGUGCCUUCAUCCCAAAGAAAGCCCAAAGCAGUUAACAUAUUGCCAAUUUUUUUAAAAAAAAUAAUCCUAUAGCAUAAUGCAAACAGCGCUAAGCAUUAUUUGACAAUUCUGUUAAUACCACAGCCAUAAAACAAUCAACAAGGGGAGAAUGAAACAGCCACCCCUAUCUUAGCUAAAAUGCACAUUUACACCCUCACUCCAGCAGCCAAUACAUGAAACUGUUCAGCUUUAACGUCAGAGAUGACAAAUCCACCCCCAAGCCUAUGGAUUAAUCAAUAAAGGUAAUCACACAGAAACACCAUACCCAGGGUUUUUGUUCAUCCUGAACUUGCCAGAACUCAGUUCCAGCCUCUCUCAAGUGGGGACCAUUACCAUUCUAAGAGAAUGAGGGAGGUGUUUGUGGUGAGUUCUCUUUUUCUAGAAAAACAGCACUGACCAUACUCUACUGACAGGGACCGUGCUGAGAAGGACUGUACUGAGGAAGAAUGGUGGGAGCCCCCCCUCCCCCUGAUCCUGACCCUGAAUCUUCCCAGGAGCAGGAGAGCAGUAUAGAUUUGGAACAGUGGUUUGCAGAGGGGCAUAGUUCAGAAGGGAGAAGCUGGGAAAUAUUGGGUGGGGAACAGCUAGCAGAAGAAACACUAGAAGAGAGAGAGUUAACAGAUUCGCAGACUCUGGAUAGUUCCACCCUCCUUCUCCAAGGACAAGGAGAGCUCAGAAAGUGUCAGAACAGAAAACACAGAGGCCCCAAGCUCAGAUGACUAGAUGUAGGAGUGACGUACAUUAAGAGGGACGGAGGGGAAAGUGAACUUAAUUGGGAGCACCGCCAUUCUAGUUAGAUGCUUUCUUUGGUCCUUCACUGUGUUUAUUAAAGAAACUAACAGGUAAGAAUUCCCUUUUGCAUGAUCUGCUCAUUUAUGGCCACAGGGGAGGAAGCCAAUUCACUGAAGCCUGACAUCUACCCCCCACCCUGAUAGGAAAUAUGUUCUCUCAGCCACAGAUCGAUAAAGGCAGAAAAAGAGGAGGCUGCUCAGAAAGAGAGCCCUCCUGGAUCAGGCCCAUCCAGCCCAGCAGUCUGUUCUCAGAGUGGCCAACUAGAGGGAAGCCACAAGCAGGACAUGGGCACAACAGCACCUUCCUCACUUGUGUUCCCCAACAACUGGCACUGAGAGGCACAAAGAGGAGUCAAUGAUAGUUUGCACUAUCCUCAUGCCAGUCUCAUAGAUCAUGGGUGUUAGAGGCAGCGGCUCACCAGAGCCCAGGCACGAAAGUCUUAGCCGCUCCCCAAAGCCGAUGUUUCAGAUGGCAGAGGCAGCUUCUCCUACAGGCAUUCUAGUUGUGCCUUGUUUCUAUUCCGGCUUAAAUGCCUCCACACUGGACAUAUACGUCCACCAGAAUCGUUUCCCAAGGAUUUAUGAUUCAAGGACUUGUGAUUGAAACAUCAGUUGAAGUUUUCCCCCUCUCCUUGCCUUGUCUGAUCAGGAUGAUCUUGAGGCAGGGUGAGAAAGAGAAGGAAUGUUAUUCUAAUCUUAUUAAUGAGUAUGACUUUCCUCCCACCCUUCUCCCAAGAUUAAAUAAUUAAGGCUAAAUCCUAUGCACAUCAAACUACCUUCUGAGGACAUUUGCAUAGGGGUUGUUGGAGUAGGAACUUGACUUUGGGCAUGCAUCCUCAGAGCUAAAUGAGUUUCAUCUAUCUGUGCCUUGUAGUAUGAAUGCAACUUACAGGACAAGGAUGAGAAAGGCAUAGGAAGGAAGGAAGGAAGGAAGGAAGGAAGGAAGGAAGGAAGGAAGGGAACGUUCCCUUUUCCUGAAGACUGCUGAUUCGCUUUUUAAAUUUUGACGGUUUUCUUAACUUGGUUCCCGUAUUUGCACAUGCCACUCCGUUAUGCCCUUUGAAUUGCUCUUAUUUAACUGAUCUCAUUGGAUUUGAGAUGAGGAGCAUUUUCAAAAGAGGGAGCCAGCUUUGGGAAUUAUGUUCCUUCUUCCCAUCAACUUCUCCACAGUUGACCAAUAAUGAAGAUUUCAGAUCAGCUCUUUUUCUGCUCACAAGCCUUAAAUAAAACGUUUUGCUAAGGAUACGGAUGGUUGAACAUUUACUCUUGUCCCAAAUUGUAACGUUCAAUACCGUUAAGAUAGCAAUUCUGUUGUCUUUGCUUCCCAAAGGCAUAGUCUGUGAAUUAUUGCAUUGAGAUAUUAGAUAAAAACUGUGCCGGGUAACAAUUAAAACACAAAACAGAAUAUUGCUCAGGGGUGUCAUGCUUAAGUGAAAUCAAAUCUAAAAUGAAACAUAUCACAUGCAAGUUUUAUGGCUCAAUGAAAGACGCUAAUUACCGUCGCCAGCAAAUUUCUGGACUAUUUUAGUGUGCGAUUUUUCUUUCUGCAUCAAUUCCUGCUAUUUAAACUGAUGCUCCUAUUGAAAUUAUUUGUUUCAUUUAUAAACUGCUUUCCACGAGGCAUUCUGAAGCAAUUCUCAGUGCAACAAGAUAUAUACAACAAAAUUUAUUUUAAAAAAACAGUUCAAACACUUGCAUAUAUCAAAGCAAUUAUAACUAUAAAAACUAUUAAAACUAUUAAAACGACACAUGUUGUUGUUGUUUAGUCAUUUAGUCAUGUCUGACUCUUCAUGACCCCAUGGACCAGAGCACGCCAGGCACUUCUGUCUUCCACUGCCUCCUGCAGUUAGUCAAACUCAUGCUGCUAGCUUCAAGAACACUGUCCAACCAUCUCCUCCUCUGUUGUCCCCUUCUCCUUGUGCCCUCCAUCUUUCCCAGCAUCAGGGUCUUUUCCAGGGAGUUUUCUCUUCUCAUGAGUUGGCCAAAGUAUUGGAGCCUCAGCUUCAGGAUCUGUCUUUCCAGUGAGCACUCAGGGCUUGUUUUCUUAAGAAUGGAUAGGUUUGAUCUUCUUGCAGUCCAUGGGACUCUCAAGAGUCUCCUCCAGCACCAUAAUUCAAAAGCAUCAAUUCUUCGGCAAUCAGCCUUCUUUAUGGUCCAGCUUUCACUUCCAUACAUCAAAACGACACAUACAUAAAAUCAAUUCAAAUCCAAAACAGGUACCAACUAAGAUAAAUAUUUUAGAACCGUAGAACUGUAGAGUUGGAAGGAACCCUGAGGAUCAUCUAGUAAAACUUCUCUGACACACAGGAAUAUGCAGCUGGCCCAUGUAGGGAUUGAACUCACGACCUUGGCAUUAUGAGCGCCACACUCUAACCAACUGAGCUAACUGAAGCUUGGUGAAAGAGGGAUGUCUUUAGCAGGUGCUGAAAAGAUAACAGAGAAGGUACCUACCUGGUGUGUUAUGUGAAGGAGGUCCAAAGGGUAGAUGCCACCAAACUAAAGUUCUGACAUUGUGCAGAGUAGACCUCAUCGUUGGAUGUUGUCUGCAUGAUGCCCUCCCCUGCAAAACACAAUGAUGGAUUGGGUACAUAAGGAAUGAGAUUAUCUUUUAGUUAGCCUGGUCCUAAACUGUAUACAGUGGUAUCUCGGGUUACAUACGCUUCAGGUUACAGACUCCGCUAACCCAGAAAUAGUACCUCAGGUUAAGAACUUUGCUUCAGGAUGAGAACAGAAAUUGUGCUCCGGCGGUGCAGCGGCAGUGGGAGGCCCCAUUAGCUAAAGUGGUGCUUCAGGUUAAGAACAGUUACAGGUUAAGAACGGACCUCCAGAAUGAAUUAAGUUCUUAACCCGUACCACUGUAUGGCUUUCUACACCAACACCUUGGGCGGGGGGGGGGGGAGAGCCCCUGAAGAUUGCAUUAAUUUUCAUAGAGGCAGGGGGCUUACCAUUACAAUUGAGGUGGCUGGUUUUUUAAAACUUGCCAGUGCUUUCUUUUCUGGCAAGGUUUUCAGCAUAUGCUUAACUGUUAAGCGUGCAAGAUUUGAACGUGGACAGGUUUGGCAUCAGAUGACAUCAGUGGAAAAGACAAUGUCAUAUAUGUAGGAGGACUGGCAAUACUGCCCUGGGGCUGUUUUGCACCUAGAGGUGCAAACAAUGUGUGCACAUAACAAAGUUCUUAGAUUUGCAGCACAAUUUAUGACCGCCAAUCAUUUCAAGUCGUGGCAUGCAUAGGAAAUAUACGCAGCUACAACUGAGUGGAAUAUGCAUACACAAGGAAGUGGUGUGUGUGUGUGUUGUUGUUGUUGUUGUUGUUGUUGUUGUUGUUGCUGCUGCUGCUGCUGCUGCUGCUGCUGUUGCUUUUCAAGCACUGAUGCACACCUGUUUUGGCAUAGAACUUAACCAAGAAGUGUUUUUUUUAAGCCCUCUGUUAAAAUAGGCACUAAAUUCAACAGACAUCAAACAUGCCAUUAAGCACCUGCCUGACAGAUGCAAUACAGGAUAAUGAACGUGAUGGCUCCCAAUAGUAAGCUUCUUCUUCUCUCUCUUUUUUACAAAUAUUCUUGCUUGAAAUGGACUAAGAACCAAGUGAGACUGUUGUAUGUCACCAGUUUAUAAUUAAAAUGUAGCGCUUGAAUCUCAAUGUAUUGUAACCUUCAAUUAGCCAGCACGACCCAGCUUCCGGCUUUACUUCCCACUGAAAAGCAAUGAUAACAAGCUCACAUUUAUUAUCAGAGUGGGUUCCCCCCCCCCUUCCUUGAGCAGUGCAUUGAAACAUGCUCACAUCUGAGCCCUUUCACUGAAGACAUUUUUUCGCUUCAGCAGCUUGGCAUGCCGUACAAAGGCUUCUCUGAUUUUUAGCAAUGUUCACCUCCUCCAGCAUAAAAAUGAUUUCUGUUUCACUAUACAGGCAUAUUCAUUCAGUGCCCAGGUGCAUGAACUACCCAAACACUAAAUGGGUCAUUAACUGUUUUUAUUACAGCCUAAUAACCAGGGGUUUCUUACCAAAUUGGGCAUUAGGUUAUAAUCAACAAAGACAGAAGAUACCUGCAGCGUGAAGGAACCGCCUGCCAAAAUGCAAGGAAAUUCCCUGCAAAGUUCUUUCGUGCCACCAUUUCGUUAAGAGAGAAUGACAAAGGGAGCCUGCAACAAAAUGUUGCAGUGUGGUUCAGGAUUCCAUCCAGUCUCUUCCAUUCCCCCAACACUGAUUUUCCAUUCUCCACACUGCCCACCCACCAGUCAACCCAUACCCAUUGAGCAUCCUCAAUCUUCAUUGAGCUGUUUGGGCAAUCUCCAUCUUUAGGGUUUCUUUCUAAACAUUUUGGUACCUCUGCAGACCUUGGGGCCUCCUCAGGGCUGCUGAUACCUCUGCGUAUCUGGUGCCCUAUUGGCUAUGUCAGCGAUCAUUCACAGCCUGAACACUGAAAAUACAGGGAUCGGUUAUUCCUACUUAAAAUGAAUUCCUAAUACAGUGGUGCCUCGCAAGACGAAAAGAAUCCGUUCCGCGAGUCUCUUCGUCUUGCGGGUUUUUUCGUCUUGCGAAGCAAGCCCAUUAGCGGUUUAGCGGAUUAGCGCUACAGUAUUAGCGGCUUAGCGGGCUUAGCGGAUCAGCUGAUAAGCGGCUUAGCGAUCAGCUGUUAAGCGGCUUAACGAUCAGCUGAUAAGCGGCUUAACGAUCAGCUGAUAAGCGGCUUAGCGAUCAGCUGUUAAGCGGCUUAGCCGAUCAGCUGAUAAGCGGUUUAGCGGCUUGGGAAAAAGGGGGGGGAAAGGGGAAAAAAACCCGCAGGAACUCGCAAGACAUUUUCGUCUUGCAAAGCAAGCACAUAGGAAAUUCGUUUUGCGAAGCACCUCCAAAACGGAAAACCCUUUCGUCUAGCGGGUUUUCCGUCUUGCGAGGCAUUCGUCUUGCGGGGCACCACUGUAUCAGUAUUUCUGUUCUAGCUAGUGGAUCAACUAAGGCUGCAGUUCUAAACCCAACUUACAUGAGCAUGCCAACUUGAAUAAAAUCAGGGCCGUCUUUAGCAAAGAUCCGCCCAGCGCCCCCAGUAUUUUUAGUGGGGCCGCUCAAAGUUGUUGAGCUAUUGGGGCAGCUCAAGGUUGUUGCGCUUUUAAGGAGGGGAACAGCAAAAACCGCUAACAUGAAGAAAUAAAAAAGCGGCAGCAAUAACUCAGUUUUCCCGUUUUUGCGAUCAUGUGGAAAUGAAAGACACCACUAGGGGAUGGCGCCGGAUACAUUGAUUCUGCAGCUCUUCCGCAAAAGAGAACAGAAAUGACCCAUCGACCGAAAUCAGCCAGGGAUUUCGGUUAAAAGCUUAGGCGGCUUCAGUGGCGGGCGCUCCCCCUGAAUUCAACGCCCGGGUGCACCGCACCCCUUGCACCCCCGGGUAAAGACGGCCCGGAAUAAAAUACCGGGGAACCCAGGUAAUUCUUCAUUUGGCAACACUGCAUGAAUUAAAAGAAACUCUUAAGCAAUAAACCCUUAUGGCCCCUAAAUGUGGCACUUGCUGCUGGAAAGAGCUGGGUGGAGACUUGCCACGCCUGCCCCUUGAUCUUCACCCCAAAUGACUCUGAUUUUAAGGCUGCAGGCUGCUCUUUAAAGCAGGGGAUGUGAGGGGGGCAGAAAUCAUUUUGACCUUUAAGAUUUAAAAACAAAAAAAACCUGACUUGUGCUCUCCUUUUUGGUUCAGUGAGUGAUGAAUGGAGUGGGUUAAAGUUAUGGAUAUGCUGGGUUUCAUUCGAUGUUAGAUUUGCAGAGGAUAGGAGAAUGACCUCUACAGCACAUGCCAAGCAGCAGCCAUCUCUCUUGAUUGCAUUUAAUAACUAACCAUGGAGAAAAUUACACUUUACUGAAAAGGCCAAAUUCACUCUUGGCUUAACCCCAUUGAUACUGGGGGAAAUUAUACACAAGGAAGAACUCAGCCUGAAACUCUUCCUUCCUUAUGCUGAUGGCCAGCAGGUGACCUAUAGUAAUCUGCCUCGGAAACAAGAUAUAGGGAGGAGUGGGGCGGGUGGGUGGGAUCACACAUGCUUUUAAUGGCAAGACAUUUUUAUUACCAUCUCCCAUGCAAUGUGGAAUUUCAGCUCUCUAGUGCUGUGAGAUGAUCAGUCAAUAUUUAUACAGCAGCAGUGUCGAGACCAUGUUAGCACAUUUCGAACCCUACCUUUCUAUUAUUCCAAAGGAGAAUUUUAAUUUUCCUCCCUGUGUUGCCUCGUAUCAUGUACUCUGUAUUUAUGCUAUCUGGAGAACUACCCUCCCUCCCUCAUAUAUGUAGCAUGGAACAAUGAAGAUGUCAAAAUGAUGCUUGGGGCAUUGGGGAAAUCUAAUUCUUGAAACACCACUCUUGUUGCCAUGGAGGAAAUGCGCUCAAUGGUGCACUGUGCUUCUUUGCUAGCCAACAGGAUUAAAGGGCACACUGCCUCCUCUCCACUGCACCCCUGGUUUCUCUGAACAUGCUUUGUCAAUGCAUCAGGGCAUAGUAAGAACAUGUGCUAUUAAUUUAAUUAACAGGGGGUCCAUAUUUUCCUAGGGUGGGGUGUUUUAUGGUAACUGGAUGGAAACUGCAAACUAGAGAUUCUCGUUCAGGAUAGUUAUUAUGGAAAGGAGCACCGAAGGGGAUGCUUAUUUAGAUUAAUGCAAACAAUACACAACACACAUCUUUUGAUAUCUUUCGUGUUGUUGUUGUUGUGUGGAAAAUACUAAUAAAAUUCAUUUUAAAAAAAUAGAUUAAUGCAAACAGUGUUAAUGUGGAACCUACGUGGGCAUUGAUUUGGGAUGGAUACGUUGACCCCACAGCAUUCCUGCAAUAAGAUUUGGGUUUUUAAUACCCUCACUUAUCAAAAUGGAAACCUAUCAUUUUUGUUUGCUUAUUUAAGUUUUUGUUUGUUUGUUUACUAUUUUUAAUACCGGGGUGUGCAAAAUAAACAGAACCUUUUUUCAUUUCUGGGAUGCUUUUGAAACAUGACCCUAAUCGAAAGAGAGAGAAGGGAGUUAGGAGUGGAGAGGGAGGAAAAGGGAAAAGUAACCUUUCUAAUCUUUUAAAAACCGUUUUUAAAAUGUUGCUUUCUUGAAUUAUUUAUAUGUAAAGUAUCCAGUUCAUCGUUUCACAGGGAAAACAGCGAGGAGAGGUGCUCCAUUUUGCACGGGGCAUGAAGGAAUUCUUGAAGCAUAAAGCCUGUUGUGAAUUUGUAUAUAUAUAUAUAUAUAUAUUUUAAAAUGCAGAGUGGAAGGCUAAUAGAUUGUAACGGCUUUUUACACUGUCUUGAAAUCAAUCUUUUAAUGGCUGAUAUUCACAAGCCCAGACUAUGGUAUAGGCUUGUGAAUAUAUGUGGGGUUUUUUUUCAAUUUAAACACUAUAGGUGAGAAAUAAUUUCCAUAUUCCCAUGCACUGUUAAAAAAAAAGUGAAUUUUGGAGCUUCAGAAUCUUGUAGCUGGAGGUUAUUGCUGGCUGCUUGGGCUCCAGAGAGCAAUCUGCAAGGCAUUCUCAGAUGUCAAGAACUGAAAAGGAUGUGGAAAGGAGGAAUUUCCAUCCAAUCAGCGGAAGACUUUUAUCUGUAUCAUUGGGCAGCCUCUCUGUCCAGCCUGAUGUGGAUGAUCCUUGGGGUGCUGCCUUAUUACUCCCAUGCUAGUGAUGCCCUAAUAUGGCAUCAAGGGAUGGGGGUGGCGCUGUGGUCUAAUCCACUGAGCCUCUUGGGCUUGCCGAUCGGAAGGUCAGUGGUUCGAAUCCCCGCGAUGGAUUAAGCUCCCGUUGCUCUGUCCCAGCUCCUGCCAACCUAGCAGUUCGAAAGCACGCCAGUGCAAGUAGAUAAAUAGGUACCACUGUGGCAGAAAGGUAAACUGUGUUUCCGUGCACUCUGGCUUCCAUCACGGUGUUCCAUUGUGCCAGAAGCUUAGUCAUGCUGGCCACAUGACCCAGAAAGCUGUCUGUGGACAAACGCCAGUGCCCUCAGCCUGAAAGCGAGAUGAGCAGCGCAACCCCAUAGUCACCUUUGACUGGACUUAACCAUCCAGGGGUCCUUUAUCUUUCUUUUUUUUUUACUUUUAGUAUGGCAUCAAGUGCACUUUUUAUUUUAAAUGGCCCUCUGCAGACUCUUAGCAUUCCCAACGCAGGUGCACACAUGCUAAAGAGACAUGACUUCAGAUUCUCAUUGAGCCACAAAACUCUGCGGCCCUGGACAAAUCUCACAGGGUUGAUGUACUGUAAGAGGUAAACAGGAAAAUCCAUAUAUGACCUCCCACCCUGCUCUCCUCAAAGGAAGAGUAAGAUACAAAUGGGACUAGGACAAAUUAUCCCAAGUUCUGAUGCUGAACAUAUGUGGGUUUUAAAGCCAUUGAAGUCUAAGCACAGACCAAGAGCUGCAUGCAUGGUUUAUCGCUAUUUAUCGUGCAUAUGUAAGAUGUUCAGCACAUCACAGCAUUUAUGGUUUGUUGUUCGUUAACAGUUUUGUGGUGCAUGCUGUUAAUUGUUCACUUUAUGCAGCAGUGAAUUUGAGGUGGUUGUCCAAGUAGCGAGGUUUGGAUUUAAACCCAGGUUUGGUACUUCAGCUUGCAUGCCUACUUUAGAAGACAUCGGGUGGUAGUCAACUAAAUUUUACUCAGAUUAAGCCUGUUAACAUAAUGAACAUGACUAAGUUAAGUUAAUUUCAGUGUGCCUGCUCUGAGUAAAACCUAGCUGAUCAUGACUCAUUAUUUAGGAAAAUGGAAACCUGCCAAGUCUAAACACAGUUACUUCGAUUUGUAUAUGUAUAUGUUGCAAUGCUUGAUAUGCUCAGCACUAGCUAGUCUAGUCAGUGCUACAUAGAGUACAAAUCCUUGUGAAUUAGGUCCAUGCACACAUCAGCUCUGAUCAUGUGUGUCGGGGUUAGAAGGAUUUCCAUUCUCUUCUUCAGCAGAUUAAUGCACUGCCAGAGCUGAUUCACACUUGCAUUAUUUAGGCCUAAAUUAUAUAUUGUGUAGGUGGUACAGUGGCUGCUAAGAAAUAAAACUGCAUUGGUUGUAAUGCUCUGCAUAUAGAAGGUAAAGGGACCCCUGACCAUUAGGUACAGUUGUGGCCGACUCUGGGGUUGCGGCGCUCAUCUCGCUUUAUUGGCUGAGGGAGCCGGCGUACAGCUUCCGGGUCAUGUGGCCAGCAUGACUAAGACGCUUCUGGCGAACCAGAGCAGCGCACGGAAACACCGUUUACCUUCCCACCAGAGCGGUACCUAUUUAUCUACUUGCACUUUGACGUGCUUUUGAACUGCUAGGUUGGCAGGAGCAGGGACUGAGCAACGGGAGCUCACCCCGUCACGGGGAUUCGAACCGCCGACCUUCUGAUCGGCCAGUCCUAGGCUUCUGUGGUUUAACCCACAGCACCACCCGCGUCUGCAUAUACUAGCUUCAUUAAUCCAUAAACUAAUCUGCCAUCCCUUGAGUCCAAAUUUAUUAAGAGUGAAUCAUAUCUACUCACAGGUUUUCAUCAAUAUUUUCCAGAACAUAAAAAAAGAAGUCUCCUUCCCCCACCCCAACCAUUUUUUCUACCUGCUGCCCUCUCUUGCUCUCGCUUUCAGUUGCCUUCACUUGUCCUCAAUAAGGUAAUCUUUUAGCCAAAUUUGAUUGGCUCUGUAGAAUCAUGAAAUCAUCCUUUUAACUAUGUGAUUGGUUGAGAUCACUCCUGCUACGGAUCAAGGAAGCAGAAAGAAGAAGCCUGAGAGUGGAGCAGAGCACCAAAAAGGGCUGAAAAGGGGGGAAUAUUAAGAUAAAAGUGGUUUUCGGUGUUUUCCCUAGCUUUAAGUAACAUCAUCUUUUUAAACAAAGGAACUAGUAAAUUGCAAUGUUUAAGAGGCUUCACUUUGGAUAUCACAUUGCACUUUCCUCAGCCAGUUAAUAAAUAAAUCACCACUUAUUUUGCUAGAGGGGUCAGUGCCCAUGGUUUUUAAUAAGCAAAACAAACAAGAGAAUAGGGCAGGGGAACAUUGUCAUCCUGGCAUAAUCAUGUUUUAUACAUUUUCAUUUUUCUUUCUUCCCCUGAAUAUUGCAAAAUCACCAGUGUCUAACUGUACUAUGUCCCACAAAAGCCUGUAAAUGCAUAAUUAAGGCUGCCACUUAAACAUUUGCCUUGUUGUGCUUCUAAAUAUUAACACUAUAUUCUUCUAAUAAUAGGCUCUGGGCACCACUCCAGCCACAUCAUUGCAAAAACAUUUCAAAGCAUUUGCAUGCUGCUGUUGCUCAGAUCAGCGUCUGGUGCUACAUGUGCAAAUUCCUGAAUUUGCCGCAGAUCUUUUGGAAGGAAUUCAACACCAUGCCAAGGUGGUUGUUCAUCAGGAUAAGCGUUUCAGCAUUCUGGGUGGAGUGUUCUUCCCUCUUCUCCCACCCCUGUUCUGUUCCACAGAUUCUCCUGACACACAGACACCCGAGCCAGUGGCCUGGGAGGAGGAGAGGACGAAAGCCCCGUUUUGUAAACAGAUGUCUUUGCAGAGGGCUUCCACUGGUGGGACUCUUUAGCUGAAACCUGCCCUGUGUCCUAUGUCAAUGGAUUGUCCUGAAAAUAAUAUGUGCUUCUAUAGAAACAUAGCUUGUGCAGAGCAGCUUACUGGGCCUUCCUAUAAAGAGAUACAGCUUUAGCUGUGAAAUGCAACGUGAAUUGUUAGAAGCUCAGAAUAUGCCUCAUCACAAGGACCCUAUGCAAGUAUUCUGGAACGCCCUUCCAUCAGAUGUCAAGAAGAUAAAGAACUACAGUGGUUCCUCGGGCUACAGACGAUUCAGGUUACAGAUGCUUCAGGUUACAGACUCUGCUAACACAGAAAUAGUACCUCGGGUUAAGAACUUUGCUUCAGGAUGAGAACAGAAAUUGCACAGCUGUGCGGCGGCAGCAGGAGGCCCCAUUAGCUAAAGUGGUACCUCAGGUUAAGAACAGUUUCAGGUUAAGAAUGGACCUCUGGAACGAAUUAAGUUCUUAACUCGAGGUACCACUGUACACAGCUUUUAGAAGACAUCUGUAUCAGAAAGUUUUCAAUUUUUGACGUUUAAUUAUGUUUUUUAUAUGUGUUGGAAGCUGCCCAGAGUGGCUGGGGCAACCCAGCCAGAUGGAUGGAGUAUAAAUAAAUUAUUAUUAUUAUUCAUUUAAAGGUAAAGGUUCCCCUGACCAUUAGGUCCAGUCGUGGACGACUCUGGGGUUGCGCGCUCAUCUCACUCUAUAAGAGCCUCUAAGCCGCUUACAGAAAACUAUAAGACAAAGGCACAGCAUGAAAAACACGCCCAUUAUAGUAAAACCAUUGCAAUGAUCCAUAAACACACCUAGAAAAACUUCGGCAGUGAAAAACUAGUUAGCAAUAAACAGCAGUACAUGCAUCUCGGUCUGUCAAAUGCCUGGCACUGAAAAUAUAUUAACGAUGGCCUACUGGUAUAUUACACUUUUAAGUGUUUAAAAACAUCUCUUGGGAAGCUGCCUUGGAUUAAAUAAGACCAUUAGUCCAUCUAGUUCAGGACUUUGGACAGGAAUCUUUCCAAAACAUACCCGGAAAUGCCAGGAAUUGGACCCAGGACUUUCUGUGUAGAAAGUAUGUGUUCUGUCAUCAAGCCAUGACCCCUCCCAAUCUCACAGACUGUAAUUAUUUUGGUGAGGUCUUCUCCUCGGUGGCCUUGACCUCAUACAUUCUACCCUGGUUGCUCAGCCUGUUCUCUAGUGUGGCCUCAAACCAGUCUCUGGCUUCCAUAUCAUAUCAUUAUCCGCAACUUUCCUAUUGGACUAUCUUAGACUGACGACUUCAGCAUGCUUUCAGCACAGCCUCCUCCUGCUUUCUGUUUCUGCUAGAUCCUGCUCACCAUCCGUUACAAAGCUGUAGCUGAAAUAAAAGCAUGAGCACCAUCUCACCACAAAAGAGAAUCCACCCAGCACUCAUGGGAAAAUGUGGUGUGAUCUCUUAGAGCAAUCAAAUGAAAUGUUAACACACAGCAUGGUAAAAGUCUGUGAUUCUUAUCAGGACAAGUGGCUUGUUGUUUACUGUCGUAACAAUGGUUUUCUCAAAACUGUAUCAUGAAAAUAAAUAAAAACAAGAAGAAGAAGAAGAAGAAGAAGAAGAAGAAGAAGAAGAAGAAGAAGUCCUGUAUACCUGAAGGAGCGUCUCCACCCCCAUCCUUCAGCCCGGACACUGAGAUCCAGCACCAAGGCCCUUUUGGAGGUUCCCUCAUUGCAAGAAGUGAGGUUACAGGGAACCAGACAGAGGGCCUUCUUGGUAGUGGCGCCCACCCUGUGGAAUGCCCGCCCUUCAGAUGUGAAGGAAGUAAGCAGCUAUCUUAUCUUUAAAAGACAUCUGAAGGCAGCCCUGUUUAGGGAAGUUUUUAAUAUUUAAUGCUGUAUUGUUUUUAACACUCGAUUGGGAGCUGCCCAGAGUGGCUGAGGAAACGCAGCCAGAUGGGCGGGGUAUAAAUAAAUUAUUAUUAUUAUUAUUAUUAUUAUUAUUAUUAUUAAGAAGAAGAAAAAGUGCAGCAUCUGUGUUGCUUAUACUGUUUUUGUUUCGGUUGCUGUGCUGUAUAGGAAGACAGACAUAUACAUAUGAAACAGACAAUAUUAAGAGGAAAGCAUUCCAUCCGACUUGUUCAUCUACAUGGAUUUUUAAACAUAAGUGGAGGCUGGUUCAGUAGGGGAAAUGAGACAGUGCCCCACCCUAUGUCAGCCUGUCUUCAGCCAUCUUCCCACCUGCCUACCGUCUCACAACCAAUCCAAGGCAUGGCACCGCCUGCCAGCUUCCUACUGCUUAGUGUCAAUGCUGGAUGAGGAGAAUACCAGAGAUAGUUGGCUCUGCUUGCCAUUGGUUCUGCCUUAGGGUUGCCACCAUUGUUCUGGCAAAAUACAGGGUAGGGCAGGGCAGGGCAAUUUCCCCCCUCACUUGGUGUUGAAGUGACUCCAAAACAAUCCAGUAACAUCUAUUGCAGCCUAACAGGAUGGUCCCUCUGGAAUUUGUCACACACACAUGUGCACGUGCACACACACACAUGCACAUGAAUUUGCAAAUCUGUCUGUGCUUGGCUUCCUGGAGCUUAAAUACAUGACCUUUCAAGCAUCCUUUUGAACAGAUUCAUUUGGAGAGGAUCCGUAACUUGGCAGAAAUGGAGAGAGACAGAGAGAGAACCUGAAAUACAGGACAAAACCGUAUCAAUACAGGACGUAGCAUUCUCCAUUGUAAUGCGUGACAAUCCAGUCUUCCAAUGGGUGCCAGCCACCACUGGGAUACAUAUGGGUGAGUGGGUGUUCAUAUAUGGUAUGAAAGAGCAUUGAGUCACAUAAGCUCCACCAGUAAUUUGAAAUGGCACAGCCUAAACAUAGGUUUAGUACCCCAGUGAGUAUUAAGCCUUCAGACCUUCCCUUUCCUUGUCAAAACUGCUAGGUAGUAGAUGAUCCUUCAGGAUGCUGGGAGCGUUGCUCAAGACAAGCCUGAUUUUGCAUCUCAGCACAAAUUCCUCCAGACAGCUGAUUCAAAACGUCAGUAAUCACCCACCAUCCCUAAUUGUGGCCACGGGUACAGAGAAGAGGCGGCCAUGUCAGUCAAUGUUGUUUGAUGGCCAUGUGCAUGAGGUGUCCAAGGCCCAGCAAUGACAUUUUCCAUGCAGCAUUGAAUCACGAAACGGGACAUCCUGCCCGCAUUUCCCUCAUCUCAUUUAUUUACUCCACAUCUUUUCUAAUACUCAUUAGUUGAACUGCACCUCAUUAGACUGUGAAUUAUAGAUACUUGCUAAACCCUCACCAGCAGGAUCAGCUCUAUGGGAUCAAUUAAUUGGGAAUAUGCUUAGUUUCCUGAUUAACUUAAACCCAUGGGCAUAUUUAUUUGCUGUUCAAGGAGCAGUUUCCUAAGGCAUCAUAUUUGGGAAAUGGGAUAAUGUUUGUUUUAAUAAUUGUAAUGAGGGAAGGACCACCAUAAGGGGAAGGAAACAGGGGCUUUGCUUCCAGCACCCUUGCACUCUGUGUGUGUGUGUGUGUGAGAGAGAGAGAGAGAGAGAGAGAGAGAGAGAGAGAGAGAACAAACCAGAGAGUGAGAGAACCACUCUAUCACUGUGAGGCAAUGUUUUUGCACAGUCCUCACAGUGAGUUCCUGAUGGAACUAGGUCAUCAGCAGGUAUCAACAUGAGACAAGCAGUUUUCAAAACUGAUGGCUUCCCACCCCAUGUUGGAUAACGACUGAAACAUUUUGGAAGAUUUUCACAGCUGAGAGAGAGAGAGAGAGAGAGAGAGGGAGAAAUAACCUUGCCGCUGAAGAACUGAUAGUCUUAAUCACACUUAAUUACAUCUUUUAAACAAAAGGUUGUCGGCAUAAGGUGUUUGGGAUGCAUUUAUUUACAUCUUCAUAUGAUAUGGGAUUCUCCUGGUUGCCUUAACUUUCUCAGAGGUCAAGCUGUUUCCAGGAGAGUGAGCUAAGCUCCCUUUUGCUGGUGCAAAUCCAAGCUAGUUUCUUGGGGUUUCAAUAAAUCAGCCUGUGUACUUUAAUGGCAGGAUGCAACUGUUUCCUUACAUAUGCAGCUGUAAACAGAAAGCUACUCCAAGUUGUCAAAAAACAUGACGAAAAAUGGAAUAAAAUGAAUGUUAAAGCUGAGCAGCAACCUAGAAUAUAUUCAUCCAUUUAUCAUUUCUGAAGUUCCUGUCUCUCCUGUUUCUGUGCCACAAGGCUUAAACUGAAGAUUUCCACCCCCACCCCCUUUAUAUUAUGUUUACUUUUCUAAGAAUAGAUCUCAAUUUGUGUGCAUGCAGAAGGACAAUACCGCUGAAAGAGCAUUUCUUUUAGCACACUGACUUAUAGUCCAGUGUGCUUCUUAGACCAACUUUUAAACUUUUAAAACACACUUUGUUGAACUGGUAACACACACACACAAAAUUGCAGCUUGCAGGUUGGGAUUUCUUUGGAAAAUCUCCCAAGGAAAUAUAUUUAUGGUUCAAGCCUCAAUCUUAAAUAGUCUCUUGUAUCUCCAUCUUCUGGGUUGAUAUACUAAGGAAUUUAAUCCAGAUAGGAAUCCAGAAAGUAGUAUGGGAUAUGGAAAGUUACUGGCUGAGCAGAGCCUAGGGUUGAAUAGGCAAGUGAGACCAACUGAAUAUUAAAUACAACAGACCCUUUAUGCCUGAAGACUGCAAGGACAGAGACUAUAACUUUAGAGAAAAGUCUUGACACAUGCGGUAUUUCCUGUGUCUGUUGACUGGCUCAGAAAUAAUGGCGUCAGCUUGAUUCAUUGCAUUGGAUUCAAAGGGGAAUUGGACUUGUCUGAGAGGGUGCAAGGCGUUUUAAUUAGAACAAGUUAAAAUGGGGUAGGCAACCUAAGGCCCACGGGCCAGAUGCGGCCCAAUCGCCUUCUCAAUCCGGCCCGCAGACGGUCUGGGAAUCAGCGUGUAUUCACAUGAGUAGAAUGUGUGCUUUUAUUUAAAAUGGAUCUCUGGGUUAUUUGUGGGGCCUGCCUGGUGUUUUUACAUGGGUCGAAUGUGUGCUUUUACAGUGGUGCCUCGCAAGACGAAAUUAAUCCGUUCCGCGAGUGUCUUCGUCUAGCGGUUUUUUCGUCUUGCGAAGCAACCCUAUUAGCGGCUUAGCGGAUUAGCGCUAUUAGCGGUUUAGCGGCUAUUAAAGGCUUAUCGGUUUAGCAGAUUAGCUGCUAAAAGGCUAUUAAAGGCUUAGUGGCUUAGAUAAAGGGGGGGAAAGCGAAAAAAAAAAUCUCAAGACUCGCAAGACAUUUUCGUCUUGCGAAGCAAGCCCAUAGGGAAAUUCGUCCUGCGAAGCAACUCAAAAACGGAAAACCCUUUCGUCUAGCGGGUUUUCCGUCUUGCGAGGCAUUCGUCUUGCGGGGCACCACUGUAUUUAAAAUGCAUCUUUGGGUUAUUUGUGGGGCCUGCCUGGUGUUUUUAAAUGAGUAGAAUGUGUGCUUUUAUUUAAAAUGCAUCUCUGGGUUAUUUGUGGGGCAUAGGAAUUCAUUCAUUAUUUUUUUCCAAAAUAUAGUCCGGCCCCCCACAAGGUCUGAGGGACGGUGGACCGGCCCACGGCUGAAAAAGGUUGCUGACUCCUGAGUUAACCCACCCUGUGGUAACUUAUCCAAGCUUUGUAAUGCAAGCCAAGCACUGCCAUCUCUGUUGACACUGUUGCUGGAGUUAAGAGAAGCAUGGCAGGAUGUUCAAAAGCAUUGCUGUAACAAGGGUAACAUGUGCAGAGAUGCAGCUGUCAUACGGUGUGGGUGUGAAAGACAGGCCUUCCCAGAUCUAAGCUGUACUCUAAGAAGGCCCAGCACAAAGUUGCACUCUUAGGUGCGGUGCUAAGAUUUUUCAGUACCGACAACUGAAUGCAUAUUGAACAGGGAUGUGUUUACUUACAUGUGAGCACACUGCUACAAAGGAUCAUAAAAUCCACUCUUCCUUUGUUGGUAUGUCCGGAGAUUUCCAUUUAGUAGCAAUAGGAGUGGAUUCGUAAAUUAAGUGAGUCUACAGAAUUGGCAAAAUUAACUUCAAUUAUAAGAUAUCAAUCAAAUCAAAAGUUAAGAAUGGGGUGGAAGUAUUUUGAAGAUGAUAUGUCAAAAUAUUGAUCUAAAAAUGACAUGUUAAUAGGCUUAGAAUAAAAAAUGUAAGCAAUAACAAAACAAAGAAAGAAAGAAGGAAAAAUAAGAAUUUAACAAAAAUAAUUUAUUAUAGAAUGCAAGGAGGAAAAGGUAGAAAGAAAUAUAAAGAAGUUGAAUUGCUGUGGAGGGAAGUAGAGGGUGGGUGGUGGGUUUUAUAAUUAGGUGUAUAAUUAUGCAGCUGUUGUAAUUUAAAUAUUAUAUUUUAAAUGAGGGAAUCGUUGGGAAUUUUGGUUAUUAUGUAUAUUUGUUAAGUUUCAAUAAAGAUCUUUGAAAAUUAAAAAAAAAUUAUAGAAUUGUAGAGUUAAAAAAUUGUAGAGUUGAAAGGUGCCCCAAAGGUCACCAAGGUCCAACCGCCUGCAAUGCAGGAAUCUCAGCUAAAGGAUCCACGACAGCUGGCCAUCCAACCUCUGCCUAAAAACCUACAGCCUUCCAAGGGAGCCCGUUCCACUGUCAAACAACUCUCGCUGUCAGAAAGUUCUGCCUGAUGUUUAGUUGGAAUCUCCUUUCUUGCAAUUUGAAGCCAUUGGUUCGAGUCCUACCCCCUAGAGCAGGAGAAAACAAGCUUGCUCCCUCUUCCAUGCGACAGCCCUUGAGAUAUUAGAAGAUGGCUUUCAUAUAUCCUCUCAAUCUCCUCUUUUCCAGGCUAAACAUACCCAGCUCCUUCAACCUUUCUUCAUAAGGCUUGGUUUCCAGACCCUUGAUCAACUUGGUUGCCCUCCUCUGCACAUGUUCCAGCUUGUCAAUAUCCUUCUUAAAUUGUGGUGCCCAAACUUGGACACAGUAUUCCAGGUGUGGUCUGACCAAGGCAGAAUAGAGUGGUACUUUUAUGGUAUUAUUACUUCCCUUGAUCUGGACACUAUAUGUCUGUUGGUGCAGCCUAGAAUAGCAUCAACUUCUUCUUUUGCUGCUGCUGCUUCAUCACACUGUUGACUCAUAUUAAGGUUGUGGUCCACUAAGACCCCAAGAUCCUUUUCACAUGUACAGCUAGCAAGAGAGGUGUCCCAGAUCUUAUAUAGGUGCAUCUGAUUCUUCUUGCCUAAGUGCAGAACCUUACAUUUGCCUGUAUUGAAUUAAAUUUUGAAAAUAAGCAGAUAUGAAUAUGGUCAGCAAGCUGUAAGGGAAGCCAGCAGGAUCUCUGCAUAAGAUACAAUCUUGCUUUUAAAAAGAGAAUUGAAGGUGCUAAUCUUACAGUCUUUUACACAGAGGCAGGUUAGGAAUCAAGAAGCGGUGGCUACCUGAAGCUGUGGAUUCACAUCUCUCCCUGUUGCAGGUGAUUACAAUGGAGCUAAAUUCUAGUUUCUUACUAGAACAAUAGCAAAGGAACAAGGGACCAUUCUUCAGAAGAAGGAAUAAUAAUUUGGAUAAAGACACAUAUUUCCAGGUGGCAUUCCAAAGAAGCUGGUACUAACCAAAUCAGGCACAUUCAAUUAUUUGCUGGCAGGUUAAGAUUGUCGGUGCAGAACAGAAUUAUAUUUCGAAGAAUAUGCAAGAUUCCAGCCCAGUAUGUUACCCACUUUCUACCGAAGAAUAGUUACUUAUUCAUGAAUACAUGCCUGUUGCAGUGGCUGGAGAGUUAAAAAUUCCUGCAGAAAUUCUGCCUUUCCUUUGCCUGCGUAAUGGCCAGUUUCAUACAUAUGGUUUGCAUACUUGAUAGGAUACUGCUCUCAGAAUAACUUCAUUUAUAGCUUAUGUUUUCAAUCACACUGCAAACCAUCUCAUGGGGAGAAGGUGAUCAGCAGCACAGUCUGGCCAGCAUACUUUCCUGUAAAUACCUGUGUUAUUCUGGGGAAAGAUGACAGGCCAUACUCGCAUCAACCAUGUUCAAGAGGCAAAUUAUCCCUACACUGAUGCUGGACCCCGUGGUGAGAGAGUAACGGCCUCUGUGAGUCACUGCAGUAAGUGGCCACACGCCAUAAUCUCUGACCGCAACUUUUAGAAAAGGCACCAUGACUUUGGAAAAGUUGGGUAGUCUUGAUUGUUAUGAAGAUUUAAGGCCAAAGUCUGGCCUACUCCUCACUUUCAUUUUUCUACAUGGAGAGCUGGUUGUGGGAAUUACAGCUAGAAAUCCACAGAUGCUCACCUCUGGCGUGUGCAACUUUUAGUCUAGGAAAAUAAGAUAGAUCAGAGAAGCCUGGGAAAACUUGUGCCAUUUUCCAGGCUUAGGAGAUCUUACUGAAACAUCAUACUAGGCCUCCCAGGCAUUGUACUGGACCUCAGGGAGAACUGAAAAACAAUGAGGCUGCUUCUAGCGCACCAAACUAGAUGUGAUGUUAUAAACUUCUUUUCAUUCAUUGUGCACAUUUUUUUAAAAAAUGCAAACAGCGUUUUAAAGGGCUGGUGACAAUCAGGAUCACAGCAGGAGUGAAUGAGAACUUUAAGGGGGAAACUUCCUCUGAAGCUGCUGUUUGUGUUGUGAAUAAAUCCCCUUUAAAAAAGGUAAAGGACCCCUGACAGUUAAGUCCAGUCGCAGACAACUCUGGGGUUGCGGCGCUCAUCUCACUUUACAGGCCGAGGGAGCUGGCGUUUGUCUGCAGACAGUUUUUCCGGGUCAUGUCGCCAGCAUGACUAAGCCACUUCUGGUGCAAUGGAACACUGAAACCAGAGCAGUGCACGGAAACGCCGUUUACCUUCCCGCCAGAGCGGUACCUAUUUACUUGCACUUUUUGGCGUGUUUUCAAACUGCUAGGUUGGCAGGAGCAGGGACCGAGCAAUGGGAGCUCACACCGUCACGGGGAUUCGAACCGCCGACCUGAUCGGCAAGCCCAAGAGGCUCAGUGGUUUAGAUCACAGUGCCACUCGCAUCCCUAAAAAUCCGCUUUACGUACUGCAUUUUGAUGCUUUCAGGGUGUUUCUGAUUUCAGAUCAACUUGAGGGCCAUGUCCCCACUUCUCAUUAAACCAGCGAAAGAGCAGAAGGGUAGAUACUGGUCAUCACAGUACCUAAUUAUAUAUGAAAACGUAAUGCAAGAACCAUAUGACAGAAGGCUGUGAGGACCGCUUCUUGCAGUGUUUUUCCUACCUGGUUACCGCUGUUGUUUUUUACUCGCCCUUCACCCCAAGGUCCCAGGGUAGGUUACAACAUCAAAGCACAAUAUUGAAACAGUUUGGAAAUAGUUUAAGACAACUCACAAACACAGAAACAAGGUGUGUCCUAAAAACACAUACAUCUCAAGUGUCAGAAGCCGGGGUAAAGAGUAAUGCCCUCUCCUGGGCCGCCGCCACCCUUGAACUUCUGAGGAUGGUGGAACAAUCAAGAGGGCUCCCUUUGAUGAUGCUAACACCCAAGAUGGUCUGUAGGGAAGCAGGUGUUAUUUCAAGUAUUUGGGUCCUGAGUCAUUCAUGCUUUAAGCACUAAUGAAAUCACCUUAAAACAGGCCCGAAAUAAACUGGGAAGUAAUGCAUCUGUUUUAAAACAGGGGUUAGUUGAGAUCUAAUGGAACCCCAUCCAAUAAUCUGGCUGCUGCAUUUGGGACCAGUUGAAGUUUCUGAGAUGUCUUCAAGGGCAGCCCAACAUGGCGUGCAUUAUAAUAAUCCCAGACUUUGCCAAUAGUGCAUUGCUUGUGCCCUCAAGGAAUCUUCAUUCCCAAAACUGGGUUCAUCCACUGGAUGAACUUAUAAUCUUAUAUCUGGAUGAAUUUAUACUUAUAUCACCUAUAGAAGGAGAUCUGAGGCUGCUCAGUUACAUUCAAUUACUGUACCCGUCUUCUGGGAGAUUCUGACCUGAAUAGCAUUAGAGAUCCUAGCAACAGCACGAAAGAUUUUUCACAAGCUUGUUCUUCAGAGACAAGAGAUGAAGUCUUUAUAACUCAGCAGGUGAUGUGGCAGAGGGACCUUUGUGGCUUAAACAACUUUAUAUAUCUUUAUAGCUCAACGUUUUUAAAGCCACCCUAUGGUGUAGGAUUUUUUUUAAAAAAAAACUUGCAUUUUCACUGACCUUUGGACCUGGUUUUUUUGUUGUUCCCAUUUGAUAUCUGGAUAUCACAUGUGGCAGAUAGGAAAGACUUUGAAGGUGGAGAGUAGAGAGAAAAGCACUUCCAAGUGCUUUCUCUGUCUACUAAAAGCAUCUUUGAGGGUCACAACUCAACAUGAAGCUAUGAGAAUCAGCAGGUUUAUCGAAGGUAUUAUUUUCCCAGCAUAGGUGACAUUUUGAUUCACACAAGCAUUCACGGAACCUCUCCCUAAUACCAAAACCCCAGAAUUUAUAAGUUCUGGCAUUUUUAUAAUCACAGGUUGCAACUACCAUAUCCUUGGAGGGGGGGUGGAUCCUGCAUUCCCUAGGCAGCGGUCUGUGGGGCUGAAAGCAUUUGUCCCACAGAUUAACACCCUCGCAAAUGGCCAGGUCCUGUAAUAACGCUGGAGCCAUCUAGCACCAGUGUAAGGAACAGAUGCACUCAGAAGCGGAACCACUUUACGUGCCAAUAUUUACAUAUGGAAAACAAAAUGCAAUAUUUCAAGAUGGAGCACCUUCUUUCGUACAACCUGGCAACAUUUUUAGUGAGCCGUCCCAGAGGAGCACAAGCUGGACUUGGUUUUCUUUGGUGGGGAGAUGAUGGGAGACUUUACUGCAGCAUGUGUGCGUCCUAUUUAUUUACCAGUGUGCCAGCGUAAGCAGAAAAAACAGUACACAUUCCUACAAGGCAGCAGAUCUGGUAGCCAGCAGUAGAUUCCUAGGCAGAGGCAUUCAAUGCCUUCAGCCAACCCUUUCCAACUCUGCUUCUAUCUUCAUGUCCCCUUGCCAAACUCUGAAUAUGGGUCUUUCUCUACACACACACACACACACACACACAGCUGCUCCCCCUCCACUCCUUAGUUGAAGAGAGCAGGGUGUAAGCCCUUCCAACUGCUCUGGUGAUUUUCGUGUUCGAACUCACAAACUGCACACACUCUUCUUAAAAAUUUGACCCCUUGAAGGGUUUUAUCUCUUAAAGUUACCCUGUCAUUGGGCGAUCGAUCCACUAAGAUCACUGGAAUAGGGAAGAGAAGCAAUGCCCAAACAGUUUCGAAUCUCACCUUCUAUUUCAAUUCGUGUGGCAAGCUUUACAUUUUAAAUUUUCUCUUCCGGUCUAAUGUUUCUUAUCUCAUGCUAAUGCAAGGAGGAGGGCAGCCCCAUUUGUAGCUUUUCAGUCUUUUCGUCCUUUUGGUGGUGGUGGUAUUUCUUCGCUUGGGUGGGGAAUUGAUGCCAGCCAGUGUUUCCUCAACCUUUCAGUCCUGUUGUUCUGUUUCCCCUCCAGACCCUAAACGUUAGGCAACCUUUAGAACAGUGUUUUCUGUUAUCUGGGCCUCUGAGCUGCAAGACUUCUCUUUCCAGCAGUUCUCAAGUGGCAGCCGUAUCUCUUUCAAUUUCCAUUCUCACCAUUGUCCUCUUCUGGGGCCUCUAACAUCUCCCACUAGCAUCUCCUUAAGAAGUCUUGGCAUAGCAUUAUGCUUGUUUAACUCCUUACCUUCAGCUCCUUUCGGGGGGGACCCCCUUACCUACUCUAGAUCAGGGGUCAGCAAACUUUUUCAGCAGGGGACCGGUCCACUGUCCCUCAGACCUUGUGGGGGGCCGGACUAUAUUGGGGGGGGGAUGAACGAAUUCCUAUGCCCCACAAAUAACCCAGAGAUGCAUUUUAAAUAAAAGCACACAUUCUACUCAUGUAAAAACAUGCUGAAUCCCAGACCGUCUUCGGGCCGGAUUGAGAAGGUGAUUGGGCCGCAUCCGGCCCCUGGGCCUUAGGUUGCCUACCCCUGCUCUAGACCCAUUCUAUCUUUAUUAUUUUACACUAUAAUCCUUUUUGAAUGUGUCCUUCUCACAAACAUUAACUCUCAUGAACAGACAUCAACAGACCAUUCUGUAAUGAACCAGCAGAACACUCAACAAAACAAAUCCUAGUAUUUUCAAAAGAUAGCUCUACUGUAGUUGAAUGCACAGAGAUACUUGUGCUCUUUGUUUCUCUCCACCAGUACCCAGCUUGCAUGGCCUUGGACCAGUCAAUUCUCCAUUGUUUCCAUUUCCUUCUUGAUUGUUUAUUUCCUUUGUUUUCAACCUUACGUUCUUUGGGCAAGAUACCUUUUACCCAGUGCUUUUUUCUUGGGGGAAAAGGUGCUGAUACCCUCUUCCCCCCUUUUUUCUGUCUCACACACUCUCCUGUCCCCCCUCAAUUAAUUCAAGCCCCGCUUUGCAUACCCCUCUCCCUUCUCCAACCUCUCCCCCCUCACCUUGCCCUGCUUGCUCUUCACCCCCCCCAGCAUCCUGCCCUCCCCUUGUCCUCCCUUCCCCUCCUUCCAGCCACACCGUCUGUGCUCGCCUCUACAGCUUGCCCCAGCUCCAAAAUGGAGGACGGCUGUGCUUGCAGCAGAGGCUGCUGCCUCCUCUCCCUUCUCUCUCUCCCUCCCUCCCUCUCCCCUGCCCCACAGACAUGGAAAGAGCGAGCAGAGAUGAAAGGGAAGUGGCACUUGGGGUUUGCCCAGCCGCUCCCGGCGCAGCGAGGCAGUGGCAUAGCAGCUCCUCCAGCGGGAGCGAGCGCUUUGCGGGGCAGCCGAUGGGGAACGGUGCAACCUGUUGGGUGAGAGCAGCAACUACAGUGGUACCUCUGGAUGUGAACGGGAUCCGUUCCGGAGCCCCAUUCGCAUCCUGAACAGAACGCAACCCACGUCUGUGCGGGUCGCGAUUCACCGCUUCUGCGCAUGACGUCAUUUUGUGCGUCUGCGUAUGCGCGAGCGGCGAAACCCAGAAGUAACCCGUUCCGUUACUUCCGGGUCGCCGUGGAACACAACCUGAAAAUGCUCAACCUGAAGCUACUUUAACCCUAGGUAUGACUGUAUAGUCCCUUUUCCUUGCCACUGUCGCCUCAGCCUCCUGCUUUUUGCAGUCCCCUUUUUAGCCACAGUUGCUUGCUUGCUUGCUUGCUUGCUCUCUCUGCACCACUGUCCAUUUACCUAAUCGCAAGAUUUAUGUAUCGUUGAGCACUACCAGGGGUUAAUUCUGUUGGAGGUUUGGAAGCUUCCACAAACACCUUCAUUGAAUCAAGUUUUCUUAUAAACAAUGGAAGGAAUAACUUUUCUCUAGCAUAUAAUAUCUUUACAAGACUGCAUCCUUUCUUUCUUUUUUUCAAUAUAUUUUUAUUAGUUUUAAAAUAUAAAAUUAUAAAACAUACCACACAGUUCAUCACAAAUACCCUCUUAUUAGACUUUCAUCAGCACCUCUGACAAUCCUCUGUCUUAAUCACUUCUUACGCAUUUCCUAACUUAAUAUUGCCUUUACAUUUUUAACACAACUCAUCUCCUUCAUUUUUGCAAUAUUUCUAAAAUUAAUCCUCACAGAGCUUCUUGCAAACCUACAAAUGUCGUCUGGUCAUCACAAAUACUUUUCAAAUAAUCUGUAAAUUUACUCCAGUCCUCGGUAAACUUCUGGUCCCGCCGGUUUCGCAUCCUUCCCGUUAGUUUAUCAAGUUCCGCAUAGUCCAUUAAUUUCAUCCUCCAUUCUUCAAUCAUUGGUAGUUCUUCUUGCUUCCAUUUUUGGGCCAAUAGUAUUCUUGCUGCUGUUACUACAAGACUGCAUCCUUUCUUAAACAAUACAGUGGUACCUCUGGUUACAUACUUAAUUCGUUCCAGAGGUCCGUUCUUAACCUGAAACUCUUCUUAACCUGAAGCACCACUUUAGCUAAUGGGGCCUCCCGCUGCUGACACGUCGCUGCUGCGCAAUUUCUGUUCUCAUUCUGAAGCAAAGUUCUUAACCUGAGGUACUAUUUCUGGGUUAGCGGAGUCUGUAACCUGAAGCGUAUGUAACCCGAGGUACCACUGUACUGCUAUCUCGUCCCAUCCAUUGACUCCCUUACCAUGCCCCACUGUUAUCUGGGUGUUCUGUGAGGAGUCACUGGUUCAAUUCACACCAUGCAUUUAAAGCACUAUGAUGUCGCUUUGAAUGGUCACAGAGUUUGCUAAGGGCGCUGAGAGUUGUUACAAGAUUCCUAUUCCUCUCGGACAACUACAGUUUCCAGAGAUCCUCGAGAAGAGAGAUUAAUUGUUAAACUUGCUCUGGGAAUUAUGGCUCUGUGGUGGGAGCAGAGUGUUUCAGAACAACUCUCAGCACCCUUAACAUACACCUCCCAGAAUUCUUUGGAGGAAGCAAGGAAUGUUUAGAGUGGUAUCACAGUGUAUUUAAACGCAUUGCGAUAGAAGAAAUAUUGGGACUCUGGGUGCAUUGACUACCACACAGGAAAGAGCAAGCUUACCUAUGUUAAUGGGGAACAGCCGUGGUGUCUGAUUCUGAGGGCUGUUUGUUCCCUUUUGCCUUUUGUUACUGCCUUCUAAGCUGCUUGGCAACCUAUACUUUCUCUACUCUGUGGUUUCAGCAUAAUAGUGGAUGAAAAAGCAUUGAAAAUAAUAGGUUAACGUGGCAAAUUCAUCUGGAUUUUGAAAGAGAUCCGUAUGCAGCAUAUUAAAUUCCUGCAGAAUCCAGCACACUGAUCUUUUCUGAAAGACCAUAUGGGAAUUUUACCCCCAACAUAAUGGUUCUAUGCAAGGUUUCUUUUCCCCCUUAUGUUUUCUUUCACGCUGUUAUGUCCUAAUAUAGCUCUGCUAUGCAAUUGUCUUCAUCUCUCAUUUUCAUAUGGGUCUGCACUUCAACUCAGCAAUAGCCACACUGAAGACAGAACCAGCAUGUUUCUCGGGAGCUUAGGGAUAGAGUAUUACACCUUUCCCUCAGUAGUGUAGUAGGAAAUUCAGAACUGCAAGGUCCCUUCAUUAUAGUCACAGCCACACCGUCUGACAGCCAUGCAAAAUUGUACAACCUUCUAAGAUAAUCUUACAAUUAUACAAUAACAAUAAUUAGGGAGGCAUUGCAACAAUUAAUGCAGACCUCCAUGUGUUGCCCUUCAUCUAUAGUGGGGUAGGAGAACUGGGGGGGCGGGGAAAUCACAUCUGGCAACCAAUGCACCCCUUUGGUUUCAGGUAGAACAUGGGUAGCUGAGUCUAAAAAGCCCAGGAGACAAAUUUUCACGGCCAUCUAGCGGCUAUGGUGGCUCAUUUCCCAGAAGUAAUGUAUUUAGUAUUAACACCAAACAAAGCUUUCUAGAGCAAAAUGCACACAGGUGGCACGGUGGUCUAAACCACUGAGCCUCUUGGGCUUGCCGAUCAGAAGGUCGGUGGUUCGAAUCCUGCAACAGGGUGAGCUCCUGUUGCUGUGUCCCAGCUCCUGCCAACCUAGCAGUUUGAAAGCACACCAGUGCAAGGAGACAAAUAUGUACCGCUGCGGUGGGAAAGUAAACGGCGUUUCCGUGUGCUCUGGCUUCCGUCACAGUGUUCCGUUGCGCCAGAAGCGGUUUAGUCAUGCUGGCCAUGUGACCUGGAAAGCUGUCUGUGGACAAACGCUGGCUCCUUUGGCCUGAAAGCAAGAUGAGCGCCGCAACCCCAUAGUCGCCUUUGACUGGACUCAAACUGUCCAGGAGUCCUUUACCUUUACCUUUACACAUCAGGAGGCUUAGUUUGAUCAGAAUUGAGGAUACCCUUCCAGAGUUAACACUAAACACAUUAAUUAAGCCACCAUAGCUGCUAGAGGGCCCUGAAAAUUUGUGUCCCAGGCUUUUAAGACUUGUCUACCCAUGUACUAUCUGAAACCAAAGGGGCACUUUGGUUGCCAGAUGUGAAAUAUAUUGGCAUUAUUUUCAGCUUUCCUACCCCACUAAGGGAUCUAUUUUUCUGUGCACAUACUUGGGAAAUGAUUUGGAAUGCUCCAGGAUCUUCUUUUGGAGUGAAUUAAGUUGUGUCUCUCACGAAGUUCCAUUGCAUGUAACACAAUUCUCUUGCCAAUCUCUUGAAACCGAGGCACCUUGCAUUUUCAGUGUUCCUAACGGCUUAGCAUUGGAGCACACUGCGGCUAAAUACCUCCCGUUUCAUGCUGAUUGAGUGCUUCUAGGAAGCUGGAGGCAGGGACCGUGCUGCAGAAAAAAUAGCAAGUCUUUGACACCCCGCCCCGCAACUAUUGCAUGACAACUCCCCCCGUUUUCAUGGUGAAACAGUGGCUAUACUUAUUUCAGAAUCAAAAUAAUUUACAGCACCAGCGCUUUAUUCUGGGGCAGUAGCCACAACUGUUAAUGUGACAAACUUGAGUGUGUGACUGCCUUUGUGCCCUCCUUGUAAGCACAUAUAACAAGAGGCCUUCUGGAUCAGACCACAGAGCUGCCAUUGCCAAUAUGGCAACCUCCCAAGUGUUUUGGACUACAAAUCCCAUCAUCCCUGACCACCGGCCAUGCCGGCUGGGGCCGAUGGCAUUUGAUGUCCAACAUAUCUGAUUGGAGAAGACUGUCAUACAUCAAGCCCAGCAUCCUAUACUAAGGUCGCCAGAGACCACUUCUGGUUGGCUACUGUUGGUAACAAAAUAUUGGGCUAGAUAGAAGCUGGCUUCACCUAGCAAGUUCUUUUCUGUUAAGCUGUGCUUGAUUAUAUUCUUGCAAAUGAAUUAGUUAUCUGUAUCAACAUCUAGUAAUGUAGCAAAUGCAUGCAAGUGAUCGCUCAAACUCGCAGUAUUCUGUGUCAAUGAAAAACUGAUCUGGUGCGUGUGCUUUGAAUUCCAAUAGCUAUGCACCCUGAUAAACAUGCCUUUUUUGAGUGGGCUGGGAAUUUGGAAGUCUGCUCUUCUGCUGACUGAUCCCAGUAAGUCUGUCUGUCAAGACAAUUAGGAAGCAACAGAGUGAGGGGGCUGUGCCCUGAAAGAGUAUAUGUGCUGCUGUUAGUCUCAGCAUGUGGAAACCUGAGCAUUUCAUGUGCAGCCUUUCUAUGGAGAAAGGAAAUCUGUUAUACGUUGAAACUACAGUUGCUGCAAACUUGGAGAAAAGUUUGGAGGAAGAACUUUUAUUACCCGUACAUCCUUGCAUGUGUCUUUAUUUGUAUGUUCCCCCCACCCCAGUCUACCUGACCAUCUCUUACUAACACAAGCCAAGCUAAAUAAGAUUUGUCUGAGAAAAUAAAAUGGGGCGCAUGGUCUAAGCAAGCUAUGGGGAGGAAUAUUUGUUGAUUUUAAAAUGACAUUCUUUUUAGAUUGUGAGGUGUUAAGCAUUUGGUUAAAUGUUAUACACUUAAUUAUAUGUUCUUUCAAAUACAAAAAAGGGGUUUUUACGAAUUCUGCACAAAUUUAGGUGGACCACAAACUAUCUUAACAGGAAGCUGUCCACAAUACGCCAGCAGAGAGAGAUGUAUGAAUGGGAUUUUCUUUCAAAAUGGAUAGAUCAUUCUGCUCUUUCCGAAGGAGCCAAGCACACACAAUAUCCAUUAAGUGAAAAAAGCACUACAUGAUGGCAAGAGGGUUGUGGCUGGGAUUGCCCACUUCUUAUGCAGGAAUCCAAAGCCGUUAUCCAAUAUCCCAUAGGCACUGUGCUGCAUAUUUGCAGGAGAUCAAUAAAUUCACAUAACAAAACUAGGCAGUGACCAUUAAAAACUAGGUUGAUUUCAACUAUAUGUAAGUAUACUUUACCUUCCAAUAUACAAUAUGGAAUCCUGCUACUCUGAAUUAAUUCAUCAGGAAUAACUACUCCCUCUGACUGUUCAAGCAAUCAUUAUCAUGGACUCCAAUCACUGCAUGGUGAUUGGAAGGAAAUCCAUCAUCCAUAAUCUUACCACUCUCAAAAAAACACAAUCACACAUGCCUAGAAAUGAGAACUGUCAGAUACUGUAAGAAAUCUCAGUCAAGUCAUCAUUUCAGGUCAACUGAUUUAUUAUAUCUGCAUACUGUACUUUUGCCCAUAAGAAAAUCAAUUAAUUGAGUCCAACUGCAGUCCUGUAAGCCCCAUUGAACUCAUGAGUGGACACGCGUCUAAAUGCACUGCAAGUGACAAUGUGACAGCUCUAAUUGAAGAAUAAAUACUGUACCCUGUGGUAAUUUUGUUAUGAAGGGUGGGAUAGAAAUGUAUUAAAGACAAGGAUAAUUUGCCACUCUUCCAACUUCAUUUAUUUGAGUUCAGCGCUGUUGUUGUUUAGCUGUGCUGAUGCCUCACAAAAAAGUCAUGGAACAUUCCAGAAUGGUGAAACUUGGCUUUAGGAAAAGCACACCACAGAUCUCCACACGGCAAUCCUAUGUUGAUGAGCCCCAUCUGCCCUUCAUUUCCCUCUACAGCAUGUUCAGAAACCACCUUCUUGACCAUUAGACCUGUUGUUGUUGUUGUUGUUGUAGUUUAGUCGUUUAGUCGUGUCCGACUCUUCGUGACCCCAUGGACCAGAGCACGCCAAGCACUCCUGUCUUCCACUGCCUCCCCCAGUUUGGUCAAACUCAUGCUGGUGGCUUCAACAACACUGUCCAACCAACUCGUCCUCUGUCGUCCCCUUCUCCUUGUGCCCUCAAUCUUUCCCAACAUCAGGGUCUUUUCCAGGGAGUCUUCUCUUCUCAUGAGGUGGCCAGAGUAUUGGAGCCUCAGCUUCAGGAUCUGUCUUUCCAGUGAGCACUCAGGGCUGAUUUCCUUCAGAAUGGAUCGGUUUGAUCUUCUUGCAGACCAUGGGACUCUCAAGAGUCUCCUCCAGCACCCUAAUUCAAAAGCAUCAAUUCUUUAGCGAUCAGCCUUCUUUAUGGUCCAGCUCUCACUUCCUAUUGGCCAUACAUCAAGCCCAGCAUCCUACACUAAGGUAACCAGAAACUUCUGGCUCAGUCCGACAGAACCUGUCUUCACAUGCAGGGGAGGUAUCUCACUCAAGAAGGGUUUGAGACCCCUUGGCUACUCUCACCUGGUUUAGCCAGCCAGUUGAAGGUGUUACUUGGAUGUGGCCGCUAUCACAUGCUGACAGCUUCUAGGAGCCACAUGUGAGAGCUGAGAGCAGAAUGGGCACCAAAGGUGGUCAAGCUACCCCAGAAGGAGCACAGGAGUUAAGACCCCCUGCCCUAACAUGCCAUACGCCCCAAAGUCUCUCCAUAAUAUAUCAUCCUUGUUACUUUUAUCAAAUAUGAAAGCAUUUGCUAGUUGAUUCUGGCACAAAAGAAUGCAAGAGGAGGGACUCUUUAUAAACACUUUGUUUUGAACUUGCAAGUGUAGCACGUUACAAUUCACUUUCCGUGCAUUACUAAUUUGCGGCUAAAAUAGACUGAUUCCAUUGAUUAGUUAUAUUUAUUUGUCAUCUCAUAAUACAGGUUCUCUGGGCGGUAAGUACAAUCAGUUCUCAUUUCAGAGGCAUUAAUGAUGAUUGGGGGGACUGCUCCAGAUUAAUCUAAUAACUGUGGAGCGUUGCAUUUCUUAGUUUGUUAGCAAACAACAUGCAGACCCAGGAACAGCAUGCUUAAAAGCAAUGCUCUGAAUCUGUAAAGGGGGGGAGGGAAUGCAUCCAAUGAAUAAUUAAAACUAAAAGGGCACAUGCUGCCUUUUUGCUGCCUUUUGUUCAUAUUUGGAGCACCAGAGCUUGCAAUAAAAGUCAACAAGGACUUCAAUAAGUGCUGCUCCUUAAAAGGAGGAGGGGGAGAGAGAGAACUUAUUGGCCAUGUGCGGUCAACUGUUGUUUCACUUGUUAGCUUUCAUGGUUUAAUUUAACUGUCAGGCUUGGGGAAUUAAAUGCUUCAGAUGCAGAUUGUUAAUUAGCAUAGGCCAGGAACACCUAGUGAUUCACGACGCUAUGAAAAAAAAGCACGGGGGGGUCAUCACAGAACAGUGGGAUAUGGCAUAUUCACGCACAUUUCUGUACACACGUUCAGAUCGCAAGAGGCGGCCAGAUAAAAGGAAAAACGCGAGAUCAAAGGCUGCCAUCUGGUUGCUCCUUCUCCACAGGCUCUGCCAAUCUGCCACAUUGUCUUGAGCUUUCCUCUUUCUUAUAGCUAUUAACAUCUUCCGCCUUCUCCCCAAACAUCAGUGAAAUAUGGCCGAUGUGGAUUUCAUAACGUGGUAAAUGAAUGAUGAGCAACUACUGUCACAGCCACACCUAUACCCAAUGCCCUGGAUAGUAUCCCCAGCAUGCAGAAUUCCUAACUAGAUGGAAGUCUAGAACAAUCUGCUUAUAAAAGCUUUUUUUUAAAAAAACAAAACUUGUUUAACAAUAAUAAUAAUUUAUUAUUUAUACCCCGCCCAUCUUGAAAAGCAGAGACAUCACCUUGCCAACAAAGGUCCAUAUAGUUAAAGCUAUGGUUUUCCCAGUAGUGAUGUAUGGAAGUGAAAGCUGGACCAUAAAGAAGGCUGAUCGCAAAAGAAUUGAUGCUUCUGAAUUAUGGUGCUGGAGGAGACUCUUGAGGGUCCCAUGGACUGCAAGAAGAUCAAACCGAUCCAUUCUGAAGGAAAUCAGCCCUGAGUGCCCACUGGAAGGACAGAUCCUGAAGCUGAGGCUCCAAUACUCUGGCCACCUCAUGAGAAGAGAAGACUCCCUGGAAAAGCCCCUGAUGUUGGGAAAGAUUGAGGGCACAAGGAGAAGGGGACGACAGAGGACGAGAUGUUUGGACAGUGUUCUCGAAGCAUGAGUUUGACCAAACUGGGGGAGGCAGUGAAAGACAGGAGUGCCUGGCGUGCUCUGGUCCAUGGGGUCACGAAGAGUCGGACACGACUAAACGACGAGAACAACAACAUCUGGCUGGGCUUCCCCAGCCACUCUGGGCAGCUUCCAACAAAAUAUUAAAAUUCCGUUAUGCAUCAAACAUUAAAAGUCUCCCUAAACAGGGCUGCCUUCAGAUGUCUUCUAAAAGUCUGGUAGUUGUUGUUCUCUUUGACAUCUGGUGGGAGGGCGUUCCACAGGGCGGGUGCCACUACCAAGAAGGCCCUCUGCCUGGUUCCCUGUAACUUGACUUCUUGCAGUGAGGGAACCGCCAGAAGGCCCUCAGUGCUGGAUCUCCGGGGCAGAACGAUGUGAGUGGAGACGCUCCUUCAGAUAUACUGGGCCGAGGCUGUUUAGGGCUUUAAAGUCAACACCAACACUUUGAAUUGUGCUCAGAAACGUACUGGAAUAAGUAAGUCCUGCUAAGAACUUAACUUUAGUGCCUUUGUUGCGCUUCAUCCUUGAGAAUCGGAAUUAGGGCAAAAGCCGCAAUUCAAGGCAUUACAUAACAUGGGUUGCCAUGUUGCCUACAGAUGUUGGACCAUAACUCCCAAGUAUUGGUCAUGCUGGAUGGAGUUGGUGGAGAUGUAGGUUGCGAUCCUAGACAUCUCUAUUCAGAAGCAUGACCAACUGAAUUCAAAGGAGUUUAGGAUGGCAGGUGCAGUCCAGAAACAUCUGAAGGGUGCUACCCUUGUGGUAUUGAGUGAGUCCUGGAAAAGAACAUUCUUGACCUCAUCUUUUAUGUUAGCACUUGGCAAGGAAAGUUGUUAGAAGGGAAAGGCAUGUGAGUGAGGGAGAACAUGUCAUUCUACCUGGUGUUCUUCAGAAGCUGACUGUCCCUUGAGACAUGUCAAUUUGGACUGGGUGUUUUCUGGGUGUUCUUUGCAGUGCGUCCAGUCCUUACAAGCCACAUACAGGACAAAAGUAGGUGGAACACAUCUGCUCAGCUCAAGAACUAAUCAAUGUUAAAGAUCAAUAAUUCUGCCACCGCAUGCCGCAUCAUUAUCUUAAUUUUCAUAUCCUUAUUGAGCACUACCAGUUUAUGGAAGCAGGAGCACAGAAAUAUCAACACGCUUUGACUAUAUUUUAGUAACUGCCUCCAAUUAUUAGCUACUGUUAAUGUAUCAACUGUAAUCCUGUGACAAAUCAGAGGACCACUUUACAUCUUUCUCUCGUCCACAGUCCCUUUUUAAUGCUUGUGUGUGUAUUGAACUUUCAGGAGCUAUUUGAUCCCUGUUUUCUUUUUUCCUGCACAAGAGUAAUCCAAUUGCUGCUGCAGAAGAGGGCAGAUUUGGCAUAGAUUCCCAUGAGCUAGGCCAGUAAGGAGAUUUAAAUCCCAGGCUGCCACAUUGAUUGGUUGGUGCUGUUUCACAACGUUGUUUUCCCUCGCAGAAUAUCUUGUGUCAUUUCUAAGACUAUGCCCCUUUUCGGUGAAAAUGUGUUUUGUUGUGUAUUACGUCAAUUUCUACUUAAGCCCUCUUGUGUGCCCCAAUAAGUAGGUGGAGUAUAAAUUGAAUAAUAAUAUUAAUCUACAGAAAGGGCACUAGUGAACUACCUGAUUAUCAUAUUUGUGUGGGGGGGUUGUGCGCUUAGCACAGCUCUCCAAGGGUUUGCAAACUUUUAGCUCCCUAGUUCUGACUAUCAGCAUCAAGCUGGAAGCUUGAAAACCAUUAGUGGCCGACAUAUUGGGAAAUUUUGGAGCAAGAAGGAGAUAAAUUGAGACUGCAGAGUUUUGAAAAAUUAAAAAAUAAAGUGAGAGAUUGGCUCCACUACUAUCAGAUAAUGGAGGCAUAUAAUUUGGAUAAGAAAAUAGGCUUCCAAGUGGAAAAGUCAAAAUUAGAAACAGAAUUGUUAGAACCCAAAACUAAAAAUUUGUCAAGAAUGUAUAACUUGCUGUUGAAAUGGAAUACUCAGGAUGAAACGGUGAAAUCUGCUAUGAUUAAAUGGGCACAAGAUGUUGGACAUAACAUUAUGUUUGCUGACUGGGAACAGUUAUGGACCACAGGUAUGAAGUUUACGGCAUGUAAUGCCUUAAGAGAGAAUAUUAUGAAAAUGAUAUACAGGUGGUACAUGACCCCAGUCAAGCUUGCAAAAAUUUAUCAUUUGCCCGAUAAUAAAUGUUGGAAAUGUAAAGAAACUGAAGGUACAUUCUUUCACCUUUGGUGGACGUGCCCAAAGAUUAAGGCUUUCUGGGAAAUGAUAUACAAUGAACUGAAAAAGGUAUUUAAAUAUACCUUUCUGAAGAAACCAGAGGCCUUUCUCUUGGGCAUUGUCGGCCAACUGGUGCCAAAGAAGGACAGAACCUUUUUCAUGUAUGCUACAACAGCAGCAAGAAUACUUAUCGCAAAGUAUUGGAAGACACAAGAUCUACCCACUUUGGAAGAAUGGCAGAUGAAGGUGAUUGACUACAUGGAAUUGGCGGAAAUGACUGGCAGAAUCCGAGACCAGGGAGAAGAGUCGGUGAAAGAAGAUUGGAAAAAAUUUAAGGACUAUUUACAGAAAUAUUGUAAAAUUAAGGAACUUUAGAAGGAUGUUGGAUAGAAAUUAAGAGGUUUUUAGCUGUAAUGCUUUAAGAGACAUGAAAAAAAAAAGGUUAACAAUUGGGUAAAAGAUUAAUGGUAAGGAUUUGCUGAACCAACAAACUGAAUUGGAAUACAAAGAAGGGAGGUAUGAGGAGGUCUGGGGAAAUAAGAGUAAGGAAGAUAGGUUAUGGAACAUCAUUGUGUUUUUAAUUGUUUUAUUUUGUAUGUUUUUUCUUACUUUUUACUUUUUUGCUAUAAUUUAUACUUUUUUCUUUGUUUUCUGUAUUUUUGUGAAACUUUAAUAAAUAUCAUUUAAAAAAAAAAAGGAAGCUUGAAAACCAUUAGUUUCUUCCUGCCCCUUCCUCUAACUUUAACCCACCUCUCUUCAUCCGCAUUGUGCCAUCAAUCCCCAGGGAUUUUGCCAACAGGAACAUAAGACAAUGCCUUAGAUCCGGAAUGAAUGGAGGCCCCAAAUCAAGGUCAUUGCAUUAUGAAUCCAGACUGCAUAUUGAAAGCGUUCCUUUCAAUUAAAAUGAUUUAUGGUAUGACAGCUUCCUCUGACUUCUUGAAUGAAAUAAACCUUUCAGAAAGGGCUGGUAUCUGGUGAUGGAUUGCUUAGGGCUGGGGAAGUUUUAUAGGAAUCCAGAAGGAUCCAACCCCUUCCUAAUCCAAUGAUGAAUGUCCUUCUACAUGUUCUUAAAUUUAGCAUCCCCACGGUAGUCUGUUACAAACUGCAAGCAUAUAUAUAUAUAUAUAUAUUUGCAUUUUUUGCCAGAAGAUGCAAUCCUUGUAACUUGAAACUGUAACCAACUCUUUCAGUAGGUCAUGCAUUUUUUAAGCCUCAUUUUCUAGAGUUCUAUUGAAUAUAUUAAAUAACUUUCCCCCCCCUUGCAUAUUUUCCCCUUUGCAUGUUUUUACCAUUUGCUGUUUCCUUAUUCUGACUACAUGCUGUGAUGCUGGAUCUUAGUCAGGGAAAGCAAGAGGCCCAAUGGCCCUGGGACCAGGCACUGAGGGAAAUCCAGCAAGUAGGUGAGCAGAGAAGGCAGCAAGUCCACAGAAGAGCCAAGUCUAGCAGCUGCAGUCAAGACUGACAAGCAAAGGCCAAGCUUGAGCUAGGAAGCAUUGUUUAUCCCUGUAUUGCCAAGGAAAUUCAAGAAGCUGCUAGGGAACAGGGGGCUGAGCAUCUAUGGAAGCAAGAGAUGGCAUCUUAGACUGAGAAACCUUCAGCUCUGUAGCUUAUGAUGGCACAUCACACAGAGCAAAAGAGAACACAACCAGAGGUUCCAAAAUCUAGCAUCAAUAAUUCCCCAAACUAUACUUCACCAAGUCUAAAGGCUCUAAAACUAUGUAUUUGGUUAGGGGGAAAAUUAUAAGCCCCUUUUAAUGACCCAUCCUCCCUCACACUGCCUCUUGAGUACAGUGAUACCUCGGGUUAAGUACUUAAUUCGUUCCGGAGGUCGGUUCUUAACCCGAAACUGUUCUUAACCUGAAGCACCACUUUAGCUAAUGGGACCUCCUGCUGCUGCUGUUCCGCUGGAGCACGAUUUCUGUUCUCAUCCUGAAGCAAAGUUCUUAACCUGAAGCACUAUUUCUGGGUUAGCGGAGUGUGUAACCUGAAGCGUAUGUAACCUGAAGCGUAUGUAACCCGAGGUACCACUGUAUAUUUCCGUGUAUAAUAUGAUGUAUUUUUACUGGAGUGAAAUGAUAAAAUUUUGGGGUCGUCUUCUACACGGAUAGUGCAGGGGGGGAAUGGGCGACUGGUGGCAGCUGCCAGCUGGAGAUUGUCAGUGGUGAUUGAGUGAUUGGUGUCUGAGGCAAGGCGUGCGAUUGGCAGCGGCGGUCAGGUUAGUGAGCCAUUGUCUGCAAUUCCCCCCAAAAAAGCUCAGCAACUCUGGACAACCCCCCCCAUUUCCUUAUUUUCGAGUCCCAAAAAAUAGGGGUCGUCUUAUACACGGGGGCGUGUUAUACACGGAAAACUACAGUAAGUCUGGAAGCAAAGUGCUUACACUCAUUUAUUUCAGUAAGCCUAAGCAUGCCUAACUCUACAUAGGAUCUGUCUGUGACUUGCCUUGGGGAGACCCAUGAUGACCUCAUUAGCAAAGUCUGCAAAAGGAUUUCAUAAGAAGACUGAACCUCUAGGAUUUUAGGGAGCGGUUCCUGGAAAAGGUAUACAGUCAUACCUCGGGUUAAGUACUUAAUUCGUUCUGGAGGUCCGUUCUUAACCUGAACCUGUUCUUAACCUGAAGCACCACUUUAGCUAAUGGGGCCUCCUCCUGUUGCCACACCGCCGGAGCACGAUUUCUGUUCUCAUCCUGAAGCAAAGUUCUUAACCCGAGGUACUAUUUCUGGGUUAGUGGAGUCUGUAACCUGAAGCGUAUGUAACCCGAGGUACCACUGUACUAGCUACUUGAAAGAAUGAUAGUUGUAGCAUUGCAGCAUAGACAGAGGGAAGACCUAUGACUACUGCCUCCCAUUGCAUUCUGAGUUCACCCACCAUACGGCUGUUGCUUCCAAUGGUGGCAAUGCGCAGGUGUGGCUUGUGUACUCUGAGCUCGGUACAUCCUGGCAGGCAGCAGUUGCAUAAUCCCACUCAGAACGUGCUGCUGGGCAGGGAGUCAGGGGGGACAGAGUAUUGUCUACAAGCACCCAUGUAUGGAAGGAGACAUUUUGCUUGGCUCUGAGCUGCAAAGCAGGAGGUGGAGGCAGAUGGCUUCAAGACAUGUAUGAAAACAAAAGAAAACAAGGAAAUGCGAAAGUAACAGUGCGCACUGUGCAUUUCAGAAGGUGGCAAGCCAUGACGGGUGCCUGAAUAGAGAAAACAACUAUGACUUCUGGAACGACACAGCUGUCAAUUCAUUUAUCUUUUCUUCUGAAGAAAUGAUGGGCCUUGAUGUGGGCUAUAGAGACAAGCCCAUCAGAUCAUGGGUGAUCACCAUAUUAAUGAGAGAGAAGGGAUGAGAGUCUGGAGGACAUGAAACCAAAUGGAUGACAGCCCAUCCCAAAGGGAGGGAGAACUCCAGUACUGCUGUCUCAGUGGGUUCGGGACACAGUUUGACAGCAUGGAAAUAAACACGGAUUGUCACUCGAAGGAUAUGGAUGCUUCAUCAAGCAAGGAGACUACCACUCGUGGCUUCAUCAGACAAAGUUUGAUAUUUCAGGGUUUUCUUAUACGUAUCUGGUAGACUUGCAGAAGGAGCAGCUUCUACACAAAAUAAUAAUGUGGAUGCAAUCAGACAUAAAACAAAUCCGCCUUCAGAUACUAGUGAGAGCAUGUUUCAGUCUCCCAGGACUCUCUGUUGAGGACAUAAUAUAAGAAGAGUGCUGAUGGAUCACCCCAAAGGCUUAACUUAAUCCAGCUUUCUGUUCUCUCAGUGGCCAACCAGAUGCCUACAGGAAGCCUUCAAGCAGAGGCCAAUGCCACACCAUUCUCCCCACUUGCGUUCCCCAGCCGCUAGUAUUGAGAAGCAUUCAGCCUCUGAUACCAGAGGCAGUAUGCAGUCAUCUUGUUAUUGCUCUUUAACAGCACCUGUUAAAUUAGCACAGCAAGGCUACGAAUACUGUACUGCAUUGCAUUUUACUGCCAUUGUGAAUUUGCUUUCCAUACACAUCAAAGGAUUGCACAGCAUUGUGAGGGGCUGCACAUCUUUCAUUUCAUGGUCAUUUGAAAGCACCGGUUACUAUUUUUCUCUGUGCCUACGUGUGCAUAAAUAGUAUUUGUAAACCAUAAUUUCAUCAUGCUUUUUACUUAAUGGAUUUUUAAAACUGGAAAGUUCUUGGUUUUUUGUUUUUUUUAAGAAAAAGCAUUUUUAGUUGUUCUGAAAAUAUUUUCCAGUAGACAGGUGAAGCCACACCAAGCUCCUUUUACUUUUUAUCCUAUGUAACAAAGAAUUUUAGCAGAUUUGACAGUGGUUUUAUUGCAUACCGAGUGACUGUCGAUGUUUUUGGCUGGUACCAUGGCCUUUGGCUAGUGCAAUAAAGUUUGGUGAUGGUACCAAGCUCCUUCAUUUUUCCAAAUUCAUGGAGCACGUGCCCUCCUUUGCAGGAGGCGCCAUUCUCAUGUACCUGGAACUGUGAUGAAAGGAUAUGUUCAUCCCAGGUCUGCUUUCUCAAGUACUGGAAGCCACACAGUCAUAAGGCUCUGCUUAGUGUCAGAAUGCAACGCUGAAAUCAAGUUCAAUCCAUUCCUGGGUCUAAGAACAUAGAUAUAUCUUUUCCAUCCAAGCAGUGAAGAGUUACAGGUCCCUUCCAAUGCUUACUAGGAAGAUCAAGUGAUGAAGACUCCAGGUGACAGGGACUGGGCAGAGGAGAAAUGGUAGAGACCGCCUCCCCAGCCUGACCCUUCCAGAGAAGAAGAAGACAGUUCAGAAUUGUUGUUGUUUAGUCGUGUCUGACUCUUCGUGACCCCAUGGACCAGAGCACGCCAGGCACUCCUGUCUUCCACUGCCUCCUGCAGUUUGGUCAAACUCAUGCUGGUAGCUUCGAGAACACUGUCCAACCAUCUCGUCCUCUGUCAUCCCCUUCUCCUUGUACCCUCCAUCUUUCCCAACAUCAGGGUCUUUUCCAGGGAGUCUUCUCUUCUCAUGAGGUGGCCAAAGUAUUGCAGCCUCAGCUUCAGGAUCUGUCCUUCCAGUGAGCACUCAGGGCUGAUUUCCUUCAGAAUGGAUAGGUUUGAUCUUCUUGCAGUCCAUGGGACUCUCAAGAGUCUCCUCCAGCACCAUAAUUCAGAAGCAUCAAUUCUUCAGCGAUCAGCCUUCUUUAUGGUCCAGCUCUCACUUCCAUACAUCACUACUGGGAAAACCAUAGUUUCAUUCAUGGAUCACUGCCUUGCCAUGACGAAGGGGCUUGAAUAACUCAGAGAAGCUAUGAGCUAUGCCGUGCAGGGCCACCCAAGAUGGACAGGUCAUAGUGGAGAGUUUUGAUGAAACGUGAUCCUCCUGGAGCAGGAACCGGCAAGCCACUCCAGUAUCCCUGCCAAGAAAACUCCGUGGACAAAGUUCAGAAUUACAACAGGGGUUUGAGGGAGAUCACAGCUCAGAGGAAGAUGAGGAGGAAAGCCGGGAAAUAAUGGGAGAGGAGAAGGAGGCAGAAGAAGCACCAAGAGGGCAACAGCUGAUGGACACAGUGGCUUUAGAAAGCAUUCCAGACCCAACCCCACUCCCAGAACCCAGCAAGCCUUGAAAGUAGUAGAGCAGAAUCAAGUUUAAGAUAUUAACUGAUGCAAAACAAAGAGGGGGCUUUGCCCUGCCGGACUUAAAGUUGUAUUAUGAAGCCGCAGCGUUCUGCUGGCUAAAAGACUGGCUACUUCUUGAAGACACUGAUGUGUUGGAUUUGGAAGGGUUUAAUAAUGUUUUUGGAUGGCAUGCAUAUUUAUGGUAUGACAAAGUUAAAGCAAAUAAGGCCUUCAAGAACCAUAUUGUCAGAAAAUCAUUGUAUAAUGUCUGGACAAAAUAUAAAGACUUGCUGGAAAAUAAAACACCAAGGUGGCUUUCACCUUUGGAAGCUAAGGCCCUACUAGAAAAAGAUGGAGACAAUUGGAAAUUGCAGAGUUUGGAGAAAAUGAAAGACAAAGUGCGAGAUUGGUUACAUUACGCUCAGAUUAAAGAAGUCUUUAAAAAUGAUAAGAAACUAGGGUUCCAGGUGGAGAAAUCGAAAUUAGAAACAGAAUUGUUAGAACCAAAGACUAAGGUACUUUCAAGGAUGUAUAACUUGCUGUUGGAAUGGAAUACACAAGAUGAAAUGGUUAAAUCGGCUAUGAUAAGGUGGGCACAGGACAUUGGGUAUAAUAUUAUGUUUGAGGACUGGGAAAAGUUGUGGAGUAAUGGAUUGAAAUUUACUGCAUGUAACGCUCUGAAAGAAAAUGUAAUGAAAAUGAUUUAUAGAUGGUAUAUGACCCCAGUUAAACUUGCAAAAAUUUACCACCUGUCUGAUAAUAAGUGUUGGAAAUGUAAAGAGUGUGAGGGAACGUUCUUCCACCUCUGGUGGACCUGCCCUAAAGUGAAGGCGUUCUGGGAAAUGAUUUAUAAUGAAUUGAAAAAGGUAUUUAAAUAUACCUUUACCAAGAAACCAGAGGCUUUCCUUCUGGGUAUUGUCAGCCAAGGGGUGGCAAAGAAGGACCAGACAUUUUUUAUGUAUGCAACAACAGCAGCAAGGAUACUUCUUGCAAAACAUUGGAAAACUCAAGAUUUACCCACACUGGAAGAAUGGCAGAUGCAACUGAUAGACUACAUGGAACUGGCUGAAAUGACCGGCAGAAUCCGUGACCUGGGAGAAGAGAGAAUCGAGGAGGAUUGGAAGAAAUUUAAGAACUAUCUACAAAAAUAUUGUGAUUUGAGUGAAUGCUAAAUAAGAUGCUAGACUAAAUAACUGAGCACCACUUAACUUAGAAGUUUUUAAGAAAAUAAGUAAGACUGUGAAAAUUUAACUCUUUAUGAGAACUAUAAGAUUAUGAAACAUUGAAGAGAUAUAAGAUUUUAAAUAAGAUGAUAAAUUGCUGACAAAAUGUUAUAACGAUGAAAGUGGGAGCGGGGAUGUGAGGCAGUCCAAAGAAAAUGUGAAACUAUGUUAAGACAAAUGUUAUAUUGUUUAUUAUGUUUAUUCUUAUUGUAAAACCCAAUAAAUUGCUUUAAAAAAAAAAAUGAAAGUAGUAGAGCAAAAAGCUCAGAAGCAAAGGGCCCUCAACGCCACCCAUAGGGGAGAUGAUGACGAAUGAGGAAGUGGGAGAAAAAGCAGGUGGGGAGUCACUCAGGACACGCCAUUAUUCUAAGAGGUAUUAUUCCAAGCCUCUCUCUGUAAAUAUUGACUAAAAAGCAGGUGGUAAGGACUUUUCCUUGUCUUAUCUGCUCCUGGCAACCUGCGGCGGGGAUUGUUUCCUCUGCCACCUGACACCAGAAAUAUUAUGGGGAAUAGAGUGUUUCCUCCAUCAACAAAAAGCUGUUGUAUCAACAGUUCCUAUCAAGUUAUAGACAUGGAGGGAGCACAAAAAGAUGUUGAAUCAGAAGGGGGAGGAAAGACCCAUUAAAAUGGUGAUAUGAUAACAAAAGAUCCUGAAGGCAAUCUUUGAAGAAUGAAAGCAUAGAAGGAAUAAACCAAACGUAUCCAUUAGAGAAGGUUGGCCCACGCAUAACAUGGCAAGCCAAUAGGAUGCUCUCAUCACAUUUUGGGUGUUGUCACAUAUUACAAACAUCUUUCUAAGUGUGAAGCUGCUUUGAACGUAUAUCAAUUACAUUGCCAGUCCCUGUUAAGCAAGAGACUAUCCUUCUGCAAUCAUGCUUAUGGCAACAUUGGUCCAACUCUGAACCAAUGUUGCCCAUGGCACAAUUGCAGAAAGAAUAAUCUUUCGAUAAAGCAUGCAUUAGCAGUGUAAUGUGAUUUGUGUUUUUAGGCCAAAGAAGCAAGUACGGAUCAGCCCAAAGCUAUUCCAUGUUUAGUAAAGGAAUGACUUCACUGCCCAACCAUAAAUAUGUUUACUUGGGGGAUUGCCUCACUUAAUCCAAUAGGACUCAGGUCCCCAAAGCCCCCAGCUUUUAUUGAUGGAAUGGUAUUAAUAUCAGUUGCAAACAGUACAUUUUUUUUAAAAAAGGAUGUGCCAAUCAAGAAAAGGACUGGGUCUUUCCCAUGGAGUUCAUUAACAAGAAACUUGAAAAUUUAGACAUACAUGUGCUUCUUGCUUUUUUUUACAAUUGAUGGUGCAAUUUAUGUUUUCCUACUUAAACUCAAGCAUCCUUCCAAUAUAAAAAUUCAAAGUGUGAAGUGGCUCUUAACUGCAGGUUAGUAUGGGCAAGGCUGUAGCCAUAUUGUUUUUGCACUAUUUAAGUGACUGUUACUUACGGUCAAUUGAAUCAAACAGUGUUAAUUUUAAUUUAGUGUGUUUUCUUUUUGUAUUGAGGGGGAUAGAAAUCAAAGGGGUUGCCAUGCUUCAACUACAUAAGCUGGUAGAGCAUUAAAGAGAACAGGGAACUCAUGAGCAGAACACAUUAUGUAUCGCUUUUAUUGUGUUUUAUUGUUAUUGCUGUUGGCAUUAUUGUACACUGUCCUGGGAUCUGCUUGGACAAAGGGCAGUGUAGGAAUGUAAAUAAGCAAUGGAUCUGCGGCCCAGAAAGUUUACUCAGAAAUGAGCCCUAUUUACAUCAGUUGGACUUUCCCCAAGAACAAACAACAGAGGCUGCUGGCAGCUUAAAAACUAACAGAUUUAUUAUGGCAUAAAAUUUCAAGCUCCUGCCAUAACAAAUAUGUUUGUCUAUAAGGUGCUACAAGCCUCUUCAUUGUUUUGAUAACACAGACUAAGGCGGCUACCUUUGUGGAAGUUAUUCUCAAGUGUCUGUUGGAUUUCAGCUGUAGCCUGUUGCUCUUUAUGUCUGUGAGAGUUGUGCGUCCGAGAUAGGUAAAGGACCCCUGGAUGGUUAAGUCCAGUCAAAGGCGACUAUGGGGUUGCGGCACUGAUCUUGCUUUCAGGCCAAGGGAGCCAGUGUUUGUCCACAAACAGCUUUCCAGGUCAUGUGGCCAGCGUGACUAAACCAAUUCUGGUGCAACGGAAGACCAUGAUGGAAGCCAGAGUGCAUGGAAACGCCGUUUACCUUCCCACCGCAGCGGUACCUAUUUAUCCACUUGCACUGGUGUGCUUUCGAACUGCUAGGUUGGCAGGAGCUGGGACAGAACACCCCAUCGCAGGGAUUCAAACCGCUGACCUUCUGAUCGGCAAGCCCAAGAGGCUCAGUGGUUUAGACCACAGCGCCACUCACAUGCAGCAGACGUGCAUCCGAGAUAGCAGGCACAGCACUUGUGAAAUAUGGAGUUACAAUCUUAGUCCAGACAAAGUAACAACAGUAACUGAGUUUUUCAGAUUUUUUAUUUUUUUAAAAUGGACUAUAAACUCAAAACUACUUUAAGCUCUGCCAGAAGCCUUAGAUUCUUAAUUGGAAAUACAUAAACCAGUGUGAUAUACAGUCAUACCUCAGGUUGAAGUAGCUUCGGGAUGAAUAUUUUCGGGUUGUGCUCCACGGCAGCCGGAAGUAACGGAGCGCAUUACUUCCGGGUUUCGCCGCUCGCGCCUGCGCAGACGCUCAAAAUGACAUCAUGCGCAGAAGCGGCGAAACGCGAUCUGCGCAGACGCACAGACGCGUGUUACGUUUACUUCAGGAUGCAAACAGGGCUCCGGAACAGAUCCCGUUCACAUCCAGAAGUACCACUGUAGUGGUUAGCCCAGGACUUAGAAGACCAGGGUUCAAAUUCCCACUAGCUAAGAAGCUCACUUGGUGAUCCUGCGUCAGUCACUGUCUCUCAGUGAGGACAGAAUGGGAAGGAGGAGAACUAUGUUUGCCACCUUGAGCUCCUUGGAAGAAAGGCAGGAUAUAAAUAUAAUUAAUACAUUUAAUUUUAUUUUAAUUUCAUUAAGAGGUGACAUUUGCCUUGUCAGGAUAUGGAAGUGUGAGUAAGUCGACCAGUUUCCAAGGGAUCAUUUAGUCAGGUGCUAGCUGGUAAAGCCUGGUGAGGAGAAUUUUACACUUCAUGCAAAGAAAGUGCAGCAAAAUAGUUAAUAAGCAUUUGAUCCAAACCAUGCAAAUAAUUGUCCUGAACAAACAGAAAAACCAAUGGAGGAGAACAAUGCAUUCAAGCAGAGCAGGUAGGCCUCGGCUGUGCACACACCAUAGGUUUAAAGCACAUGACUUCCCCCAAAAAUAAAUAAAUCCUGGGGUCUGUAGUUUGUUAAUGGCGCUGGGAAUUGUAGCUCUGUAAGGGGUAAACUACAGUUCCCAUGUUUUUUGUGGGGGGAGGUUGUUUCAUGUGCUUUUAAGUGUAUGGCCUUUAGGUAACCUAACAGAUAAUGACUCCUAAAGGUAAAGGGACCCCUGACCAUUAGGUCCAGUCGUGACCGACUCUGGGGUUGCUGCGCUCAUCUCGCUUGAUUGGCCGAGGGAGCCGGCAUACAGCUUCCGGGUCAUGUGACUAAGCCGCUUCUGGCGAACCAGAGCAGCGCACAGAAACACUGUUUAGCUUCCCGCCGGAGCGGUACCUAUUUAUCUACUUGCACUUUGACGUGCUUUCCAACUGCUAGGUUGGCAAGAGCAGGGACAGAGCAACGGGAGCUCACCCCGUCGCGGGGAUUCGAACCGCUGACCUUCUGAUCGGCAAGUCCUAGGCUCUGUGGUUUAACCCAUAGCGCCACCCAUGUCCCUCAAUGACUCCUAGGGCUGAACAAAAUUUAUGAAAAAAGUAGAUAUACACAGUGCUGUUUUUCUAGAAAAAGAGCUGCCGGAACUCACCAUGAACCCCUCCCUUGUUCUCUUAGAAUGGAAAUGGUGCCCACCUGAGAGGUGCCAGAACUAAGUUCCGGUGAGUUCCGGCUAGAAAAAAAGCCCAAGAUGUACAUAUGUAAAAGAGAUUCGCCCUCCUUGUCAGCAUGAGCCAAUUUACAACUUUGGGAGUCAGAAAUGACAAAGCAAUCAUAUCCAGUAAAUGAGGCAAGAGAUAUCUCUAAGUUCCAUCCCACUGUGCUACAAUGCAGCCAGGCUGGACAAAGUGAGGUGUUAAAGAGCAUUUGAAGUAAACAUUUUUUAUAUACAUAAAAAGAAAAGAAAGAUGUGGAGGGGAAGAUAACAGGGGUAAAGAUAUAAUAGCUUCUGACAGUGAGCCUUUGUGGCAGAAAAGGCUCACAAGGAAACAUUCAGCUGAAAUGAGAGGAGGCAAGCUUCACAACCCCUUCUCAAAGACCCGAUAGAUCUGGGAGAAAAAGAUUAUUUCAGAAUGGAAUGUAUCAGAAUUAGAAAUGGAUGUACAACGGAGGUCAGAAUUCCAACAUGGAAUGCAUUUUCUAAUAAAUGGGGCAACGGAAGAGACGAGAUACAGCUGAAUUCUGAGCUUUGGUGAAUCUGGUUUAGUGUAGUAUAACUGGGAUUUUAUGAGAUCAGAAUAAAGCAUUGCAACUCGGUUGCUGGUGCCCAGGGUGGGGAUGCGCAUGCACACACACUGGGGGUGCCAGGUGAGUGUUAGCCCAGCCCUCACCCCCACUGGAGCAAAGUGGGGCUAUGCUGAGCCGCUUGCCUACCCACACGGAGUGGGGAGCCCAGCCGGCCAACACAGCCCUGUGCCAAGCCACAUUGGGGGCGCCUGGGAGCACCUGGUUUGUGUCCCCUCAAAAAUUGUGCACCCAGGGCCAUGGCUCCCUGGCACCCCUAAUGCCACACCCCUGACAGAAUGAAUUUUGUUUGCACCACAAAACUUUCCAUCCCUUUAAAGCCCUAAACGGCCUCGGUCCAGUAAAUCUGAAGGAGCAUCUCCACCCCCAUCGUUCUACCUGGACACUGAGGUCCAGCUCCGAGGGCCUUCUGGCGGUUCCCUCACUGCGAGAAGCCAAGUUACAGGGAACCAGGCAGAGGGCCUUCUUGGUAGUGGCACCCGCCCUGUGGAAUGCCCUCCCACCAGAAGUCAAAGAGAACAACUACCAGACUUUUAGAAGACAUCUGAAGGCAGCCCUGUUUAGGGAAGCUUUUAAUGUUUGAUGUAUUACGGUAUUUUAAUAUUUUUUUGGAAGCCAUCCAGAGUGGCUGGGGAAGCCCAGCCAGAUGGGCGGGGUAUAAAUAAUAAAUUAUACUAUUAUUAUUACUAUUAUUAUUAUUACUACUACUAUUAUUAUAUAUUAUUUAUUGUUGUAUAUAUAAUUAUUAUAUAAUUAUAUAAUUAUAUAAUUAUUAUUAUAUCCCAAAUCUGCUCUGGAAUAUGGUUGGAUUCCACCCACCACCAAUGCUGGCACACUUUUUCCUUCCACGAAUUUUCCUUUCUGUGAUAUCAUUCUACCAAACCCCAGGACUAGCUUUUUUUUAAAAAAAAAAAAAAAGUUGUGCAGAUGAAUUUUAAAAGUCAGGGGUGACAAGGAAGCUACUGAGAGGAAUUAUCGCAGGAUAAUCAUUGUGCGUGUGCUCACUUUUAGACUGAGGCUAAAAUCAAUAAUCUCAUUACAUGCAAUGAGCCAUGACGGGUUUCUGCAUAGGCUGUCUCUUGAUGUGUCUUCAGUAAAUGGAAAGCAAGGUUCCAACAUGCUAGGUGGGCAAUGAAGUAUCUACUGCAAACACCCCCAGUAAACGCCGCUCCAUUUACAGAAGUUCCAGCAAAGAUAAUGAAGGUCUCAGAAAGACCCUGCUGUUCAUGCUGCCUGGAAUCAACCCAAGACAAUGAUGAAUGCAAAAUGAAGUAGGUCACAUAUAAAAAGGAUUUAGUUCAUAUGCAGCAGAUCACACUCUCAACUUGAGGUUUUUAAGACAAGCAAAUGCUAGGCAGAUGAAAUGAUCUUCUAUCCCUUUUAGGUGCAAAGAAAUAGCAGUAAUAUAUAGGAGGACAUGACAAGUGUAAUUGGUUUCCAUAUCUUUCCACCACACCCACAACAUGAAAAGAGUUACAUAAUUAAAACCAUGUAGUCAUAAGCAAUAAAUAAAAUAUACCAAAAUUCAAAGUGUUGGUGCUGACCUUUAAAGCCCUAAACGGCCUCAGCCCAGUAUACCUAAAGGAGCGUCUCCACCCUCAUUGUCCAGCCUGGACGCUGAGGUCCAGCUCCGAGGGCCUUCGGGCGGUUCCCUCAUUGCAAGAAGUAAGGUUACAGGGAACCAGGCAAAGGGCCUUCUCGGUAUUGGCACCUGCCCUGUGGAACGCCCUCCCAUCAGAUGUCAAGGAAAUAAGCAGCUAUCUUGUUUUUAAAAGACAUCUGAAGGCAGCCCUGUUUAGGGAAGUUUUUAAUAUUUAAUGCUGUCUUAUUUUUUUAACACUCGAUUGGGAGCCGCCCAGAGUGGCUGGGGAAACUCAGCCAGAUGGGCGGGGUAUAAAUACAUUAUUAUUAUUAUUAUUAUUAUUAUUAAAAGCACACAACUGUAAUUGAACAAUUCCCACAUAAAUCAUUAUAAGAUCUAAAAAUAAAGAUACAGAAAACUAAUAUCAAUUAACAACAACAAAACUCCCAACAAAAACCCCAAAAGCACAUGUGCAUUUAGGUUGUUCUUUACUAUCAAGAAGACGAAGUCAUAAAGGUAAAGGUAAAGGGACCCCUGACCAUUAGGUCCAGUCGUGGCCGACUCUGGGGUUGCGGUGCUCAUCUCGCUUUAUUGGCCGAGGGAGCCGGCGUACAGCUUCCAGGUCAUGUGGCCAGCAUGACUAUGCCGCUUUCUGGCGAACCAGAGCAGCGCACGGAAAUGCCAUUUACCUUCCCACUGGAGCGGUCCCUAUUUAUCUACUUGCACUUUGACGUGCUUUCGAACUGCUAGGUUGGCAGGAGCAGGGACCGAGCAACGGGAGCUCACCCCGUUGCAGGGAUUCGAACCGCCAACCUUAUGAUCAGCAAGUCCUAGGCUCUGUGGUUUAACCCACAGUGCCACCCGUGUCCCUUUAGACAAAGGCAUAAUUCCCUCUUAUUUCUAAUAUUUAGAGGAAGUUGGUGUGUAUGCAGCCCAAUGGCACUGUCCGAAUAUGAGGGAUGUAUUGGAAGGUUCAGGGAAACAUCAAGAAUUGCAGGAGAAUGGUUUGUUUUAAAGAGUGGGAAACCCACAAACAUUCUAGCAAGCAGCAAGUGACCUCAGAAGGCUAGGAAAUCGGGGGGGGGGGAGAGGAAAUUGAAUUGUCUAUUCUGGAGCAGGGCACAACCAACUAGGGCAAUAUACAGGAGCUCUCGGUGCUGCAAUAUUUUAUUGCAGCUCUGACCUGUCAAAUAAAUCCAUCAUUCAGGAUUAAUUUGAAGUUGUGUUUGAUGCACUUUUAGGAGAGGGUGUGUAAACAGUUUUUGCUUUCACCAGGAAUGAGUUUGAUUUCCGUAAGGCUAGAAGUUUGUUUUUAGUCAUAAUAAGUCUUUACAGUUUUCAACUUUCAUCAAUCGGUUUACGGAACUAAUAUGCACGGCUGCGUAUGAGCUCAGGACAGCGUGGAAAUAUUAUGCCACCUCUACAAUCUAACAGCAGGAGGGUUUUCUGCGCAAAGGGGUAUUUGUGCAGGUGUGUGUUUACAUGUACACAGACAAUAUAAGCUAAAUUGGUUGGAGAAUGGUAUGCUUUUUCAGAGAAAUGAUGAGGUAGAAAUACUGAGGGUGUGUUUUAGGAGUUGCUAGACACAUUAACUGACCUAGCAGAACCUUUGUGUAGUCGAAAAAAUAAUAAUACAAUGCUUUGUGACAGGUAAGUGUUGCUUUGGUAAUGUUAUGAAAAAGCAUUACAUAACAUUAUGAAUGGGGAGGAAAUUCAGUCUGUUUUGCCUUUUAAUGUGAAUCGACCUAAUUACGGCUUCCUGAAACAAUGUGUGAACUGAAAAACAGCUUUGAAAUUCACACUUCUCAGGAUUUCUUGCGAUACAGUUCUCCAACCAAAAACUAUACCAAAAUAUAAUGAAUUGAAAGAGAUGUUUAAAAUAACAUUUGUAAAACAAAAAAACAAAAAAACCCAGAAGCUUUUUUUCUAGGAAUUAUAGGGAUAAAACUACCUAAACAGUAUAGAAAUUUAUUCAUGUAUGCGACUACAGCGGCAAGAAUGUUAUUUGCCCAAAAAUUGAAAGACGUAGUCCCAGCGACAGAAGAAUGGAUACAGAAACUUAUGGACUAUGCAGAAAUGGCAAGACUUGCUGGAAAAAUAAGAAAUCAAAAUAACAAUUUUUUUUAAUAAAAGAAUGGAAAUGGUUUACUGAAUAUGCACAAAUAAAUUGUAAACAGAUAAGGACAUUGACAGGAUUAUUGUAGUAACCUCCAGUUUCAUAAGAGUAAACAAUUAAAGUAGAUGAAUAAAGUAGAUGAAUAAGUUGAGUUAAUUUAGAAUAUGCAGGAAAUGAUAAAAUAAACUUAAGGAACCACAGAAAGAGGAGGAAGGAAGUUGAGUUUUGAAAUGUUAAAAUGACUGUAAAACUAUUGAAAUGUAUAUAACUGAAAACCAUAACUAUUUUUUUUUUAAAAAAAAAAGAAAGAUGGGGCGUACUGUAUACCAAAAUGCAUAUGUUCAUAAAUAUGAACUGCAUUAUGUUAGGGGGAAUUACAUACAAAAUGUGUUAGAGGGGGGAAUUCACAUUAAAAUGCUGAUGAAUUUUCAGGAGGACUUAAAUUAAAAAAUCACAAACUGAUGCAGAAAUGUGGUGAAUCGGACGUAAAAAUGGAAAAAAUGGGAACUAGAUAAACUAUGAUUGACAGAUUCAAAAUGGUUUGUCCAAUUCCCACAUAGUGCUGUAGCACUUACUUAAAUGUUAUUAUUUUUGAUGAAUGGAACAGCCACCAAAAAACUUUAGUCCUAACAGAAAACAACAACCACAAAGUCUCAGAUCAGAUAGGAAGUAUUAAAAAAACACGAUUAAGCUAAACAAAAUUGCCAUAUACUUUUUCGUUGUGUAAACUGUGCCUGGAGGGGCUAUUAUAUGCAAGCCACCGUGUGUAUGCAAGAGAUUUGUUACUCCAGAGGGAACGAACCACUUCAAGCAGCAAAGACUCAUAAUGUUGAAUCUGGUGUCUGCCAGUAUAUUUUCUGUUGCUACCUGGUGGCAGUCUGCUUCAUUUUAAUUAGGCAAAAAACCCAACACAUAGUAGCAGAUAUCUUGUUUCACAUGGAACUUCAUGCUUCAGAGAAGAGGCAAAGCCCACCCACUAGGAAAAUGUGUAAUAUAUCUUUCAGAAGGUCUCAUCCUAAUUCAGACCCAUAAGCAAUAAAUAAAAUAUAUCAAAAUUCUAAGUGUUGGUGCUGACCUUUAAAGCCCUAAACGGCCUCAGCCCAGUAUACCUGAAGGGGCGUCUCCACCCCCAUCGUUCAGACUGAGAUCCAGCGCCGAGGGCCUUCUGGCGGUUCCCUAAUUGCAAGAAGUGAGGUUACAGGGAACCAGGCAGAGGGCCUUCUCAGUAGUGGCGCCCUCCCAUCAGAUGUCAAGGAAAUAAACAACUACUGUUUCUGACUUUUAGAAGACAUCUGAAGGCAGACAAGUUUAAGGAAGUUUUUAAUAUUUGAUGUUUUAUUGUGUUUUUAAUAUUCUGUUGGGAACCACCAAGAGUGGCUGGGGAAACCCAGCCAAAUGGGCGGGGCUAUAAAAUAAUAAUAAUAAUAAUAAUAAUAAUAAUAAUAAUUAGCAAUGUUUUGUGCCACUGCAAGCCCCAUGUGUCUUUAACAACAGCUGCCACCCAGUACCUUUCUUUGGCACUAAGGAGAAAAGGCUGUUGGCCAUUACAAUGGCAGUCACUGCUGCCAGCGGUCAGGGAAUUGGGAAGAAUUCCAGCACCAUAGGAAGGAGCCAAAAGGUUGCCUUGCAUGUUUCUGGUCACCUCUCCAAUCAAAAUGGGAAGCGUCAGCCUCAAAUCCUACCCUCAGUCAAAUAUUAGAAUGACAAACACAUCAAGAACAGACAUUGUCUGUAACUCCCAAACGCUUGUCGUUCUUCUCACUGCUGCGCUCUGUUCACCCCCUGACGAUUUCCACAAUAUGUCACCAGCAUCUGCAGGCUGCACAUGUACACUGUCUGCAAGCCCUCUUCCUUCAGCACCGAUUGAUCAACCCACUAAUCUCAGAGCCCAAGGGACGGGCUAACCGGGGGAGCAGCAAGCAAGCUUGUAACAGCACAGGGCUGUAUAUCUUGUCUCGUGAGGAUCAGAUGCAAAGGAAUCCCAGCAUUUUUGCAUCCACAUAAGCGAGACCUCUUUCAAGUUAGCCUUCUUGGUGAAUCACCAGAAUGAAGGCACAUGCUCAGUUUUAAGCUUCAGCUUGUAUGGUAUCUGACAUAACAACAGAAAGAAAAUUAGCAGAUCGAAAUCUAAUGACUGCAAGAGUAGAAGGCAGCUUGCCCAACCAAAUUUUCUCUUGCCCUCCUCCCUCUCCCACUCCUUGAGAAGCUCCUCCAGUAGGUUGGAGAUGGUCUUCCUGAAUGGUGUGGACUGUACUGUUAUGUGGCUUGCAAUGAGAAGGGGAAAUCGCCUGAAAUUGGGUAGGAAAAUCCUGUACAAGCAGAGCUCUGCAGCUGCAAGAUUCCUUUGCCUGAUUUCAGGGGAUAUCCCCCCUCUCAUUCAGCCCCAACAAGACAGCCCACACUGUUCAGGUGGACUCCCAAUUCUCUGGAUAGGCUCUAUGAGGGCAUCUCUCCUAGGAGCUGCAGAUGGGGAAGAUAUUGAUUUCAAUAAAACAUUGAUUGUGUGAGGUGCCUUCUGCUUGCAAAGCCAUAGGAAUCAAUCCAAGGUGCUUAAAUAUUUCAAUCCAACUCUGUAAUUGCAAGAAAGUGCCAGGGGCUCCAUUUAGACAGGGCCAUCUAACCCAUAGGCGCUAGGGGUGCGGGGCACCCGGGCGCCAGGCUCUCAGGGUGCCAGGCUGAGAGUCCAGGGCCCGAGAGUUGAGUCCGGGGAAGAGCCUGCCCAUCGGUCGGAGCACCGUGAUGGGCUCUUCUGCUGUGCUGCAAGUUCGGGGGUGACCGAGGCAGCAAGACGCUGAGGCAGCCAGCCAGCUCCGCCCUCCUGCGCACCUGGGACUGGACAACCAAGGGGGGCGCCAGGCGGAUAUUUGCACCCUGGCGCCACAUAUGCUUAAGAUAGCCCUGCAUUUAGACAUGAUAAAGACCUACAGUUUAUAGUUACAUGAACAAGCCUCAGGCUCAUCAGACGCUUUCCUAAAUUGUGUUCACUCUGAACUGUGGUUUACCGAAAAAAGCCAGCUGCAAAACAUUGCUUAUGAAGAUGCUUUUCAAUAAACCAUAGUUAUAAUUAACCACAGUUUAGGGUUUGGACUCAGUGCUAACUGCAGUUAAUUGAAAAUGGCUUCCAGUCGCCUCGCAGUUGCUCCAUAGGCAUCCAGGGAAGGGGCGGAGCCUCCUGUUUCACCACGUGAGGUGAAACUUUCUGGUAAAAUGCUACUUUGUAAAGCUAGGCCUCAAAGACAGAACAUGUGCAGAUAAGCAGCAUGUGGACAGGCACUUGAGUAAGUUUCACAACUCACAGGGUGCCAGACAGCAACUGGCUGAUGGCAACCACUUAUCCUCUGUGUAUUUUUCCUCAAGAAAGCUUAAUUUCCUGCCCUAUGCAGCAACUGCCUGCUUUGAGAGCCUCAGGACCAAAUCAAUGUGUGUUUUGCCUCCUGAUGUUCUCUCCCCUUCUCCUUUCCACCUCUGGCAGCUGCCUUCACCCUGACCACCUACGUUAUUAAAGCCGCCAUGCGAUGCUUCCAAUUUGUUCACGGCACGUUCUAUGGGCAGCUUGAAUCACCUGGCGCAUGGCUUACGUUGUAAUGACAGCAUUAAAUGUCUUCUGACAGAGUCUCACAAAACUGGCACUCAAAUCUAGACGCUUAAAUUAGAGCCCAUCUUAAAUAACAGCGGGAAAGGAGCAGUCUUCCUCCGCAUGAGAUCAGCAAGGAGGAGAGCUGCCCAAAGGAGGUCUGCUUUGUUACGAGCUGAAAAUGCACAAUUGUAGCACAAGAUUAUGGUGGAAAGGUGAAUAAGGACUCUGAAGACCGUAGCAGAAAGUGGAGAAGAUGGAUGUUAUCAUGGACUGAACGUCUUAAAUAGUUUUUUUUUGGGGGGGGGGGUUGUAAUCAACAGAUGGAAAAUUGGAAGUCCUUUUAUCUUUUUUAAAGGUUUCUUUUCUUUUGUCUCUUUAUUUCCCCCCACCCUUUCUCUCUCUUUCCUUUCUUCUUCUUGUUUCUUUCUUCUGGCCUUUAAUUUGAAUUCAGCCUGAUCUUUUAUUUCCCUUCUCUUCCCUCCCCCUCCCCUUUUAUGAAGAUCACCCGCUCUGAGACCCCACAGCUAAUUCUCCCCUGGCCUCCUCGCUGGCCCAAGUAGGACUAAUUCAGCCAGCUAGCCCUGGUGAUUAUCUAAUGCUUAUUUCCCCUAAAUUGAUUUCUGAACUUUGAAUUUUAUUGUUAUUCAUGUUUUUAUACUGCAUUUUAUGCUGCUUUUACAAUUAAGUGUUUUAAAUUUGUUGUUAGCCGCCCUGAGCCCGGUUUUUGAGCUGGGAAGGGUGGGGUAUAAAUAAAAAAUUCUUCUUCUUCUUCUUCUUCUUCUUCUUCUUCUUCCUCCUCCUCCUCUUCCUCUCCCCCCUCCUUCUGUUAGUUUCCCCUCUUUGUAUCUUCCUCCCCCCCCCCAGGGGUCCUAUGCUUUGGUCCUUUUUUAAGGUCCAGGAAUUGUAUACUCAUGGGGGGUGGUAGAUGGUUGAUGGAGGGACCCUAAGUUGGUAGCAGCCUUCUCUCUUUCUCUCUCUCUCUCUCUCUCUCUCCGAACUGUGCUUCGUGUCCUCUCCCAUGACACCUCUCCUUUUUCCUGACAUGAUUUUGCUGAUGGGUGAUGGAGGACAAUGACCGCUCCCCGCUUAAAACGGGGGGCGCCCUUUGCGUGGACGCGCGCAGCCCCUAGAUCUGGAGCGGCUCCAACAGCAUAGGCUUGGUUUGCCUUCCCUCAGGUGGGAUACCUGGAGGUCUCCGCCUACCUCAGUCAGUUGUCCAAUCCCACCUGGGGAAGCGUUUCCAAGGAGACCAGGCCAGGUAGGGGAGGGAUUACCUGCCCACACAAUAGAGGGAGGAUCUUACCUGGGAAUCCUCACUUGGCUCCAGAGCUUCUCCCACCCUACCCACCCUCAGUUAAUGUCUUAUUUGCAGGUUAACUUUUCUUCACAGGUUUUGCAGGUUAACUUUUCUUCGCAGGUAUGCGGGCGCUGCUACGUUAAGGUCGCUGUUAAAGGGCCGGAAAGGAAUUUCCCUGCAUUGGCAGGUUUCGCCUUUCCCGUAGCAAAACGUCACAACUUUGGCGGUAUCAGGCCUUGGGCGGAAUCCUUUAGUCCAUCUUCCUCUUUGCGGCGGCGAUACCAGGGUUCCCCGUUAAAGGGGUUUCUGAAGGGAGGCUUUGACCGUACGCUGAAAGUUCGUCGUCACUGCUCUCCCCUGCGGCGGCGGCGUAACGGGGGCGGCUAUCUCUGCUUGAACUUAUGUUCUCCAGAGCCGGCCCAUCCCCCCCACACACACACUGGAUAACCCUGAUGCUCCCAAGGUCCCCGGCUGGGGACUGGGGAGGGAGAACGCCCAAUGCCUGAGCCAAGGUCUACCCACAUUUGAAAUUUAAUAAAGUUGUGGCCAAUUUAAUCCCAUAGCACGUUGUCAUGAGUCGUUAUUCCACAUGACGGGGGGACCGCGCGGGAUCUGGGGACUCCGCCUGUCCACGCAAAAGAUGGGAAGAGGUGCACUGAAGGGGCUCCAUAAGUAGGAAGGAAGCAGGUGCUGCUAGCUGCGCCCCUGAGGUGGCAUCCUCCUUUGGGCUCCAGCCCCUCAGGGUCCCAGGCUUGUGGCACACCUGUACACCUGUCAUGUGCAUAGACCUGGGCCUACACAUCCCUUUUGCAGAUGUCCAUGCUAAACAUGUGGAUAUCAAGAGAGUGUGGCUAGCAAGCAGGAGUGUCUUGGUGUCAGGCAGGGGCAGGGCCUAUGGCAAGGGACUCGAUUUCAUAUAUACAGUGGUACCUCAGGUUAAGUACUUAAUUCGUUCCGGAGGUCCGUUCUUAACCUGAAACAGUUCUUAACCUGAAGCACCACUUUAGCUAAUGCGGCCUCCUGCUGCCGUGAGCACGAUUUCUGUUCUCAUCCUGAAGCAAAGUUCUAAACCUGAGGUAAUAUUUCUGGGUUAACGGAGUCUGUAACCUGAAGUGUAUGUAACCUGAAGCGUAUGUAACCUGAGGUACCACUGUAAUACACAAAGGAGGCUGCAGUCUUCCAGAAAGACACAUGAAACAUGUCUCUGCGCAACUUGGGAGAGACAACUUUCCAUAGUACCAUAGUGUAGGGGGAAAGUAUCGCCCACCCCUAUGGCUGUUGGCAUGCAAUGGGGAGGGUGAACAGGUCUCUCAUUCUUCCAGCCUUAGGUUCGCCUCUCCACAUUUCUACAUCAGUUUUGUUUUGUUUUAUAAAGGCCUCCUGAAAAUUCAGCAGCAUUUUGGUAUGCAAUCUUGCCUAAGGUACAGUUUCACAAAGCCUUUCACCCUUAUGUAACAUGUUUUUGUAUGUUGUUUUCACUAAUAUAUGCAUUUAUUUAUUUUUUGCACGCUUUACGCUAAAUUCAAAGGUUGGCGGUCCUUGAGUUCCCGUAUUGCUUUGGAAAAUGCAGAUCCUGUAACUUUGCAUUUAAAUAUGAACUGAAUUCAACUUCCCCUCUCUCCCUAGUCAUGCAAAUCCAAGUGAUGCAGUUAACAAUGUGAAAGCAGGAGCGUAAAAAGGAAAGGAAAGGAAAUGUGAAAGCAGAACUAGAUCUGGAUGAAAAAGACAGAGCUACUCUCAGAAACUGCAUCCUCCCUUCCCCCGUGGAAUAUGUAGGUGUCAUGAUGGACUAAUUCAGCCCAAGAUCCCAGCCUUACAGAAACCAUUUUAUGCAAGCUUUAACUCCCCUUGGUUUGUUUAGCAGGGGACAGGACAGGCAUGAGGCAGGCCUCUUCCAAGCAAGCUCCAAUCUGUUUCUUUUGUGUUUUUCUUCUUUUCCAGGGAUAUAUAAAGGACACUGUUUUCGAAUUAACCACUUCCCUGAAGACAAUGAUUAUGAUCAUGACAGCUCUGAAUACCUUCUCCGUAAGUGAAGUAUCCAGCAUCUUAAUCAUUGCCAUUCUAACUCCAUCUUAAAUCAGUUUUAUACACUGAAAAUGCAUAAAGGAACAAACCUAAGUUGUUGGACUUUUCCCAGAUGCCCGCAGCACUGAAUGGGAAUAGGAUUUCAAUAACUUGGAGUAAAGGUAAAGGGACCCCUGACCAUUAGGUCCAGUCGUGGCCGACUCUGGGGUUGCGGCGCUCAUCUCGCUUUAUUGGCUGAGGGAGCCGGUAUACAGCUUCCAGGUCAUGUGGCCAGCAUGACUAAGCCGCUUCUGGCGAACCAGAGCAGCGUACGGAAAUGCCGUUUACCUUCCCGCCGAAGCGGUACCUAUUUAUCUACUUGCACUUUGACGUGCUUUCGAACUGCUAGGUUGGCAGGAGCUGGGACAGAGCAACAGGAGCUCACCCCUUCGCAGGGAUUCGAACCGCCGACCUUCUGAUCGGCAAGUCCUAGGCUCUGUGGUUUAACCCACAGCGCCACCCGCAUCCCUUUAAUAACUUGGAAACAUGCGACUAAAUAUUUGCCUGGCUACUUUUAAACAAGGGGCAAAUGGGGCUCGUCAACCUGGGAAGGUAGGUCAUCUAGGAGAAGGAAAACGGGCCCUAAAUCUCCUCUGUGUUGUGGCACAUCUUCAGGUAAAGAAAAGGCUAAGAAGUAAACCCUACACAAAUCCAGAGUGGAGUCCCUAAGACGGUUGGAUGGUGUCUGAUAUGUCUCCUUCCAGCAACUCCUGCAGCCAAGCUGGUGCCAAACGUAUUGCUCUGCUUUCCUUUGAAGUGAGGCCGAGACGGAGGUCUUGUUAUCUGGGCAGCCCAGGAGCUCCAUAAACACUGCCCAGGCUUGCGCCCCAGGGAGGUCACUUAGGGCUUCACCCUGGAGGUGCACUCCAUUGUUUCUCGAGACAGAUGGAGGGCAACAGAUUUAGAACAAUACGCAUCAUUCACCCAUCACUACUACCUCUGUCUCUCCUCACAUAAUGUUGUCUGUUUAGUCUGGUCCCCAGAUUUCCCUCCUGCCCUUGUAUGAAGUUUCCCCCUCCCCGAAAUAUCUCCCUGAGUUCAUAGUAGCAUUCUUUGCGCCUACUAUUUCCUCCCAAGUUUCUGCUCCCACCAUCCUUCUUUCCCUCAAAUCCUUGCUUCCACAUGGCAAGUUAUUUCCCGGGCCAAACAGAUUUUUCACUUCCCGCACAGAUUUGUUAAAUAUUUUUUCAGCAUUCUGCCACUGACAGCUUCUGCUGGAGGAGAUAGAAUGUUUGUGAACAUUCCACAACACCCUAGAAGCUCGACUUUUUAUAAAUAAGGUAGGAGGAAAGGAUAGCAGUUGAUAGCAGAUGUCAUUUUUUAAGCUAAUUGUAUACAAUAGUUACAGCUCCCAUAAUACCGAUGCCCCAAGAGAGCACCAAAGGCGCUUGGAAGGAGGGGGAUAAUAAACAAUGAAACUGAAAGAUGUCCAGAUAAAUUGUAACAACUCUAAUUGUGUAUCCAAGUUAGGACAGUUACCAAAUAAUCUACUCCAUCUCCUUAGCUGCUUAAACUUGUGUGAAUGGUGAAAUGCAGUCCUGUUUAUUUGUUGCCUUCUAAUUCAAGUUUAAUAAUGAGAGUAAGAUGCUAAUUAACAAAAAAUAUAUAAUGGUCAUUUUCUGUCUUGCUUGGAUCUGAGGCUAUAAGUGUAUGGGCAAUGAUAUGAAGGGAAUAGCAUGCUGUGUCAUAAAACUGAGGAUAUUGAGGUGAAGAGACAUAUAGCACACAGAUCAGCAACCAGUUUGGCCUUGGGCCACUAGUCCUUAUGAAUGCUGAAAAACAGAACCACGUGCUUUCAUUAUGCUUUCAAAUCACUCUUCCGAAUUCAAGAUGAAAGGAUAGGACAAAAACUGAAUUUUAAAGCGGAAAAAGAACAAACUCUCCUGCCUGCAGAUAUCCUAUUAAAUUCCACAUGUUCCAGUCAAUAACUGCAGUAAAAACUGCCACUUAAGUACAACCAGAAAGACUAUUCUUUUGAAACAGGGGAAAAAUACGUUUAGAAAAUUAGAGAUUCCCUAACUCUAAUAUUCUCCCUUUUCCAUGCCAAUUGAUAUAGUGCACAUGUUGAGCAAUGGGAGAACAUUUGCCUUUCCUACAAAACAUCCAGACUCAACUCAAGUUGAUACCAGGUCAGCUGAGAGUAAAUUUUAAUUUUAAUAAUAGGAGCAAAAAGCUAUCAAAUUUUGAUAUGUGCUAGAGAAAGAUGGUCGUUUCUUCAGAAAGCUUAAAAGCAGUAAGAUAAGAGGCAUUAAAAGACUAAUUUUCCUGUUCGUUAAAAGUCUUCCAACGUCCUCUUUCAUCUAUCUACAAAACAAUUAAAGAUGAAUCACAACUGCAACGCCUAGCUGAUUCUCUUUUCGGGCACACAAUGGCCACCAUAGAUUCUAACAAUUUAUUCUCAUCAGUGUACUGGAAUAGACAUUCAUUAUGCACAGUACCUAAAAGCAGCAAGUUCUGUACUGUAAAAGGCAGGAGCAGGUCCUUUUAGUUUAGCUAGGCCAUAUAUUAAAACGAAAACAGAAUAAUCAAAGUACAGUUUUAUGAAAUUAUUAUUUUCUACAGCAUAGUCAUUCCGCUAUUAUCUCUGAGGACCAAACUGGGUAUGACAUCUGUCUCACAUACUUAAACUUAUGCCGCAUACAAUCAAUCUUUACUUUUUAUACACUGAAUAGCUAAAUGAGGGGAGGCGACCAUGUUGUGGGGCAGAGAAUCAGAAUGCUCCCGCCCCAUGGACUUGUCUAUUUGUGAUGGGAGAAGAGCUCCUAUUGGCCCUAGACCAGGCAUAGGCAAACUCGGCCCUCCAGAUGUUUUGAGGCUACAAUUCCCAUCAUCCCUGACCACUGGUCCUGUUAGCUAGGGAUGAUGGGAGUUGUAGUCCCAAAACAUCUGGAGGACCGAGUUUGCCUAUCCCUGCCCUGGACACUGAUCAGUGGAUUACAGUCUCCUUAUAAUGUCAGACCUGGCACUAGGCACUUGCAUCCAGAGCACAAAAUUGCUAUGUAAAGGCCUUGACGCAGUUUUCCAUUUACUAUUUCUUGUAUUAGUUUACAAGGUCCUUAACAAUUUGGGUCCAGGAUACUUUCAGGACCACCUGACUCAUUACAUCCCUGCCGGAUCACUGAGGUAUUUGGGGGAGUCACUGUUGGGGAUCCCCCCCCCCCACGGCUCAGUCAUAGCUGUUCAGGUUUGCAUGAGUCAUAGCUGUUCAGGUUUAUGGAAUUCCCUUUAGCUGAGGUCAAAUAGCCCCUCUCCUCGCUGAACUUCACUUAUUUUAUUGCAGCGGGCAGUAUAACUGAAUUCUGAUUUUCUAGUUUUAACCAAUUUUUAUCUGUGGACUCAGCUACAUUAGCCAUGCUACAACGCUAUAACUGCAUUAUAAGCAUGCUACACCAGAUGGUGCCGUAGAGCACAAAACUUUGUCUACGCAGUUUUACAAAGAGGUGGUCCCCCCCCUUUUGUUAUAAUGGUUUAAUUCGUGACUUAUUUAUAGUGGGGCUUUCCCUGAGUGUAGAUCCAGCCUGUAUUGCAUUGAGUAACUCAAACACUUCUUGGGGACAACUGCAAUUAAAUGCCGUGUCAAAAUCCAUCAAUAAUGCUGGAAUAAUGCACAGGUGGAACAUUCUUUCAUUUUUAUAAAUCCAUAUUAUUUGUAAAAUGAUUGUUUCUAUGAGUUAAUACUUUACUAUCCCUUUGGAGCUGUCCUGUUUCUUUGCAUUUUUGUUCUUCCAGGCGCUGACCCUUUGUGGUUUAAAAAUCUGAUUCUUUGCUUUCUUUCUUGGCACUUUUUUGGGGUUAACAAAUCAAUAAAAUCUUAAGCAAAAAUCAAUCAAUGCUUCUAGCUAAAUAAAACCACCAGUGGCAGGUGGAGCUGUGGUUCAUAUGUGCACAGGAGCAUAAGGAAGAUAUUUUCGUGCCCAAAAUACAUCUGGUGAUGGGUUUGUUUCCAAGCAAAUGGCUCUCCGUUCCCUUGCCUGCAGAAAGAUUCGGCCAACAUUAUUGCAAUGUUGCACUGUGCUUAUUAGACUGCAGCGUGAUAUCUGAAGGAGCCUGAGUAGAAGAGAUGAUAGUGGACAUCAUGGAGACUGAGGCCAAUUGCUUCUUUGUGGUAUACAGCAGGUGCAGCUACACUGAAAACAAUCUUCUUUCAAUUGUGACCAGCCUAUCACUGGCUUUAAAGAGCUACCUUAGCAAGCCUUGAUCGCUAAUCUUGCCUUUUCGUUGUAGCCUGGAAGCAGAGUGGAAUGUGCAGCUGCCACAUUCUGCCACAGAUGUGUAAUGUACACCAUAAGCUUUACUGGGACAUUUACUGGAGUGUGAUUUGCGCACACACACACACCAUGUCAUUGGCCAUCGAUACAUACUAAAAUAUCUGCCCUGCAGCUGUUUUUAGAAGAUGUUAGCCGGUAAUAUGCAACACACACACACCAUGCGCACACAAGCAAGAACUGCAAACCAGGAUGGGGAACCCCAGUUGUGGUUGUGGCCCUCAUCAUCCCCAUGGAAAACUGGAGCAUUUAAACUGCAGGAGUUAUGGGUUGCUUGCAGAACAGGAACACGGCUCCAUGUUUCUGUACCCUCUUCCCAAGAGGCAUAAUGAAUAAGUGAUUCUAAAAUGUUUGCAAGAAGGAGGAAUGGAGGAGGAAGGGCUCUCUUUACAUAUUCUGAUGUUUUGACGUUUUAUUACCAGUAAGGAGAAACAUGUCAGUGCCACACAUCUGAGUUACUUGUGAGCUGAUGUAGACAGACUCAAAAGAUUGAAUUACUAUAAGAUUCAGUCAGGAUCGGGGUUCAGAAUUUUGCAUCAGCGCUCACAAAUCCUUUGUCCCCACUCACUCCUGGUAUUUGGACACACUCCUGUUGCAUCCUGGACUUUAUUUUUCUCGUAAUUAUGUAUGUGCCGCACGCAGAGUCACAACCAGAAAGCAAUUACUACUAUUAUUAUAUUUAUUAAGUACCUAAAACCUCCAGGUGCCACACAAAGAUUAAAACAGUUAAGCGGGAUUGCCCGGAGGCUCACAAUUCUGAUUUCCAUCUCUUGCACAAACGUUUUGACAGCCGUUAUAAUACUUCGGGGGCCCUUAACUCCAUCCUUCAGGACAAUUUUGAUAUGACGGGAAUAUUAAACAUGGUUGAACAUCCCAACAGUUAUUAGUAGCAGAAAGCAAUGGUGUCUCUCUCACACUAUCCGUAGGAAGGUUUACCCCAGCCAAUGCAAUUGUCUAAUACCACUGGGUGAUAAGAAAACCGCAGCCAACAGACUUGUUUCAAAUGAAAUCUCCACCACUGUUAAUCCGUUUAUGCAAGCGACACGUAGGGUAUUUGCUUUGGGUCAUGAAUAUGAGCCCUAAGGGCUCUCUGGUUGACAGACAACCUGAUUAUAAUGCAAUAUUCAGACACAAAACCAAUGUACAGCGGAUCACUGGGCUGCUUCCUCUUAGGAUGUUUGACCAUUUACAAUAUUUAAAUAUAGCCAUGCUGUAUUUAGAAAAUAUAUCACCUGUGGAAUCUUAAUUCUGGUGGCCCUUUGUAGAUUUCAGCCUCUGUGUCCCUCGCCAUGACAGGUGUAACUAAAUAUCUAUGAUAUUCCUUAGCAUGCAUAUCCUGCUGUGUUGCUACCAGAGGGUCAACAGAAUUAUCGUUGGUAUUAUCACACACAGCAGUUGCCAUCUUUCUACAUAACGAUCGAGGCAUAAAAUAGCCCUGUAGCCAAACUAGCCCAAGGCCAUUUUCAGCCAUUUUAUGGUACCCUUGGGCCUUGUGUGCCCAAUACAUUUCCACCCCGGUUGCAGAGCCAAGAUGUGAGUGUGGCUUAGCCUCCGGGUAGUUGUGCGCCUUCCACUGAUGUACUUCACCUGAAAACCAGUGAGCAUUUACCGGGGUAAGUACAGCUUGCCCUUUAGGAUAAUAGACACAAAGACUCCAAUUGCCCCAUGGUAAAAUCCACCCAAAAGAACGCUGUGAAAAAGCGGCAGAAUAUCCUCAGGAGUAUUGAUCCCUCUUGUUAUGGUCCCAUUCCUAGGCUUGAGAUAUAUUUUCUCUCAUCCUUCAAAGGAUGCUGUCUUGCCCUCUGCCACCUUUUCCCGUAUCAUGAAUCCUCACUGCAAUUCAUUCUCUCUGGCUUUCUCUCUCACACAAAUGCAUUCUCAUUCUCCCUCCCUCUUUCUUUGCCUCCUCUUUGGUCAUCUCCAGUUCCUUUUGCUUUCAGCCUUUGAGCAGGUAAAGGACCCCUAGACAGUCAAAGGUGAUUAUGGGCUGUGGCACACAUCUCGCUUUUCAGGCCAAGGGAGCCGGCAUUUGUCCACAGACAGUUUUCUGGGGUCAUGUGGCCAGCCUGACUAAACUGCUUCUGGCACACAGAAGACCAUGACAAGUGCCAGAGUGCACCAAAAUGCCUCUAAACACACACACCAUCCUCAUGCUUCCAUGCCCUCCAACAUGCCUCAGAUGAAAAUAAUAAUAAUAAUAAUAAUAAUAAUAAUAAUAAUAAUAAUAAUUUUAUUUAUACCCCGCCCUUCCCAGUUCAGAAAACCAGGCUUAGGGCGGCUAACAACAAAUUUAAAACACUUAAUUGAUGCAACAAAAAUAUCAUAAAAUACAGUAUAAAACAUGAAUAACAAUAAAUUCAGAAUUCAAAAAUCAAUUUAGGGGGGGAAAUCCAUCCAAUAAACAUCAGAUGAUCACCAGGGCUAGCUGGCUAAAUUAGUCCUAUUUGGGCCAGCGAGGAGACCAUCGGAGAAUUAGCUGUGGGAUCCCAGAGUGGGUAAUCUUCAUAAAAGGGGAGGGGGAGGGAAGGAAGGGGAAUAAAAGAUGAGGCUAAGUUCAAAUUGAAAGCCAGGCAGAAUAGCUCUGUCUUACAGGCCCUGCGGAAGGAGGUUAAAUCCUGCAGGGCCCUGGUGUCAUGGGACAGAGCAUUCCACCAGGUCGGAGCCAUCACUGAGAAGGCCCUGGCCCUGGUGGAGGAUAAUCUGACUUCCUUAGGGCCCGGGACCUCUAAACUAUGAUUAUUCACGGACCUUAAGGUCCUCUACGGGGCCCUAAGCCACAGGGACAUUUCUCACUCCCCUGCAACCGAUCCCCCUCGACCUCCCAUUCUUUGUGGUCCCACCUCCCCUGCUGCCACCGCAGAGCAAUUUCCUAUCAAAAGAAGGGCGAGUGCCACCACCAUUUCACCAACAGGACACCGCACACAUGCCCUCCGCUGUCCUGACAAAUAGAAAGGGGCAAUAUGCAAUGCGAACGCACAAAGCAUUUUUUAAAAAUCAAGACUCCUUAUGCUCCACUCCUCCUUUCUUCGUGCCAAGGGCGAUCCUGCCCCUCAGAGCCAGCGUGUCAUGUGGGGCUGGGCCUCAGCGGCAGCGGCCUUUGCUGCUGUUCACCCGCUCUCUAGUAGCCAAGGGAGGAGGCCAGCAGCAGUGGCCAAGGAGAGGCAAUGGGGAUCUUCCCUCACAGCGCCAGGUCAUCCCUUUUCCUGAGCUCGGCGGAGGCAACACUGGCGGGGAAAAUAGGGGCAUUGCAGGAUCAAAUCCGAAGCCAGGACGGCUUUCGUAAUUCCAGGGCUGCCCCUGGAAAAUCAGGGCAUUUGUUCUGUUCACUGAGGCAGAAAGGAUCUGGCCUUAAAAAUAAAACACCGAAAUAAGAGACUGGAUAGAAUUACCGUAUAUUUUGCUCUAUAAGACUCACUUUUUCCCUCCUAAAAAGUAAGGGGAAAUGUGUGUGUGUGUUAUGGAGUGAAUGCAGGCUGCGCAGCUAUCCAGAAGCCAGAACAGCAAGAGGGAUUGCUGCUUUCACUGCGCAGCGAUCCCUCUUGCUGUUCUGGCUUCUGAGAUUCAGAAUAUUUUUUUUCUUGUUUUCCUCCUCCAAAAACUAGGUGCGUCUUGUGGUCUGGUGCAUCUUAUAGAGCGAAAAAUACAGUAAAAAAUAGAGAACAAAACGAAUCUGUGUAAGUAUGGACCUAGCAACAACUGAGGAACAGAUGAUCCCAGUUACGGUUCAGAAAGGAAUUGGAGCAGCGUGGGGCACACACAAAAGACGCACAUGCACCAAAUGCUCUUUUUGCAUCUUCAAGCCCAAGGUGUUCUGGCUUUGUUACUUUUGCAGAGGAGAUGAAUAGAGAGGGUGCAGGGAGAUUCCAGGACAGCUGUCAUAUAGUCAGCGAGCUUGAUUAUCUACAUUCACAUGUAUCAAGUGGCAGCUCACAGUCAGUAGCCCUGCUCAUACAUUUUUCAUGCCUCUUCCCUGCAUUAAUUUGUGGGUUAUUCUUUAUAACCUCUCUAGCUGGAAGCUUGCCAGAAUAUGUUUCCACACAAGGCGGCUUUGGAAAGCUGAUUAUGGUAAUGACCCCAAAUUUUCCGGCAGAAAUGGCAGAGUGCAUUAGAAAGACUAAACGGGAGGCGCAUUUCCCCUUGUGGAGACUCUCCAAUUAUUACCCUGGUCGUUCCCCUCAAAAGACCAUGUUUAUCCAAAAACUGUAUCAGACUUUUAAACUUCUGUUGAUGCGUCUACCGUGAAUUCUUUCAACAUCCUCUCUAACGCUUCUUUUGCAGAUUUGCCAUUUGCAGCUCAUUUUAAGGUAGUCAGUGUUUCAAGGUGUGUUUAAUACAUUGUCUUUGGUUGCCUUGGCAAUACGUUUUAAAGGAUGGGGUAUAAAUCUUAAUUAUAAAUAAAUGGUCCACAGGGAUAGCUGUUAACAUUUCCAAUUGCCACAAAAGCGCUUCUGCUGCUUCUUCCUCCUUUUUUCCCCGUAAGGAAACAACAAAGUUGAUAAAUCAUCUCUUGUGCUUUUUCAUUUCUCUCCUCCCCGGGUUUCAGGUAUUGUCCGGGCCUCUAGCGUGUUUCCGAUUCUAAGCACAGUAUUACUGUUGCUGGGAGGGCUCUGCAUCGGAGCUGGGAGGAUUUAUAGCAGCAAGAACAACAUUAUCCUCAGCGCUGGGAUUCUUUUUGUUGCAGCAGGUAGGUCAUCAUUUAUUCAUUUUAUUGAUGAAUCGCUUCCCACGAAACGCCUCAAAGCGAGUUAACAAUAGAAGAAAGCACGAUUUCUGUAGGCCAAUGAAGAUUAAAAGCUAGGAACGGAAAUCUCCAGUUAAAAGGCUUGUUGGAAGAGGAAGGUAUUCGAUACACUUCAAGAAAAGGCAACAAAGAUGGUGCCUGUGUCAUAAGUAAUGGGGGGCGGAGGUCCCAAAGGGCGGGUGCCGCCACACUAAAAAUCCUCUCCCUGUAGCAAAGGAUCCCUGAGGAGAUUGUAUCUUUAGACAGCCCUUUCCUGCAUCAGUUGGGUGAUCAUCCCUCAGUGAUCAGCUGGGUUUGUAGGGAGUGAGGGGAUCUUUUGGGUAUCCUGGUCUCAAGCUGCAUAAGGCUUUGCAUACCAUCACUAAUGCACUGAAUUCAGUCCAGGAACUAACUGGCAGAAAUUAUUAUUAUUAUUAUUAUUAUUAUUAAUGUUAUUAUUUAUACCCUGCCCAUCUGGCUGGGAUGUCCCAACCACACUGAGCGGCUUCCAGCACAUACAAGAACAUAAUAAAACAUUACACAUUAAAAAGCUUCCCUAUACAGGGCUGCCUUCAGAUGUCAUCUAAGGGUUGUCUAGUUACUCAUCUCCUUGACAUCUGGUGGGAGGGCGUUCCACAGAGAGGGCACCACAGCCGAGAAGGUCCUCUGCUUGGUUCCCUGUAACCUCAUUUCUUGCAGUGCGGGAACCGCCAGAAGGCCCUCGGAGCUAGAGCUCAGUAUCAGGGCUGGAUGACGGGGUGGAGACGCUCCUUCAGGUAUACAGGGCCAAAGCUGUUUAGGGCUUUGAAGGUCAGCACCAACCCUUUGAAUUGUGCUUGGAAAUGUACUGGAAGCCAAUGUAGGUCUUUCAGGACAGGUGUGAUAUGAUCCCAGACUGGCAGUCACAUUCUGGAUUAGUUGUAGGUUCCGAGUCACCUUCAAAGGUAGCCCCAUGUAGAGAGCUUUGCAGUAGUCCAAGCAGAAGAUAGCCAGGGCAUGUACAACUCUGGCAAGACAGUGCACAGGUAGAGGCAUACCAGAUGGAGCUGGUAGACAGCCGCCCUGGAUACAGAAUUAACCUGUGUCUUCAUGGACAGCUGUGAGUCCAAAAUGACCCCCAGGCUGUGCAUCUGGUCCUUCAGGGGCACAAUUACAAGUCUUUCUGCAGUGGCAUUGCAUGGUGGUGAUAUUCUGGCCCACGCAGAGUGCAUUGCUGUAGCCCAACCUGAAGCUUACCAGAACAUGGACCAAGGAGGACCUAAAAUACAUAUUUUGCCUUCCUUUUAAUCAAAGGUGUUAGAGAAGAGAAUGCAGCAGAGAAGACCAAUAACAAGUGUCUUGCAAUUACUUACUUUUUUUUCCCCUUCCCUAUUUCUUAUUAUUAUGAUGUGAGUCCCCAAGAGAAUGGAGCAUUCAGUGCAAGUCUCAAUCUCUUUUGUCUUAACAAGCAGACCACCGCAGCUCCUCAUUAGGCGAGAGCUCAGAGAUUAGAACAUCUCCCGCUCGUGCUAAAAGUGACCCUAAAUAUCAGGGUGCUUAUUAUUCUAGGAACACAUCGCUAGAUUUUUUCAGAGCACAGGACUUUUAACAUACACCGCGUGGGUGUACGAGCUUCGCCUCCAGUUGCCGGGGGCUUGAGAAAUCUCCCUGGAUAAUUACGUAACAGCAGUGACUGACACACAUAAAAGAGAGGAUGUUAUUCCUCACCGUCCCCAACAAGGUGCUUGUGCAUUUGGGCUUGGCUGUCUCCUCCGUGAUUUCCCGUGUGACACACUUUCCAAACGCAGCAGAUGGGUCACUGUUUAUCAGACGAUCUGACUGUGCCCGUUUCAUGGAUUUUCUUCGCACGGUAGUAUGGGCAGGGAGGGGCUGGGGGCUGCUUUCUGCAUUUGUAUUUACUAUGGAAAGGCAGCACGUGUCUUUGCAAAGUUUCUACAGUGAAACAUCCUCUUGGGGCCAAAUUUCUAUCCAUCCUUCCCCAGGCCAUGCUCUGACAGAUGGAGUGAGUAACAAGAAUGCAGCUCUUGCAAUAUAUGCAGAGAAAGAAAGCAGUUGAGAGUUUCUCCUGUGCAAAAGCAUCACCUUAUUUUUGAGAAGAAUUUAAGAAGCACUUUAAACAUCUGCUGUGACAGAUUCAAGAUACAGGGUUCAUUUGGGCAGCUCAAUAGCCCACAAGCCUGAUAACACCAAGAUUGCAAGUUCGAUUCCCAUACAGGGCCACCUGCUUAUUCUUGCAAUGUAGGGGACUGGACUAGAUGGCCCUUGUGGUCGCUUCCAACUCUACAAUUCUAUGAUUCCAAGCCACACAUUAUCCUCCACUAGCUUCUACAUAUCCUGCAGCCCAGUCAAAUCAGGUGGGCAGUGGCUGGAGUUGCUGGACUACAAUUUCCAUCAUCCCUAGCUAGCAGAACCACAGGGGUGAUGAGAGUUGUAGUCCAACAACAGCUGGGGACCCAAGUUUGAGAAACACUGCCUUAUAGCUUGGUCAGGCUACCUUUGAAGGUGACUCAGAAACUACAACUAAUCCAGAAUGCGGCAGCUAGACUGGUGAUUGGGAGCGGCCGCCGAGACCACAUAACACCAGUCUUGAAAGACCUACAUUGGCUCCCAGCAGGUUUCUGAGCACAAUUCAAAGUGUUGGUGCUGACCUUUAAAGCCCUAAAUGGCCUUGGUCCAGUAUAUCUGAAGGAGCGUCUCCACCCCCAUCAUUCUACCCGGAAACUGAGGUCCAGCACCGAGGGCCUUCUGGCGGUUCCCUCACUGUGAGAAGCCAAGUUACAGGGAACCAGGCAGAGGGCCUUCUUGGUAGUGGCACCCGCCCUGUGGAACACCCUCCCAUCAGAUGUCAAAGGAAAAAACAACUACCAGGCUUUUAGAAGACAUCUGAAGGCAGCCCUCUUUAGGGAAGCUUUUAAUAUCUGAAGGGCUAUUGUAUUUUAAUAUUUUGUUGGAAGCCGCCCAGAGUGGCUGGGGAAACCCAGCCAGAUGGGUGGGGUAUAAAUAAUAAAUUAUCAUCAUCAAGUGCAGGGUAUCAGUCAAGGUCUUCUUACGAAGUAGGCAGCAGGUCCUGGGAGUUGUGGGGGGAGCAGAAGUGGCAGCUCCCCAGCCUAGCCAUUCCCCUCCAUUGUGGAACAGGUGUGUAUGUGUCGUAUUCAGCCUGAGGCAUAAAGCCAACUCUUAGGAGCCGAUUAGGCAAAUGAUUAGGCAGGGCAAGGCUUACCUGGCUCCCCCAUAUUUUGUUCAAGUUGGCACCCCUGAAUGUAGGGUGCUGUCCCAUUGCCAGUGAUACAGUGAGGCUAAACGGUCAGCCUGAUUGUCUUCUGUAUGUGGAAUUGGUGUGGGGGCAACCCAGUCUACCAAAACUCAGUGUUGUCUACCCUGACAUGCUGUAGCUCUCCAGGGUUUUUUCAAGUGAGGAGUCUUUUCCAGUGCUACCUGUAGAUAAUUAUUAUUAUUAUUAUUAUUAUUAUUAUUAUUAUUAUCUGUACCCCGCCCAUCUGGCUGGGUUUCCCCAGUCACUCUGGGCGGCUUCCACAAAGACCAAAAAUACACCAAGAUGUCAACACAUUAAAAACUUCCCUGAACAGGGCUGCCUUAAGAUGUCUUCUGAAUGUCAGGUAGUUGUUUAUCUCUUUGAUAUCUUAUGGAAGGGCGUUCCACAGGGCGGGUGCCACUACCGAGAAGGCCCUCUGCCUGGUUCCCUGUAGCUUUGCUUCUCGCAAUGAGGGAACCGCCAGAAGGCCCUUGGCGCUGGACCUCAGCAUCCGGGCGGAACGAUGGGGGUGCAGGCGCUCCUUCAGGUAUACUGGGCCGAGGCCGUUUAGGGCUUUAAGGGCUGUUUAGGGACUGGGACGUUUCGCAUGCAAAGCAGGUGCUCUACCGCUGAGCUGCAGCUCUUCCCCCUGGCCUACACCUUUGCCUCGGGUACCAAAACAAACCCAGCCAAAGAUCCAGGAAAGACAGAGGCUCUCAGCCGACGUUUUGGGAUCAUCGCUGCUCUGAGGGACUAUGGUGAAAAGCAGAGAGUGGGGAAGAAGAGGAAGGGACAUAAAGGCCCUUUGCUGGAUGUUGGAAGCAUCUGGGUCACCGACUUAAGAGAAACAGCCCAGUGGGGGAAUGUGGGAAGGUUCGCUUGCGAGAUGAAAUCCUUUCAGUGAGCGGACAAUGGAUGGUUGGAGUAGAUAUCGGCAGUGCAAGAAUCAGCAGUGAAAAGACAUGUGGAGUUCUCUGGAGGAUGACUUGCAAUGUGCUUGGGAGAAGGUGUAGCCUCGUUGAGUGAAAAGCUGUGUUUUACUGCCUUUAUGUUUUUGAUUACCGUAUUUUUCCGUGUAUAACACGCCUCCGUGUAUAAGACGACGCCCAGAGGCUUUUGGGGAGGGGAAUUGCCGGCAAUCGCUCACCUCGCAGAAGCAACCAAUCGUCUGCCCAAUCGCCCGCUCAAUCGCCACAGUAGCAGCCAAUCAUCAUCAGGCCUUGCCGCAGCCACCAAUCAACCGCCCAAUCGCCGAUGACAAUCUCCUGCUCACAAAUGCCACAAAUCACCCAUCUCCCCUCUGUUUAUAAGACAUGUAUAAGAUGACCCCCAAUUUUAAACAUUUUUAACAAUAAAAAAAAUCAUCUUACACACGAAAAAAAUACGGUAAUUUUAGUAUGUAUUCUGUGCUUUGAUUGUUUUUAAUAUGUAUUUUGUGCUUUGUAUGCUGUAACUUUGUGCUGUGAACCACCUUGAGACCUGUGGGUAUAGAGCGGUAUACUAAUAAUAAUAAUAAUAAUAAUAAUAAUAAUGGGCUACCCAUGCAACAGAUUGCUGGUCCUAUAUUGCUUCACUCUGGCUAAAUCGUAUCCUUACCAACCCAAGGGCUUGUGAUGAGGAUAAUUUUGUUAUGGAAGUAUUCUCUCGAGCUGGCUAAUUUCCCUCUUUCUUUCUCCCUCUCCAGGAUUAAGUAACAUAAUAGGAAUCAUUGUCUACAUAUCCAGCAAUGCAGGUGAUCCUAGUGACAAGCGGGAUGAGGACAAAAAGAACCAAUACAAUUACGGCUGGUCUUUUUAUUUUGGAGCCUUGUCUUUCAUUGUGGCAGAAACAGUUGGCGUCCUAGCUGUGAACAUCUAUAUUGAAAAGAACAAAGAGCUAAGGUUUAAGACCAAGAGGGAGUUCCUUAAGACCACUUCUUCUUCUUCCCCUUAUGCCAGGAUGCCAAGCUAUAGGUACAGGAGAAGGCGGUCCAGAUCUAGCUCUCGAUCUACAGAGCCUUCUCCAUCCAGGGAUGUUUCGCCCGUUGGCCUGAAAAUGGCAGGUUCCAUUCCCAUGAACGAAAUCUCCAUGUACACGCUCUCCAGGGAGCCCUUGAAGAUCACCACGGCCGCAAGCUACAACAUGGAGCAAGACGCAGGUUUUCUUCAAGUUCACAAUUUCCUUCAAAAGGAAUACAACGAAGGACUUCAUAUCAACAUGGUCAACAGGAGAACAACGCCUGUUUGAAGAGGGGACCGUUUGCUUUUCUUUAAAACUACAACGCGAAGCAAAAUCCAGAUCUUUUUAUACGUGAAAAGCGUGUAUUUUUUAAACAAAAGCUCUUGCAUACCUCAAGAGAAAAAUCAUGCGGAGAGGUUGAAGAGAUUCUGAAAUGACCUGAAGAUACGGAACUAUACAUUUCUAGCUGAUUUUUAUAAUAAGCUCUUUCGAAAAAACAAAAUUUGUUUAAAGUUCUCAGUGUCACCAAAAGGGAAGAAAAAAAAAAUUAAAAUCAGCAGCUUCUUUCCCUGCACUUUUGUAGUAUGUGUAGUGUAACUUGUGAAACGGAAAACAUUUUAGCUAUUGUAAGGUUCUGAAUUUUUCAGUGUGGGCUUCCCCCCCUCCCAAUAAUGCUGUCUCUUAGUAUAAACCCAGAACAAUCACAAGCGCUGCCUAGUGCUCUUGUUUCCUUUAAGCUGACAAAAGAGGGAGGGUUUUCCCUCCCCUCUCUCUCUCCUAGAAAAAAAAAGGCAGGGUACCUGAAACCAGCAGGAGCUGUGAAACUAUAGCAUAUCAUUUUUGCUCUGGACGGAUUCGAACAUUGCAGAACUCUUGACAGGGAACCAAAUACCACAAAAGUCAUUUUGAAUCACAGUUCUGCUAUUGAGCCGGGGGGGGGGGGGAUAAGUCCGGGUUCUUAAUUAAGCUGUUUCUCUCCAUAUCAAAUCCCUGUGGAGAGUGAGUGGCUGAAGUAAGAUUUGCCUGAAAUUGGCCUGGUAAUGUGAACUUUAUUUCCCCUACUUCUCCCCCUGCCCACCAGACUGUUAAAACACCCUUUUGGAUUUUGUACAACUUUUUGGCCUAUUCACACUUGAGGAAAUAUUAUUUUUUAGAUGAGGAAGCUCUUUUUAAAAUUAUUAAUCGUAGUAAUAAUACUGUGCAUCGCCCACCCCAUCCGUUAAUGCGCACGUGGUUGAAACCGAUGGUUACCUAAAUCCAGCUUCACAAACAAGCAGGCAUAGGAGAAUCAAACUAGAAUCCCAUACAGUCAAGGGAAGAAGAAGAAAAAACUGCCUUUACUGAAUCAGAUAUUGAGCCUAUCCAGUCCUUUCUAGGGUCUUCUAGAUUCCUCCAGCUCAGCUUCUAAAAUUCCCAGCUGUUAACAUAUUGAAUCAUGUAACAAGGCAUCUAGCAUCAUUGAGCUGUAGCCCCACUUCAGUCAUCAGUGAAGUGCUUAGAGACCGCAAUCAGAAAACCCUCUCGGAAAUUACAUCAGUGGCUUAAGCAGUUAACACAGACUAGUACCGCUGCAGCUUUACUGAGGGAAAGUAGAAUCUUCCCCAUUCAGUUACUGGGCUCCCAUGCAAGGCCUUUUAAGAUCACUCUUGAAUCCUUUUGUGCUGAGUUCUGUCUCCACUUUGUAGUAAUAUAAGCUGACUCGGAACGAGGCAGUUUUAGAAACAUUCACAGAGCUAUGCUUGUUUUUUCUAUAUUGAGCUACUUUGACAGCUCAGAGAUGCCUUUUUUAAAAAUAAAAAAAUGAAACAAACUAUGACUGAAAUGAAUGUCAGGGUGGCGGUGCAUCUGAAGAGCAUAAAAAUGCCCCACCGGAUCAGGCCAAGGUCUGUUGACUUUAGAGUUCUGUUUAUCACAGGCUGGCAAUGCCAAAACUAAGGCACGGUGAAGCUAUCCCAGGUGGCUAGUCCUCAGCACUUAAUAAAUCAGAGAGGUUUCUUGCCUCUGACCAUGGAGAUUCCAUCUAGAUAUCAUGGCUGAAAGUCAUUGAUAAGACUGAUCUGCCGUGAAUUUAUCUAAUCCUUUAAAAACGAAAGCCAUCUAAACGAGUCGCUGACACCACAUUUUCUGGAAAAGGAUUCCCUGUGUCAGUUUUCCUGUCUGUCAAGAAGUGCUCUCUCUUGUCUGUCCUUAUCUAUUUUCAUGUUUAAAACAAAAAGGAAAAAAAAAGUCUCUUUGCAGGAGGGGAGAAGUAGGUUUCAUGGUUUGUUAAAAAUGCUAGAGAUCUGUUUGUAUACAUGUCUAUGCUUUCAAAUGAUAAAUUAUUACUUUCUUUGGGAGGCUUCUCUAAAAAAUUAAAUAAGGCUUAUGAUAAGGGUAGACGAAUACGUACAGAAGCAAUUUGUGUCACUCGUGUGUCAUACUUAAGUGCUUACUAUUUUAUACCUCUUCUAGUCAUUGUAUUUUCAAGUGCGAGUUCCCUGAACUUCCCCACCCCCAUUGUGUUAAUAAACUAACAAGUAGAAUUUAGUCCUCAU